UGGUGCAUUUUCUGAAGUAGUUUUGGCUGAAAACAGGACUACUGGAAAACUAUUUGCAGUCAAGUGCAUCCCAAAGAAAGCCCUGAAAGGGAAGGAAAGCAGCAUUGAGAAUGAAAUUGCAGUUCUGAGAAAGUAAGUAUGAAACGUGUUCUUCCAUUAUGGUUGCCAGAACAGACAUCUGGGAUUGUCCUCUGGGCUACUUUAUUGGGAUCAAGACGGGGCAGCAUGCCAGGAUUCAGUUCAGAUUUGAAAUUGGGAAUAAACUGAGCUGUUUUCCAACUUAUUUAUUUUUUUGGAAAAUAGCUUGUUUUGCUGAGCCCAGUUUCAAGUCAAAGUGGGGUCACCAUGGCUUGUCCACCACUAGUUCAGAUAAUGUAAUUUGCAGUUUUCCAACAAUGCCUAAAUAAAACCCAGCCAGAUGGGCAGGGUAUAAAUAAUAAAAUUAUUAUUGUUGUGGUUUUUAUUAUGUGAAGCCAUGGCAUAAAGGUAAAGGGACCCCUGACCAUUAGGUGCAGUUGUGACUGACUUUGGGGUUGCAGUGCUCAUCUUGCUUUCUUGGCCGAGGGAGCCGGCGUACAGCUUCUGGGUCAUGUGGCCAGCAGGACUAAGCCGCUUCUGGCGAACCAGAGCAGCGCACGGAAACGCCGUUUACCUUCCCGCCGGAGUGGGACUUUGCACUUUGACGUGCUUUCGAACUGCUAGGUUGGCAGGAGCUGGGACCCAGCAACGGGAGCUCACCCCGUCGUGGGAAUUCGAACUGCCGACCUUCUGAUUCACAAGCCCUAGGCUCUGUGGUUUAAGCCACAGCGCCACCCGCGUCCCAUGACGCAUGUGUGUGUGUAAAAGCCACCAUUGUGAAUUACCAAAUGUAUUUAGUUUCUUUUUUGCACUCACAGCAAGAUUAUGUCUUAGCCUGCUUGAACAAUAAAUAUACAUUUUGGAAUAUAAUAUAAAGGAUCAUAUGUGCCUAAGAAUGAAUAAUGUCAACACCUGUGCAAAGUGCCAUAAUGGUGAAGCUCCACUGAAAUGUAGGGUUUUUUGGUCAUGUUCUUAAGGGCCCUUUGGCCAAUGGCUGUAAAGAUCUUCAGCUUUAUAACAAUUUCUUGAACUUCUUUUCCCAAAGUGUGACUCGGUAGAGGAGUACAUAGAGAUGUGAUAGAAGACCAGGCAACGUCCUCCAUCACCUCCUCAGACUAGCCCUCUCCUAAAAUUAGUUGUUGAGUGCACCCGCAUUUAUUGCUGCCCUAUUAUUUCCUUUCCCCCCACACUCCUUCUGCAAUGUUUUCCUACAGCUAAGAGCUAGACAUACAGGUGCCAGGCCUGUCUGCAUAGCAGAAGCACUUUUCAACAUGUGUUGCUAAAUUUAUACACAUAGGUAUGUAGGUAUCUUCCUGCUUUCGUAGGAUUGCACAUUGCCUACAAUGUUCAGCUACACUGGCAGGCUGAGCAUUGCACUAAAUGCCUCAUUUCUAAAUAAAAACUCUUUAACUCCUGCCUGGAUAAUGUGAAUGAUUAGAUUUUUAUUAUUCUAGGAGUAUGUGACUGCAUACAGUGCUGAAUGCUGGCAGGCAUUUGUAACAUACAUUUCACUGAGCCUCGAGUCUCUAAUUUCAGAUCAGAAUCUGUGCUAUUGUAAUUUAAGUAGGUCGGUUACUUAAAUGGAAAAUAUGAGAUGCUAUGCCCUACAAUGGAGAUGGGGAGAAAAACUUUGAAGCAGCCGAUCUGUAUCUAGGGCUGAAUGCAUGCAUCCUCUGGUUGCAUGCUCAUCUGUGAGCAAGAGCGCUACAUAAUUUGCAGUGCAGCUUGAGUCAGUGGUAAGAUGUUGAGUGUGCAGCCGCUCCAUGUGUUCUGUGCUACAGAUAUGCGCUGGUGCAGUCAGAGCAUCAGUCGAUAAGGGGGAUUUCCCAGGAUGGCAUUCUCUAAGGGCUUGUCCACACCUACCUUUCACACUCUGCUUUCCAGGAACAGGUCUGUGCUUUAAAGCGCUCUUUUUUCCGCCCUGGAGGUUUCCUCGUGAAAACCUGCUCUUUAAAGCUGAAGUACAACAGAUGGCAACUGGGGUUUCCAUUUGCUCUGAUUCUGGGAAUGUGAUGGUAGAUCUAGGCUAUUGUCUUUUUGUAUUGUUUUCCAGUUGUUUUCUUUGGUGUUUUUAAUUUGCAUGCAUUAAUUUGUUGUAAGAUGCCUUAGCUCAAUAUAUUGGAUCCACAAGGUAUUUCUGUUAUUAAUUUUAAGCCUUUGUGCAUUUUUAAUUCUUAAUAGAGUUGGACAGCCCCCACCCUGUAUCACUUUUCUGAAUCUUAUUACACCAUAAAUAAUCCAGUUUCACCUGUUUCCACAGAGAAACUGAAGUGAAUCUGUUGAAAUUAAAAGGGACAUUCAUCAGAUAAAGUAAUAGAAAGCCGCUUCAGGCUCUUUUAGUCCAAUAUGAAACUAGACAGGAGUAAUAAAUAAACCAUGUUUAAGACAACAGAGAUAUACAUGAUACUUAAUAUUGUGGAGACCUGAGAAGUGUGUAUGCAAAUACUAAACGCUCAAAUAGGAAGGAAGCAGUUGGAGCCCACUAUGCCUAUCAGUCACAAGGCUUUGUGCAAUGCCUUGCUAUACUGAUCUUUUCUCCUAUUAACUUAACAAUGAAUAGGGUCAUUUACUUCCCAACUUAAUGUGGGUUACUGAAAAUAUAAAUCAAUUAUUGUAAUGUGUAUGUGUUUGUUUAAAUAUUAUCACAAGCAAGAUCCAAGGGUUCAAAUCCAUACUUCUAUUUAUUUUGGGAGAGAGAUUGUGUGUACCUGAUAAUAUCAGGCUGAUAUCCAAACCCUGAUAUUUCAAAUAAUAAUAAUAAUAAUUUAAUAUUUUUUUAUUUAUACCCCACCCAUCUGGCUGGGUUUCCCCAGCCGCUCUGGGCGGCUUUCAACAGAACAUUAAAAUUAAAUCAAAUAAGAAUCCCCAUGCAUAAUAACUGUGCACGGGUAAGGCUUCUUCGUGUGAUUGGGAGUCCUUAUCACAGUGAACCCUGUGUACCUGGGAUGGAGAAUCUGUGGCCUCCUGUUCCCUCAGCCCCAGCCCACUAGAGCCAAUGGUCAGGGAUGAUCUGGAGGGCCACAGGUUCCCUGCCCCUAUUAUAUGUUUGCCUCCCUUGCCAAGAAUGCACAAGCAAGCCCAGCAGACUCUGCCCACUCCUAGGUGUUCCCGCUUGCUUGUCCAGUCCUGUGGCUUAGGAAGGUAAAAGGUAAAGGUAAAGGACCCCUGAAAGGCGACUAUGGGGUUGUGGCGCUCAUCUCGCUUUCAGGCCGAGGGAGCCGGCAUUUGUCCACAGACAGCUUUCCGAGUCAUGUGGCCAGCAUGUCUAAACCGCUUCUGGCGCACAGACAAUUGCCAGAGCACACAGAAAUGUUGUUUACCUUCCUGCCACAGCGGUAUCUAUUUAUCUACUUGCACUGGCAUGCUUUCAAACUGGUUGGCAGGAGCUGGGACAGAGCAGUGGGAGUUCACCCCAUCGCAGGGAUUCGAACUGCCAACCUUCCGAUCAGCAAGCCCAAGAGGCUCAGUGGUUUAGACCACAGCGCCAUCCGCUUAGGAAGACCAUCAUACAAAUGACUGUGCCUGCCCUGCUCUUUGAAAAGGAAGCUUGGAAACAUGUCAAGUAUUGGGACAAUGGUUUAGCUUCUGCCUAGCCAUGUAUUCUAGAGCUCUGCUGUGAUUUCUGAAUGGUGUAACCUGAUCUGUGUUGGGGUGCUGUAGUGAUUUUUGCAAUAAAGCCUUUAAUAAUAAUUGAGCUGAAAGUUUCAGUACAAGUGGGAGCCAAGACACAAGAAGUGAUUGACAAAAACUCCUGGUUUUGCUGCUUCCCUGUGGCUGCAAUGAGAGGAAGGUUGUCAUUGCACUUGAUGGACCACAAUACAUCUUGGCUAGUCACAGAUUGUUUUGUUUGGGUCAGCUGUGGACAAAGGAAUCCUGAAACUGUUUACAGUCUAUAAUUAUGCCAUUUACAAGCACACUGAUGAUUAUAUAAAACUCCUUGUCAAGAAACUCUGAGACUGUUGUAUUGACUAAUGGCUUACCUGGAAGCUUGCUAAAACUUGGCUGGAUUGCAGAGCCUGCGCAGUCAAUUGCAUUCCAGGGAUAGUUUUUGGCUUUCUAUGAGUCUCGGAUACAUGUGUAGACUCCUUUCUCUCCACUAAGAGGAGUGGAGAGAAUUGGAAUGUACUGUGUAUUUGAAACAAAUAGAAUCUUUCAUUAGCUCUAGUUGCCUGAAAGACUUAUAUGGGUGUUUUGUGUAUGGGUGGUAAGGUAAAGGUAAAGGACCCCUGACAGUUAAGUCCAGUUGUGAACCACUCUGGGGUUGUGGCGCUCAUCUUGCUUUACUGGCCGAGGAAGCCGACAUUUGUCCGCAGUUUUCCCGGGUCAUGUGGCCAGCAUGACUAAGCCGCUUCUGAUGAAACCAGGGCAGCGCACGGAAAUGCCGUUUACCUUCCUGUUGGAGCGGUACCUAUUUAUCUGCUUGCACUUUUGAACUACUAGGUUGGCAGGAACUGGGACCGAGCAACGGGAGCUCACCCCUUCGCGGGGAUUCGAACCGCCGACCUUCCAAUUGGCAAGCUCUAGGCUCAGUGGUUUAGACCACAGCGCCACCUGCGUCCCUGUAUGGGUGGUAGUGCACUGCAUAUCUAUUUUCUUUGCAUUGUGGAAUGAAGUUCCCAUAUGCUUUAUACAGUACACGGGAUCAUUAAAUAGAAACAGGAAGCUGACCAAAUCUCCUAGAAUGCAAGGCUUUCCAUUUCUUUUGCAAUUUUUCCAUAGUGUAAGAUGAAAAGCAAGAUGGGUACCGGACCCCAUAGUUGAAUUUGACUUGACUUAAUCUUCCAGGGGUCAUUUACCUUUUCCUUUACAUUAGCUAGGUAGUUUACUGACCAAGAUUUGUGCAUUCUAUGAUUUUUGCAUACCUUUUGAAUUCUCUGACUAAAUGUUAUGUAGCAUUCCAUAUGUGUAUGAACAUCUCACAAGCUUUAUGUCUCCAUGACAACAUCUACUGUAUUCACCGAAGAGAGGUUCCUAUCUAUGCUUCUUUGAAGGGAAGGAGAGUCCCAUUCAUUUUAUAAAUAACUGGCAACUACUUUGUCAAACAAGGAGGAUCACCAUCUCUCUCUCUCUCUCUCUCUCUCUCUCUCUCUCUCUCUCUCUCUGGCGAAAAAGGGUUUACCCGUUUCUUUGCCAGGCUGGUGUGGGAGUGUUUUUCCCCUAAGGGAAAUGAGCAAAACAACUUCCAUGGAAUUUGUUUCUCAGAAUGAUGGUGAGUGAGGAAACAUUGGUUGAAUGUUUGACGUUGCCAAGUAACUUACUAGUGUUAGGGUGCAGCUGUCAGAUUGAGUUUAGAGUUCCAAGUUAUAAGAAGCUGACGUUGUGUCGUCGUUGCCUCCAGCUUCACUGUUGAACAAACUGCUUAAGUACUGAUCUGUAAUUGGAUUGUUACAACGGUUGCAAAUUUCACCUGGACAACAAUGACUACAAUUCAGCUGAAAGUUAAGCACUCUUAACCUUUUAUUUCACUCUCAUUUGAAUUAUGGUUGAUGCCUAUACAACUAAUAAUAUUCAGAGCCCAAAGGGGUGGGGUAGAGCUGCUGUGUCUCCCAGACAAAAAUAUAUGAACCCCCAACUCACUUUGAGGACUCCUGCUUGGAAGAAACAUUUGAGAAAUGUUGGAAUGAUCUAAAUCGUAAGUAUAGUGACAUUUCUCAAGUGGGAUUCUUGCACAUCCCCUUCCUGGUACCCAGAGAAAAUACUAAAGCAGCCUGUUGGAAAUGUUGUGGGCGUCAGCUGCACAUUUGGUCGUGGCAUUUCACCUUUCCAGAAUGGGCAGGAUACCAACAUUUAUAUGACAUAUACAUGGAAGGUGCUUCUUUUCCUUCCAAAUGAAAGUAUGAGCAGUAUGAGUUUACUUAAACCCUGAUUAGCAUUUGGCAGGACCAGUGGGAGCCACAUAAAGUUGCUCAGACACUGGAGCCGUCUUGCAAACCACCACCACCCCCCUCCACCCGGCUCUUCAGAUGCCACUCUGCAGCUGACAGCAGCCGUCGAUGGGAUGCAAAGGCAGGCGGCUCCUGAUGGCGGGUGUCCCUUCUGCUUACCAAGAGGGAGAGCGGGAAGGUGUGGGGAGUUCAGCGUGGUGCGGAGGUGGGGGCAGGAGCAUCAGCCUGGCUCCCCCACUGCUCCUGCACCACAUUCAGCUGCCCUUGCCCUGCCCCUCCCUCUCUGGGUAAGAGGCAGGAAGCCCCACCCACCCCAGGCCACCUCCAGGGAAUGGCACCUUACAAAUGUCAGAAAGAAGCCAUUUUCUGUCUUAGCCCAUUUGACAACAUUCCCAACAGCAGCCCUUGGUACACUUCUUAGGAUGUAUCACUUAAGACAUUUAAGCCCUGGAGUCUAAAUUAAAAACGUUCUAAGGAACUGACUAUAGAGAUGAACCAUUCUAACAUUUUAAGAUUUAAUGGUAGAUGGAAACAUUGUUCCAACAUGUUGGCGAAGUCUGAUCUAUAUAGCUCCCAGUCAGCAUAAAGUGAAAGUUAAAAAUACCAUUAAGCAUCAGUAUGGAAUUGUGUCAACCAUCAGCAGGUAAUUGGAUGGCCAUUCCAGGCUCCAGAUUUCUGAAUUAAAAAAGGAAUCAGUAACAAAGAUUGAACAGUAUGUAGGCAACGAGCACAGUAUUGUGGGUGUUUUUAUUUACUGUAUUUUUUGCUCUAUAAGACUCACUUUUCCCCUCCUAAAAAGUAAGGGGAAAUGUGUGUGCGUCUUAUGGAGUGAAUGCAGGCUGUGCAGCUAUCCCAGAAGCCAGAACAGCAAGAGCGAUUGCUGCUUUCACUGCACAGCGAUCCCUCUUGCUGUUCUGGCUUCUGAGAUUCAGAAUAUUUUUUUUCUUGUUUUCCUCCUCCAAAAAUUAGGUGCGUCUUGUGGACUGGUGCGUCUUAUAGAGCGACAAAUAUGGUAUUUAGCAAGACAAGCUCAACAUUUAACUAUUUAGUUUAAUUGAUAUUAUUAUUGAUCAGGAAAUUAUAUAUAAUGAAGGUGAAACUUACUGGGGGUGGGAGAAGAGUCAAGAGAUGGUUUUCAAACUAAAAUGGAGAUGAACUGAGCCUGGUAUCAACACAAGAAAUUACCUUUUCUUCUUUACAUUUUUGAAGGCCUCUAUGUAGCUAUGAAUUCAUGUGUUUAGGCAAACUAUGCUUAUAGCAUUCCUAUAGCAUUCGCUUAGGAGGGCAUGCCUUCAUCUGUGCCUUUCAAACACCUUUUUGAGACCAGACACAUGUGAAGUUGUUUCCUCCACCAAGACUCACCGUCCUUUUCUGAAUGUUUCGUGUGUGUUACCAUCUAGUGUCAAAAAGGCACAAUUGUUGUUCAGCAAGUAAGACUGAGCAUGUUCUUUCAACUGGGCGUUUACCAAGAUGGGUGGCAGCCCAAUGUGAGCUGAAGUUCAAAACAAAAACCUUAUUUCUAAUCCAGCCUCCAUACUUUACUUUAUUGUAGCCUUGUCUUGCUUUACUGUAUCAAAUUUACUAUUUAUAAUUCUUUGCUCUGCCUUGUGCAUUGCAGGAAUUCAUACUUUCUGUUGUGUGAAGAGCUUUGCAGGUAGCUACACUUCUGACAUAUUUAUCUAAAGGCAGAGAUGCAAACAUGGUUGGAAAUGUGAAUCCUAUCUAAAUCUUUACAGAGUUUUGUUGCCAACUUGAUCAAUUGCAUGGUUUUCAGUUUUGUUCUUUUAUUGGUGAUCCGAGUGCCUCUUUUUACAGAUGUUGCUUUAUAGUGUUUUAUUGCUACUUGUAAGACACUUAAAUUAUUGCUGCUAGAAAGCUGGUUAGAUUUUUGUAACUUUUAAUUCUUGCUGAAUUUUAUGGCUCAUUUUUUUUGUUGCUGCUCUAUUUACCGUAUUUUUCGCCCUAUAGGACGCACUUUCCCCCCUCCAAAAAUGAAGGGGAAAUCUGGGUGCGUCCUAUGGGGCGAAUGCAGGCUUUCGCUGAAGCUUGGAGAGCGAGAGGGGUCGGUGCGCACCGACCCCCUCGCUCUCCAGGCUUCAGGAAGACACCCGCAGCCUAGGCAGCGGAUAGCAGCCUGCUUCCCGGAGCGCCAGGCGCGCUGAAAGCAGAGCGCCCGGCGCUUCGGGAACACAUCCGCAGCCUAGGCAGCCCUGCGGGAGUUCCUGCAGGGCUGUCUAGGCUGCGGAUAGCAGCCUGCCGCCCGGCGCGAAGGGCGCCCUGAAGCAGAGCACCCCUCGCACCGGGCAGACAUCCGCAGUGUGGGGAGCCUGCUGCCCGGCACGUGAAGCGCCCUGAAACAGAGCGCCUCGCGCGCCGGGCAGACAUCCGCAGUGUGGGGAGCCCUGCAGGAGUUCCCCACAGGGCUCCCCACGCUGCGGAUAGCACCCUGCCGCCCGGCGCAAGGGGCGCCCUGAAGCAGAGCGCCCCGCGCGCCGGACAGACACCGGCCAGCCCCACAAGCUCGGGGGACAGCAGGGAGGCGCAGCGCCGCCAUCCCGCUGUUCCUCGACCUGGUUCGGUUUCCCCGACCUGGUUUGGGGGGGGGAAAUAAAUGGGAAUUUUUUUUCCUUUAUUUCCCCCCCAAAAAACUAGGUGCGUCCUAUGGGGCGGAGCGUCCUAUGGGACGAAAAAUACGAUAGUUUGCUUUUUAUUUGCAAUUAUGUUGCUUUAAUCUUGUGCAUUGUCAUCUGGCAAGAAAGGGAAGAGAAUAGGAAGGAAGGAAGGAAGGAAGGAAGGAAGGAAGGAAGGAAGGAAGGAAGGAUCUUCAACAUAAAUAAACUAAUAAAAGCAAAAAUUUUGAUAGGGUGAACAGAGAGAUGAUCUUUUGUUUUUGUAUUAUGCAACUCAAAGUAGAACCCGGUAGUUUUGGGUUAUUCUAGUGAUGAAGACCAGCAUGAAAACGGCCUAUUCACUUACGGUAUGCAGCUUCUACUACAAGAACAACAAAAUUCCACUUUGGAAGGAGAAUACAAGGAGCCACAUUGUCUCAGACCGAAUGAUGAUCUAGUCCAGCAUUCUGUUACCACAGCUGGUGAUCAGUUGCCCACAAGCAGGACUUGAGUGCAACACCACUUGCUCCCAUUUGUUCCCAAGCCACUGCUGUACCAAAGUAUCCUUCCUCUGAUACUGGAGGUAGUGCAUAGCCAUCAGGUCCGCUAGCCUUACCUUCCAUGGAUUUGUCUAAUCCUCUGCCUACGUUUCCAACCAUCGUUACAUCUUGUGAUAGCAAAUUCCAUUGUUUAGCAACCUGUUGUGUGAAGAGAUACUUUCAGCUUCAUUUGAUGAUUCUGGAUUCUAGUAUUUUGAGAGAGGGAGAAAGAUUUCUUUCUGUCCACUGACUUGGCACAAUGCAUAAUUUAUAGACCUCUGUCUUGUCUUCACUUACUCACUUUUUUCUAAGCUAAAAAGAGCCACAACGUUGUAGCCUUUCAUCACCUGAGAUUUGCUUCACUCCCCCAAUCGUUUUUGUUGUCCUUUCUUAAUCUUUUCAGUGCUGCCGUAUUCUUUUUGUGGCACAGCCACCAGAACCAUACACAAUACUCUGAGUGUGGCUGCACCAUAGAUUUGAGAAGCAGGACUGACCUCCUGUAUUUCUUACAAUUGGUGUGAAAGGGUGCCCUUCCCCCAAAAUCCAGGUGGUUAGAAACAAAAAGGAGAGAGAUUCAGGUAUGCCAGCCAGUGAUGUGUGUUUUCUGGGAAUUUUAAACUGGGCAGAAAAACCCAAUUUGAGUGGAUCCCCCCCCCCGAUGCUCAAGAGUUACCUAAUUUAGCAAAUUCAUUUUACUCUUUUUAUUUUACUUGUAUUUAGUUCACAAUAUUGAAUCUGCCUCACUUUCCUACUACUGUAUUUGCAGUUGGCACCUGUUCAUUGUUACUAAUUAACUUAUGAAAAGGGAAGAUGUCUGAAAAAAUAAAGCACUGGGAAAUUUUUCACCUCACAUCACUAAUGCUACUAAUAAAACAAUACUUUUUUUUCUAGUUGCCCUCCAUCAGUGCCUUUCCUAGCAACUUGAAACUUCGCAGGCGAGCUUUUCCUGAAGCAGAGAUAAAGUAAUGGUAAAAGCAUCACCUUCUAAAUCCCUGCUUUUAGAUGAAAUUUUCAAAAGUUGUUCCCACUGGUGCAUUCCUUUGUAUCCAUCAUCUCCCUCUCCUUUCUUCCAAGUAGCCCCUAAUUUCUUAAAUGAAAGACCUGGGACUGAGACCAAUAAAACCACCAAGAAACCAUAGCUUGUGUCUGGCAACUUCUGAGUCACUUAGUUUCCAGACUGGAAGCUCUUGGAGACUAUUUCCACAAGUGACCUUGGGGCAACCAUCAGUUCUCUCUACCUCAUCUACUUCACAGUGUUGAUACAAGGAUAAAACGCAAUAACCCCAUGUGCCUUAGAGGUAGGACAGAAAGUGAUUCUUAAUACUUGUUCCUUGGUGGAAGAAAUGAACUCUGCAUUUGCUCACAGCUAUAGUUAUUGUAGACUGUCACCUUGACAUUUAAAACUGGCAGGCCCUGACUCCGAUUAAGCCCUGUAUGCUGAGAAGGCUAUUGAAGAGAGUUCCAAGAAGGAGGAAAUGCACUCUGAGAAAAAACCAAAGCUGCAGCAUGAGAAAAUGUAGGAGCGCACACUUCGAGCCCAGCUGGGCAGUUGAAGAGCAUCCUCAGAAAGUGGAAAGGAAGCUCUCAGGCAACUGCCAGGCUUCCUCACACGUCAGCUGCACUAAAGACGUUGCAGAUGGAAUUUGUGUCAUAACCUGGAUUUUGUGACUGGGUGGGAACAGAAAUUAAUUGAGCAGGGAAGGGGAGAGUUAGCUGGGGAAAAUUUCCUUGGCUUGCAUAAGGAGCUGGAAGCUGCCCAGAGUGGCUGGGGCAACCCAAUCAGAUGGGUGGCAUAUUAUUACUAAUAACUAUUAUUAUUAUUAUUAUUAUUAUUAUUAUUAUUAUUAUACACUUCAGGGUGCCAGUACUCUCUCCUCACAAAGAAACUGACCUUUAAAGCUCACCCUGAAACUUACAGAGGGGGUGUGUGUGUGUGAUGCUGCAAAACACUCUCAGGCUUUCCCUUCCCUCCAUCAUCGUUUGGUGGGGACAGAAUGAUUCAUUCCGAGUGCCACACACAGUGGGCAUUCUCCACCAGAGAUCCCUGUUGUCAUGAGAAAAGCUGAAACAGGAUUUUGGAUGUGAAAGUCCACUUAAAAGCAGGGCUCUUUUCUUCUUCCUCUCAUGCUGAUCAAGCUGUUUUCAGGCUCCACAGGUAUCUCAUUGACCUUCACAGUGUUUUGGAGGUACUUCCACAUGUCUGAACAAAUUAUAUUGUGCAAGAUAUUUACAGAGUAAGAAAAUCUCUCUCUCUCUCUCCCUGUCUCUCUCUCUGUAUUUAUCUUAGGUCUUCUUUUCCCAUUCUGUGGACUAGGGAUGGUUUGCAAGAUGCGGCAACUCUCUUAUUCAGAUGGUGGUCUGGAAGUACAUUUUACCACACUCCUGUUGUGGGUGAUCAGUUUCUAUCAUGUUCCCAACUUACAGCAGUAAAUUAAUAGCACAUACCUUAAAACCAGCAUAAAACAAAACAGUGAAAAAACCUAAAACACCUGCAUAUUUUUAAAAGGCAGGAUUUAAACAUCCGCCCACUGAAGGAGGCCACAGAUAAGCAAAAGCAAAAAGCCUGGCAGAAGAGGAAUGUUUUUCCUGGCUGCCUGGGGAGAGCAUUCCACGAGUGGGGAGCCACCACUGGAAAGGCCUAUUCUCCUGUUGCCACCCUCCAGAGGAGGGCCUCAGAUGACAAUCACAGGGUCUGGGUCAGUUCAUUUGUGAAGAGGUGGUCCUUGAAGAAAGGGGAUCCCAAAAAUUCUGUAAACGAAUAAUAUUAAUACUCUUCAGUAACAUGUAUAGAGAUGCUGCGUCUGGUUGUGGCCAAGUUGUGGUGACAGACUGUGCUGUGGAAACACAAGUUCAUUGCCAUGAGUGUCCCCUGUUCUGCACAUCAUCUCUGCCUGUGGGGCAGCCUCUUCACCUCACUUCAUCCAGUUAGGUUUGUGAUAGGAAUUGGGAAAUGGAACUAGUUCCUCCUAAACUCAUAAAACACCAUGUUCAUUCUGUGCCCAGUUUGGGCCCAGUUUGAGCCCAUUCUGACUCCACUGUCAUUAGGAGGGCAACAGGGGCUGAUGUUUCAUGCUUAUUCCUCAGCUUUCAGUCUGCUCUGUGUGACCUGAAAAAUAAUCUAUAUUCAAUUUAUGACACUGUGUACUUCUUUUAUACCAUACCACUUUCUUCACAACACAAUUAUUCUUCCCAGUUCAGUUCAGUCAGUUUUAGUUUUGUGUUACAGGUAACCUGCAGUUUAGGCAGGGUUUGGUUCCAGGGGUCCGUGUGCAAAAGCAGGCAAAGUCAGGAACCCCCCAAACGGCACGGUGGAGGACUGCUUUCUGGGCUUCCAUGCUGCCCCCCCCAACGUUCCCAGACGCUUGAGGAAACAUCUUCCUCACCAGCCUCUGGGACACUCCCAGAGCCCCCUUGCAUCCUUCCCAAAACCUGGUAAACUUCGUGGCUUGCCAUAUUAUUGUUUCAAAGUUUCAGUUAUAUAUUUCCUAAGAUAAUUAACACAGAUCAUUCUCAAAUGUUUAUAUGGUUGCAACCUUUGAAACUGCAACAUCAUGGCAUUAUAAGAGGUGGUGAUUCAGAAAUCCAAAGGUUCGGAAGGUGCAUGUAGGAAAUGCAAUUUAAGCAGCUCUCUGUGCCCUCACUAUGUUGAGCAGCAGGCAAUAAAAUUCUCACUGUUGCCCAAUGCGCUUACUUCCAGGUAAGUGUGAUUAGAAUACCAGCCUUUAUUUUACUCUUCUAAGGGGAAAUGUGAAUUAAAAUAUUAUUGAGACAGAUCAAAAGAACUUUUCAUAAAUUUUGAAGAUUUUCUGUUUUGCUGUUCUCACUUGCACAACAAACUGUAUUAAAAUAUAUUUAUCUUUGAACUAUUUUGAACUUUAAUCAUGAUAAAGGCUGCUUGACUAAAAAGCCCAUGAGUACUACUGAGCCGUGGAUUCUUUGAUUUUGGUAACUUUGCUUCUGUUGUUUCUAAUUAAUGAAAGUCUGGAGCUGUUCAAUAUUGACAUUGCACGGUAGGAAUGCUAACAUUGACAUCUGUUGCCUAAAGACCACAAGACCAGAUCUUACCUUUGAUUUUCUCUGUGCAUUUCCAUCUCUUUCAGAGAAGGCUGACUUAUCAAUAUACUCUGUUAAACAUGCCUCCAUUAUUUACCUAGAAAACUCACCAGAAUGCCCUCCAGAGAAGGGCCUCAGAUGACAAUCACAGGGUCUGGGUCAGUUCAUUUGGGAAGAGGUGGUCCUUGAAGAAUUGGGAUCCCAAAAAUUCUGUAAACGAAUAAUUUUAAUACUCUUCUGUAACAUGUAUAGAGAUGCUGCGUCUGGUUGUGGCCAAGUUGUGGUGACACACUGUGCUGUGGAAACACAAGUUCAUUGCCAUGAGUGUCCCCUGUUCUGCACAUGAUCUCUGCUUGAGGGGCAGCCUCUCCACCUCAGUUUGAAGCAAAAAAGCAGUUUGAAGCAAAAGCCUCUUGCAUAUGCAGACUCAGUCUUGCCCAUGUACUUAUUUGAAGAUUUUACCUUUCAGCUUCACACAUGCCUCCUAUCAAUAUGAGUUCAUGGUGAAGGUCUGCACAUCGGUUUUCUACUGGUUAAACUACAACACAGUUUGGGGACUCAGUGAUCAAACAUUUCAUUUAUGAAGUUAUUCACACAUACAUUUGGUUAUUUGAUUUAUUUAUUUUUUAAAAAUGUUUUGCUAUAAACAUACCAAAAAAACAUGAGCAGAUAUAUACAAAGCAUUAAAAAAAAUGCACUGGAAUACAUUAAAACCUUUCAAAAUACAGAAUUCAAGAGUACCUUUCUCUCUAAAAGUAAAUAAUUGUUAUUUAUUAUAAAAAGGUUUACUCAAUUCAUAAUUUGACAAUUAUUUGUUCUUUAAGUUCAAUAGCUUCAUUUCCAUUAAGUUAAUAUAAUGACUAUGAACAGCCACAAGAGGAAUAGAAAUUGUCACUGGAGUCCAUAUUUCACAAAUGUUUUGAUUGUUGUUUUUUCUCUCUCUUAGAUUUAUUAUUAUUAUUAUUCUUAAAGAUUUCUUAGUUUACAAAAAUACGUGCAUUGUCCCUUUUUUCAAGUUGUGUUUUCUACAGAUCAGUUUCAUUUGUUGUGAGAUGUUAGUGUUGCAUACAGUGUUAGGUUAGGAAGAAAAGAGGGGGAUUUAGACCACAUUCUAGUCCAUUGGGUGGGGUUUAUUUCAUAGCCUAUGGCGUCCUCCCAUUGUUUUUUGAUUACGUCAAGGGGGUUUGUGGGGUUUUGGAGCAGUAUUUUGUAUAUUGUGGAUGCCACCCCCUUGCUGUGUCCCUCUGUGCUGAGGAGGAGGUUUCCGAAGGUUGUCAAGGGCAUGGUUGCUGCUGGUUUUACUAGUGGAUUGUUUAAGAAGGCAUGUAAUUGGCAGUGUGUUAGCCAGGGCAUUUGGGUGUCCCUUGUUUGUCUUGUAUUUCUUGUGUCAAUGUGGGUUUGCUAUUUUUGUAGAAGUCUGCUAGGUGGGAUAAGCCUUUGGCUUGUCAGGUUUUUACCUGGAAGUUUUGUGCUGUGUGAUGGCAUAGUGGGUGGUGAGCCAGGGGGUUUAGUGGGGAUGGGGUUGGGGACAGUUUGCCUGCUUCUUUCUUCCAUUCUUUAAGCAUGGUCUGUGUUAACCUGUUUAGUGAUGUGGGGAUUUCCCUUUGUUUGGGAGGAAUGGGUAUCCUGUGGUGGGGGUAUUUUCUUUUCUUUUUUUAAGAAUAAUUUUUUAUUAACCGACCAAUCACAUCAAAUCAAACCAAAUUACAUAAAUUCCAAAUUACACAGCCGAAUUUUAAAUUUUUGUUGGGGGUACCCAUAUUUCAAGUUCCGAAGGAGAUCCAAUCAACUUCUUGCUUCUUACUGCUGUUUUAAUGUCCACAAAUCUAACCUUAUGAUGUUCACAGUACUAUCCAGUCCUUUCUUAUUGUUGUUUUUCCACAUCUCCUGUUGUUAUUUUCAUUUAUUUUUCCUUUCCCUUUGUGACCUCUGAUAGUCUCCGCAAGCUGGUUAGAACAGUUUGUAAUCCUGCGUGGAUAUUAUUUUUUUUAUCCAGUAGCCAUAUCCAGAUGUUUUCCAUAUAACAUCACUUCCAUACAUCAAAACAGUCUUAGUGUCAUUAAUCUUCACCAAUCUGCCUCCUUUCUCAAAACCUCUGAGGAGAUUCACCAGGAAUGCAGUCUGAAAAUGAGUCCGUUCCUCCUCCCGGCUAUAAAUCCUUUGGCAAGAUGGCGACUCCGAAUUAAUUGCUGCGCCAUUCCAAAAGCUCUUAUUGCUUCUCGGUCUCCAUAAAGCAUACUUUUGGUUAAAGUUUAUCUCCACACAAACCUUAAUCAUCCUGCUUGGGUCAGUUCAACCGACGGUUCUAAUGAGGAGGGGUUCUUGUAAAUCACAUAGAAGGAAAGUAAGAAAGGUCCCCCCCCCCAUUCAGUCCCGUUGUCAACAUACCCAGCCUUUGGUGUAUCUUCAUCGUAAAAUAUUCCUGUUUCUCCAGCCCGUCGUCUUCUUUCUCAGAGGUCACUUAAAUUAGCAGACUUCACUCCCCUUCUUCACUUGAAAUAUGUGCAUUUGCUUCUUUUGUAAUUAAUUAUUCCAAAUUGCUGCAGCUAGUGCGCGAUCAGAGACAGCGUCCAGGAGAGCCGAGGUCCACACGGGGGCAUUCUGCCUAGGGCCCUCACCCCCUUCUUUCAAAUUAGGGGGUGAUUUAUGGGCACAGCAGGCAAGGACAGUGUUCCCCAUUUCCUUGGGGCAACAAGGGAGGCUGCCUACUCCCAUAACAGCCUCUUAAUUACCCCGUGUGGGUCAGAGAGAUGGUAUUGUCGGCCAUCUUCCAAUGCGCCCCUAGUGGUGGGGGUAUUUUCAAUUGUGUCUCUCUCCAGGUGUACCCAUUGUUUUGUCUCGUCUUCUAGAAUGUAGCGUACUUGCUUGGUGAUGUAAUAUGAUUCUAUGUUGGGAAUUCCCCAUCCUCCUCCUGAGGAGGGGAGGUGCAGGUAUUUGGGGCUUAUUCUUGCCUUUUUGUGUGAGAAGAUGUUGUCAGCAUUUUGAUAGUUAGUUAAUGUUUUAAAACUCCACAUUUUCCUUAGUGCAAUUUCUUGGGUCUGUUGGAAGAGUUCCAAAACUAAAUGCAGCAUUUGUAUACAGUUUUUAUAUACAGUGAAUUACAAGGUUGUUUGGAAGAUAAACAAGUUAUACAUGUGAGUUCUCAUCCGGUGUUACUCUACUGAAUGUGUGCACUAUUUCCAUGGAGGGGGGAAAAUACUGUGAUAGAUUUGUUAUCAAGGAAAUCCUUUCUGUGGUGGUGAAUAUCUGUGGGCUCAUUUUUACAUACUACUUUUUCAUUAGAAAUAAGCUCCAAAAAUAUGACUGUACAAUAUUAAACUCAGAGCCCUGUAUCAAAAAGCAUCUGUAAGUCUCAGGAGCGGAAGAGCUUCCUCAGUGUGUGAAACAAGACACCUUCCCCACUUGCCUUUCAGGAGAGACAUGGCCAGAAUGGCUUCCAGAAUGGCUUUUUGAAUUUUAUUGAUAUUGAUGCUGCAUUUUAUGUUCUACUUUAUGCUGUUUUAUGCUGUUUUUAAGUCACAUUUUAAUCAAUGUUUUAUAUUUGCUGUUAGCUGCCCUGAGCCUGGUUUUUAAACCGGGAAGGGUGGGGUAUAAAUAAUUUUUUAAAAAAUUAUUAUUAUUAUUAUUAUUAUUCCUAGGACAUGGUGCCAGUUAGGCAUCAGACAGCAGAUGCAGAACUUCAUGAUUAACCUUCCUCAAUCAAUCAGAGAUUCACGGAGGAAGUGUUAUGUCAAAAGAGACAGAACACUUCUUUUAAGUGGACUUUCACUCCAAAAUCCUGUUUCAGCUUUUCUCAUGACAACAAGGACCCCAACCUGGUGCCCUCCAGAUGUUCUGGACUGCAGCUCCCAUCACCCCACGACCAUUGGCCCUGCUGACUGGGGCUGAUGGGAGUUGGAGUCCAACAUCAGCUGGAGGGAGGGCACCUGGUUGGACAAGGCUGGGCUAGGGGAUCAGUAGUUUAAGGCUACAAGGCAGCUUCAGAUACUCAGCCAACGCAAAACUUUUUCAUUGUGGAAAGUACAAAAUAGGGACAGUCCUCUAGUUGGGAUGCCCUGUCUAAUUUUACCUCUCUAUAGCCACAGACUAUAGAAUAUGUUGAAUAUUUGUUAUCUUGUUUAUUUGCCUUUGAAAAGUCAGGUAUAGCUUUGUGCUGGUUUAACAGAAACAGGUAGCCUAGGAACAAGGUUGUGUUCUGCUUUGCAUACUCAAAACAAACACACCUCUAAUUAUUUCUUGAUUGAUUUAUUUCACAUGUAGGGAUGCAGAAACAAAUAAUUGCAUUGGGUGCCACACCCAAACCAGAAGAUGACAGAAGAAAAAUGUUUCCUAGUGUAUCAUCUAAUAACCUGGCUGUUGUACCUAGCCACCUUUGAUAGCAUGGGAUUAUUUUUCUUAGCACUCUUUUUAUUUAUCCGGAAUCAUUACUCAUGUGCCACCUAAGCAAGUUUUCUCCCUCUUUGAUUUCAUAGUUCUUUUCAUUUUAUUUUCUUGCAGGGCUGUGGGUUGGCAUCUUAAACAUGUCUGUAGAAAUGGAUGUAUAUACAGUGGUGCCCCGCAAGACGAAUGCCUCGCAAGACGGAAAACUUGCUAAAAGAAAGAGUUUUCCGUUUUGGAGGUGCUUCGCAAAACGAAGCUCCUAUGGGCUUGCUUCGCAAGACGAAAAUGUCUUGCGAGUUCCUGCGGGUAUUUUUCCCUUCCCCCCCCCUUUUUCUAAGCCGUUAAGCCGCUUAUCUGCUUAUCCGAUAAGCUGAUAAGCCGCUAAAAGCCGCUAAAAGCCGCUAAUAGCGCUAAUAGCGCUAAUCCGCUAAUCCGUCAAUGGGCUUGCUUCGCAAGACGAAAAAACCGCUAGACGAAGAGACUCACAGAACGGAUUCUUUUCGUCUUGCGAGGCACCACUGUAUUUCACAAAUAGAUACUCUGCGCCAUCCAGGCCACGUUGCACUUUUAAGGCUUCAAUUCUGCCUUCAAUUGAGCUUUGACCAUUCCAUCACUGAGUCAUCUAGGGCCCAGUUUACAAAAAUUGUGAUUUCAAGAAGAAUACUGUGGCCUAGGUCUCAUCCUUCCAGGGAUUAUAUAUCAGUGGUAGGCAUGGCCAGAGGUAAAAAUGGAUGGUCAACAGAUGUGAUUCUUGGGCUAUAUUCAAGCCAUGCAGAAUUCAGAUAUUGCUACAGAUACAUCUCUCCAUCCUGGCAAGUAAGAGGCAUUAUCACAGGUCAAGGACAUAUUCCAGCCAGGUAGAAGCACUCGAGGAACAGGUGGACCAGGGCCACUGAGGAACAUGGCAUGAGACGGGCCUGGGAAGAGCUCAAGGGCUGGACUGAGAGGUCUGAGUGUCUGAUAGAGAGGCCUGAGGGGUUGAGGUUCCCCACUCCUCUUGUACAGGCAUGCGCUAAAGCCUCCGGAUCCAAAUGUUUAUCUCUUUAUUCCUCAUAUGCAUCUCCCAAAGGUAUAUCCAGCGUUUUAAUAACAAUAUUUGUGACUGAAAUUACAAUCUCAUAAUCUUAUACUCUCAGCUGAAAUGCCAGUGUGCAUAAAGGUCUGAGAGAAUAAAUAUCACCUUGUAGACAUAAUAGCUAACAAAUAAACACUGGGGGGAAAUCUUUGAAAUUCCUCUUGGGAAUCUUGUCCCAGCGGAUGUGAUUAUUAGUUUAUACCUCAUUUUGAGCGUGAUUCAAGUCAUUUUGAAUUACUGCUGCUGCUUUUUCUUUUAUAGUGCCGGGGAAAGGAUUGCCCAAACCAUAAUAUCUCCUGAAAUUGAAUCAAUCAAAAUUAUGUCAUGUGAUGUAGUAUGGAUUUUUUUUAAAAAAACCCAGCAACACUUCACACAUUCCUCUCUCAUCCUGCCAUGUUUUAAUUACAGUCAUUGGUUCCAGGAGAUUCGCCAUAGCCAUUGAGCCAAUUCAAAUGUGCAGGAAAAGCACAAGGUGCCGCAAUUCUACAUUGACUGCAUCACUUCCAAAAUAUGGUAGAACAAUUAUUGCAUGCUUGAAUGCUUCCCCAUUGAAAUAACUAGGAAAGCUAGGAGGCCGAGGAGAAGGCUAAGCUCCAGCAUACUGUGUUUCCAUGUGCAGAGUGCGUUUCUUAAAAUGGGGAAACAUUCAAUGCACAUUUCCACCAUCUGUGCUGUGAAAAGGUCCACUUCAGAAGGGGAUUUGUCCGUUGCUCUUUUUCACUUGUUCCUUAGUAUUGUUUAUGGAGAUUUGCACUCAUCUGGGGCGGAUCUAGACGGACACACGAUGUCCUACUUUUUACGUUCAUAAUGUGUUAUUACCUUGUCUUUUAUAUCAGUUACUUUUUAAUCGUUUUAUGUUGCUGUAUCAGUGGAACACUGCUCAUAUGUCCCUAUGUAGCAUUUUACCUUUUUUGUUACGGCAUUCAAACUCCACACACACACACACACACACACACACACACACCAUGAUAUUUGAGGGGAGGUGAAAGACUGACAUGCACAGAUGACAAAGGACAGGGAGGGAAGAAGAAUUAAAACGUGAAACCCGAGGGCAGAGCAGAGCAACCAGUGACCAGCAGGGAAAGAAACAGCAUUUUGGAAAAUGGUGUGACUAGGUAUGACUUACAUUUGAUGGGGAAAAAACAAGGUAAAAUGUUUUAAUUAACAAUUAUGCCCUGUGAUGUUUUAGAAUAGCAUUUCUAAUAGGGGAAAAUAACAUUAAACAGGUCAGUGUAGAUCCAGCCCUGGUCAUCCUGCCAGACGUGUUUCUUCCUCUUGGGCAGUUCGCCUUUGUUCUGAUCUCCAGGCCCCUUAGCCUUCUUGUUUGAAAGUUUUGUAUACUGUGUCAGAUUUGUACUACAAACACGAGAGAGAGAGAGAGAGAGAGAGAGAGAGAGAGAGAGAGAGAGAGAAAGGGGUGGGGGAAACAUUUUACAUUCAUAAUAAGAUUUUACUCUGCGCAAUAGAAAGGCUUGCGGAGGAAGGACCUCUGACCUAUCAGUUAAAAAUGUUUUAAAAUUUCCUCAGGCUGGACUGUUGUUUUAUGUUUUUAAUGUGUUCAAAGGCAGUAAUAGUUUCCAGUGGAUGUACUACAUCUCUUGCAGUUGUAUUUGGUGCCUUUGUUUCCACAGCAACAUGAAACCUGAAGAAUUCAAGUUCUUGGAGAAGCCUUUUCAUUAAACCUCUCACUGGGCUACCAACAUCUUUCGGUUUCCCUCAAAAUCAUUGAUGUUUUGCCUGAGGAGGAACCUCCAAAUGGGCUUCAGAUCCCACUUUAGGCAGUAUUUCACGGGCAGCUUCACUCAGGCUCAAGGAAACCCCAAGAUUUAGAGAAGUCAAACAAAUAAGUUGGAACUACCACCCUCAAUGCUGGUUGUUGAGGGAUGACAAACUGGAACAGUGAACAGAGGCACUCCACACUGCAACCUUGGGUUGCAGCAGAACAGUAGGGUAAAAGCAUUGGCUGGUUCUGGCUAAAGGCAUUUCUGCACUUUUUAUAAUAUGAAUCCUAGUUGUCAGUGUGCAAAAAAUGAGUUAAGAAGCAGAAUCAAAAGGAGACGGUGCCUGGAGACAGUGAUUUGGUAAGCCUCCAGUUGCCUUAAUCACAGAUUUCAGCCAAUUUGUCAUCUCAGCAAGAGCAGUUUUCUUUUUCCAUUUAGCCCGUGUGCCUAAUAUUUCAGGGUCCACUGCACAGACCCCUCUAACUCCCCUGAGCAAAUGCUCACAAAUGGAAAUUUAAAGACAUUUCUUGACAAGCCACAAUUACAGAGAGCUGGAACAAAAUAAGAACUUUGGAGAUUAGCAGCCUUCAUUACAGGGGCUUGUGUCAGGUGGCCAGAAAUAGUAUUCUGUAUAAAAGUGGUGGAGAAUAUUUAAUAAAAGCCAACUCACGAAGGGAGAGAAAUCCACAGUCAAAGCUGGAUAAACGAAAACCCCUCCCAAAUGUAGCAGGUGAAAUAAAAUGCGCUGAGUCACAAUUAGAUUGGUGAAGGAUUUGCUUAAUUUAAGAGUAUUUUAACAGCUUGUGCCAAAAAAUGCAAUGUUGCCAAAUCUAAAAUCUCUUUCAUUAUUAUCUUAGAAGUUUGUUUAUAUAUGUCAAAAUAAUGAAUGAUAGCUUCAAAUCUACAAAUCUACUUCCCUCAAAUUCUGUACUGAAUAUGUAAAUCAUAGUUCUGCACCUUCAUUUUUCACCAGAGCAAUAAAACGGAUCACAUUUAUAUUGGUCACAUGCCUGAUUGGGCCAGUGCUAAUUGUGUUUCUUUCUUCGCGCCCUCAAACCCUCUCUCUGAUGGAGAGGAAUGGGUCUUUUGCUUUUUUGUUUUUGCUUUUGCUAUGAAUAUCUUUUACCGAUGCUGAAAUAAAAGAUUCCACAAAUGUGAAAACUUGGCAAACUGAUUUUAUUGAACCCCCCUCCCCUCUGCGGUGUGCCGGAGGUGGCACUCGAGCGCCACAUGGACAGCAGUGGGAUCUCUCUGCCACCCCCCAACCCCCCGCCCCGGGUGCUGGUUGGCCUUCCUUCGCCCCUGCUUCUGUGCCCCCUAAAUCUGCUCUGGAUUUCUGGGGACUUCCGGGUUAGCGCCUCCGGCAAUGGCGGAAUUCCUCUGAUCGGGAGGAACCCGCUCCGUGGAAUCAGGGUCUGGCCGCCAUGGCGAAGGCGGAGACCCACCAAAAACCACAGGCGGGAGAAGCCUGUGGGCGUGGGAUUCGGCUGGCACCUUUUGCGCCCCCCCCACUUGUGGGGAAACCCGGUUUCGGGGUUCCGGAGCGAUGUGGGGUGAGUGGCGCGGUGCUUUGAAUCGACUGCUUCUUUAACGGAGUGAAGCCGCUUUGCCGUUGCCGGAGAGCGCUGACUUUUUUCCUGUGGACAAUUGGACUUUAAACAACUACCCGUGAGUAGAACGGAAAAUUGGACCUUUAAACAUCUUAAUUCAGCACCGAAACGGGAAGGUUUCAAACAGGAAGUCCGCCUUCCUCUUUUGUAAAUAGAUAGAGCAAAGACACUGCAAGCUAAAGUCUUGGAGAGCCUUUUGUAAAGGACUAAAUUUCCAUCAGUUAAAAUUUCUAAACCCCCCUUGGAAGCAGGAGAAGAGGAGGGAAAUUUUAGAUUGCCUAAGCCUGCAGGAGAGAGAGUGAAGAAAGAUAAAUUACCACCGUUUUGAACCUGGGAACGGGCUGUCAGUACGUUUGACGUUUUGGGAAAGUCCAUUGACUGUGAAUAAAACGUAUGUUGACAGAUAGUUAAAUAAGAAAAAUAUAUUGUUUCUAUUGCUUCCUUUUGCACUUAAAAAGGAGCAAAAGUAACUGAAAGAUUGAAACUAACUUUGUUGCUGGAUCUGCGUUUAAAAGGACGGAUACAAAUAGAAAUUGUUUCCUCUAGAGGGAGAUUUUGAAACUGUUGCAGAAAUGGAGCUGGGGAAUUUUCCAGCUGCAGAGAGACCGUGAGAAUCAGAGAUUGGCCUUGGACAAGAAUGUCGACAGAAGAAGCCUUAGUGAUUGCAUUUUGCAAGAUAAGUGCUUUACUGGAACAGCUUCAUGAGAAGAUGGAUGUGAUGACUAUUAAAAUUGAUAAUUUGGGACAAAAAAUGACUGAUUUGGGACAAGAAGUGAAUAUCUAUACAGAAACUACUCAGGAACUGAUCCAGGAAUCUACUUCGACAUGGCAAGUUGUGGAGAAGACGAGGGAGAAAGUUAUUUUAGAAUCUCAAGUAAUACAAGUGGAGAGAGCCUCAGUCUUACAGAGACAAUUUGAUGAAUAUAAGCUCUUGCCUUUUAUGUUUGAAUUUAGAGAAAGCCAAUUGAAACACGUCCUGAAAUAUCUUUUGGACUCUAGUUUUGACUAUGGAGAAUGGGCUGACCAGUCGAGAAGGAAUAAAGACAUUGUUAGGUUGGAGCUUCCCCGAGAUCUACUCCUCAAUGUUAAAGGAAGGAAAUUAAGAAUAAGAUCAGCAGAAGAUAAAGUAUGUAUGUAUAAAUAUGAAGAAGAUCUGUAGAAGGGACAUGGAAAAGAGUUAAGAGCCUCGGACAGAAGAUCACCAGGUUGAUGGACCAUAUGGAUUGAUAGAAAGGACUGGCAGAAUCCAAGACCAGGGAGAAGAGACGGUGGAAGAAGAUUGGAAAAAAGUUUUAAAAAUUUAUUUAUAGAAACAUUGUAAAAUUAAUGAGUGUUAGAAAAAUGUUGGAAUGAAAUUACACGGCUUUAGUAGAAAUGUUAUAAGGAGUUAAGUACAAAUAAGUUUUAGGGUAUUAAUGGUAAGAUAAGGUUAAAAUAAAUUAUGAUAAUUAUAUGAUAGAAAAUAGUGAAAGAUGGAAAGGAUUUGCUGAAACAAUUAAUAACUAGAACACAAAAAAGGGAGGUGCAAGGAGGUCGAUGAAACAAGUUAAUGAAAGACAAAGAUAUGGAAAUAUUGGAUGUGUUUUUAAUUGUUUUUGCUUUUGUUUUUGUUUUGAUGUAUUGUGUCUUAUGUUUUUCCUUUUUUUAUGUACAGUGUUGAUUUGCAUUGUUUAUUUUUUCUUUCUUUUUUCUUUCUUUCUGUAAUCUCUAAACCUUUAAUAAAUAUUUUUUAAAAAAUAAAUAAAUCUGCUCUGGAUUUCUGAAUCUUCCCACAUUCAGCUUCACUGCGUGUCCACAAAUUCUAGUGAUAUGAGAGAGGCAGGGGAACGUGUAUGCAGCCAGUCCUCAAGAGGGUAGCUGAAGUUUCCCAUUACCACAACAUUUCUUAUUUAGAUGCACCCUUGCUUCCAUUCCUCAUCUCCCUGAGCAUUUUGAUGAGGGAAGAGCAAGUACUAAAUGGCUCUUGAGGACUGGUAUCACCACUGACAAUGAGUCUGUGGAGGACAUUGUGGGACGGGUGCUCCUCUUGCACACAAAUGUUGUAUCAAAAUGCCAGCCCGUACCUCUUCCCAUCAUUUAAUCCAGAUUUAUCCUUUCUGGGGGAAGUCUGCUAAUUAUUAUUUUUUAAACCAAAAACCUGUUGUCAGUGACCCUGAAAUAUUUGCCACCUUUUAACUCCAUCCUUAACCUUGCCAUGCAGCCCUUGCAGGGUAUUGUUAACAUGUCUUUGUCUUUGCAGUCAGUUGAUGAUGAACAUCUUGCAUGUCCAACGAUCCAUCAGCCUCUCUUAUUUCAUUAAGAGAGAGAUAGAAAUCACAUUGUUUAUUAAUACAACAGCCAUUCUUAGUUAUAGCAUGAUUUCUUGGCUCACCAAAGGGGGAGAUGAUUUUAUCAAAGGACCCUCUGCGCACCAGUUCCAGUGCAGAGUGCAGCACUGGUUUAUUUUGGGCUUCCUUUAAUAACUACCUUUCAUUCUCAAUACCUUAAACUAAUGAGAUGCAACGGUUAGGAAAAAAUGAGUCACUAUGCGUGAAUUACAAGUGUGACUUAGAUGCAUAAAAUAUAGCAAAGCUCCAGAACCGUGUUCUGCAUUUUUGACCAAUAGCUGAAAAAGUCACUGAUAGGAUGGGUAAUUAAUUCUUUGCUAGGUAAACCACUGAGCGUCUUGGGCUUGCUGAUCAGAAGGCUGAUGGUUCAAAUUCUUUACUUUCUUCACUGCCACUCCUUCCUACUUCUCAUGAACAGAAUCUAGAUCUCAAAGGUUCAAGUAAGGCCACCAUUCUCCUUUCUUUAAAAUAUACGUCUGCUUCAUUGCCGUCAAAUAACACCUGCUUCCACCAAAGUGAGCCUAAUUGCCAAAAGAGUUAAUACUGUCCUGCUGGUUAUAACUCUGAUUAUUUCACAUGAUAAAUGCUUUGUUGUUUUACAUAACGUCAUGUUCAUUAUUAAAUAAAUAAAUAAGGCAAAUGCCUCCAUAAAACAGCUUAAAAUAUAGCCAAACUAAUAUCAAUGCAUUGUAAACAAACAUCAUAAAAGCAAUGUAAAAAUAUAUACCACAUUGGAAUAAUGUAGCAUAACAGCUACAUUUGAAAGAAGAGAUGGAUAAACAUCAUUUUAGUAUUGUGAGAGGCUGAGAACAAGGGAGAAAGGGCAGAAUCGUCUGAGGGAGCAGGACACCUGCUUUGUCUUACGUAAUGGAUCAUCAUACUUAAUUCGUUCCGGAGGUCCGUUCUUAACCUGAAACUGUUCUUAACCUGAAGCACCACUUUAGCUAAUGGGGCCUCCCACUGCCGCUGCGCCGCCGGAGCAGGAUUUCUGUUCUCAUCCUGAAGCAAAGUUCUUAACCUGAAGCACUAUUUCUGCGUUAGCGGAGUCUGUAACCUGAAGCAUAUGUAACCUGAAGCAUAUGUAACCUGAGGUACCACUGUAAACGUAGAGUAAAUAAUGAAUGCAAUCAAAGUAUUGCAGAGCUGAAGUUGGGGCAUCCAUUUUUUUUUUUUUUUACUGGGAGCUAAUUGUGGCUUGCUUUCGCACAGUAUUAUUUCUUGGGGCCUUAAAGAAUGCUGUGAGCAUAUUAUGCACUUCUGUUACUGUGCUUACCUGAAAUUAAAAUCUUAUUUCUAGAUUUUCUGAUUGCAAUGUUCUGAAUAAGUUCAGCAAAUCUGACUUGGCAAAGCCUGCCUGCUUCUGUAUACAGUGGUACCUCGGGUUACAUACGCUUCAGGUUACAGACGCUUCAGGUUACAGACUCUGCUAACCCAGAAAUAGUGCUUCAGGUUAAGAACUUUGCUUCAGGCUGAGAACAGAAAUCGUGCUCCGGCGGCGCAGUUAAUGUUCAGGUAAGCGAGCAAUUUCUGAUGUCAUUUUAUUUUUGAUACUUUCUUUUUGGAGUGGUUAAUUGCUUCCAUUUUUCAAAAGGCCACAAAAGACACCUGAAAUAAAACAGCAAAAAAAAAAAAAGGUAGGAAAACACUUUUGCAAGACUGUUUAUCUUCUUAAAAUCUUUGCCCCCCCACACAAACAAAAAUCCUUCCCAGCUUCAAUAACUUCCUUAGUUUUACAUGGAGGGAUUGAGAAAUGGAUGAAAAUAGCAAAGCAGCUUGAUGGGGGAUGUAAAAAUAACCCUGAAAGUGGGGAGUGUCUUCUGUGUUUCCCUCCCCCCUCUUCUGCUCUACUCCCCCCCCCCCAGGCAACCCCCUCAACACUCACCCAGCUUUAUGGAGCCAGGGAGAAUGUUGCAGAAAGGACCGUGUCUGCCUGUGUGUCCUAUGCGGUGUGUUUCUUGCUUUCCUUCCCCACAAUAACAACAUAUUUCUGCUUCUAAUCUUAAUCUUGUUUUGCCCUCUCCACCCCCAUGUGCUGCCAUGAGGAAUGUGCCAGUUUGGUCCUGCAGAGCCGUGGCGUUGCUUGGGUUCCCGUUAACAUGUGCGGUCCCACUUACUGUUGUUGUCAGGCCCAGACAGAGUGGGGGCCAUAUGGGCCACUUGGCCCGGGCCUCCGAUUCCAAAGGGGGCCUCGGCCAGCAUAUUCACAGCAUUUUUAAAUGUAAAUACUUAAAAUAAUCCUUUUCCCUAUGUAUUUUUAAAAAGCACUAUUGUAUAUCUAUAUUUUCCAUUUUGUCUUUAUAUGCAGAUACGUUUCAAGCCUUGAAAUAAAAUUAUUUGUCAGCAUACCUUUUGUUAAAAUUAUUUAUAUACUUAUUUAUAAGACUUCAGUUAUCCCCAGGGUAAAAAGGGGGGCACAUUAUCUACCUGGGCUGGGCCUCUGCCUGGCUCUGCAAGGCCCUGGUUGUUGUUGUUUAGUCGUUUAGUCAUGUCCGACUCUUCGUGACCCCCUGGACCAGAGCAGGCCAGGCACUCCUGUCUUCCACUGCCUCCCACAGUUUGGUCAAACUCAUGUUCGUAGCUUCGAGAACACUGUCCCACCAUCUCGUCUUCUGUCAUCCCCUUCUCCUUGUGCCCUCCAUCUUUCCCAGCAUCAGGGUCUUUUCCAGGGAGUCUUCUCUUCUCAUGAGGUGGCCAAAGUCUUGGAGCCUCAGCUUCAGGAUCUGUCCUUCCAGUGAGCACUCAGGGCGGAUUUCCUUCAAAAUGGAGAGGUUUGAUCUUCCUGCAGUCCAUGGGACUCUCAAGAGUCUCCUCCAGCACCAGAAUUCAAAAGCAUCCAUUCUUCGGCAAUUAGCCCUCUUUAUGGUCCAGCUCUCACUUCCGUACAUCACCACUGGGAAAACCAUAGCUUUAACUCUACGGACCUUUGUUGGCAAGGUGAUGUCUCUGCUUUUUAAGAUGCUGUCUAGGUUUGUCAUUGCUUUUCUCCCAAGAAGCAGGCGUCUUUUAAUUUCAUGACUGCUGUCACUAUCUACAGUGAUCAUGGAGCCCAAGGAAGCAAAAUCUCUCACUGCCUCCUACUUAUACAUGCAUCAAAAGCACUGCUAGAAAGGGGCAGGGCAGAAGGGGGUGGGGGGAAGGGGGUGGGGCGGCAGCAGAGCGGGGGAAUCCCCACUUACACAUGUCCUGUAAUGGAACCCAGUGGAAGUGGCUCCCACAGGGGAGCUGCAGAAAGAACGUGAUUGGUCAAGGGAGUCGUGGACUCAAGAAUGUUGAAAACCACUGGCGUUAGUGGUCUGCUAAUGAUUGACAGAGGUCUGCACGUGUUUUCAAAUCCAGUUUUUCCUUUCCUUUCCUUUUUUUUUUUUGAGAGAGAGAGAGCUUGACUUCUGCAGAGAAGGUGUUGUAAAAUUUCAUUCUAUUUUCUACAGCUACACUUUCUAAUGCAUCCACAAUCUUUGAGUAGGACUCCAGAAUUGCACUUGUUUCCUCUGCACAUGCUUCCCAGAAAGUAUUAUAAAGAUAUUUCAAUAUCUGGUCGUUGCUAAAAUAUGGUUUUCCCUAUGAUGACUAAUGCUUAAAAAAAAAAAAAAUAAUCAGUUGUCAGAUUCAGAAAUUCAGAGCUGCCCUAAGCAUGUGCUUAGUCUGCCUAUUGGGUAAUCCAGCAGUGUGCUGACGCCAAGCAUGAAAUUAAAGCAGUUUUCAGGUUAACCUGACAUUUCAGGUUAUCCUUAGUGUUCAGCUCACUAGUUACAGAAGGCCAACCAAACUUUAGGAAUUCCCUAUUAUCUGAUUAUGUCUAUUAUUUACAGUGGAAUUGGCAUGUUUUAGCUUUUUACACUUAAUUGUUCAGUAUCUCUCUCUUACUCAAUUUCUCCAGUUUGUCUUAAUUAACAUUCUGUUGUUUACAGCUAAAUGGUUUCUCGCUUUGGGGUUAAUGCAAAUUAAUUGUGCACAUUGGAAAUUGUUUGGAAUUGCUUAAACAGUAAUCCCAGAGAGGAUUUGCGUUUGAGGAGCUAAUUAGAUGGUGGUUUGUGGUUUCUCUCUUUUAAAAAGUCAUCACCUAAACACCAAGGACUUCUGAACCAUGUGGAUCUGUUCUAGUGGUUACCUGUAUGUUUGUUCAAGCUGUUAAAAUGUUUUAAAAUGUGGUUUCUUUAUUAAGAUAAUGAGACCAUUUGCAAGUUCAUUUAAAUGACAUUUUAAAAGAAGUGUUUAAUUUCCUCCACACAUUUGUAUGCUGCAAAGAAUGGUUACUUCAUGUUUACAAAGUGACAUAUGCAAACUGCUGUGUUAUAUAAUAUUAUAUUCUGUACAAUCCUAUAUGUUAUUUCUGACACUGGCCAAUACCAGCCAGCAGAAGCACAAGAUUCUAAUUCUGUUGCCUGCCAUAUUUUCCAUCCACUGACCAAUUAGAUGUUGUCAUUCAUAUCUUCUAUGAAUGUUUCUAGCCUGUUUCUAAAUUUAUUUAAUUUCUUUUUUUGUUUGUUUAUUGCAUGUAUACUCCAGCUUUUUCUCCAAUGAGCUCAAGGUGGCACACACGCUUUCCUCCUCGUUUAAUCCUCGCAACAACUCUCUGAUAUAGCUCUGAAUGGGGCUUUGAAACCUGGGCUCCUAGAUCCUCCUCUGACAAAACAACUACACCACACUGGCUUGCCGCCUUGGUUGUAUUGUUUCCCAUUAAUUCCGAUUGAAUAUAUUUCCACAGCACAGACAUAUGAAGUAUAAAAAUAGGCAUAUAGCCAGCUAAAGCUAAAUAUUUUUAAGAUUUCUGCAAGAGCUGGUUAACAAUAACUUUCCCGCUGAUAAAAAUGUUUGAUUUGGGCUUGAUCAUACUUCUAUAUUUUUGCCUUGCUUGAAAAAACAGCCCUUGUUACUCAUGAAUAAGCUAAAGCUUGGAACCCUGCGCAUAGAAAAUGAGCAAAGAGAUAGGAUCACAGCGUUAUGAUGCUCAGGAUAAUUAAAGUGACAAUCUUGCAGCAAAGGCUGGAUCACAGCCAGCUCUGUUGUAGCUUCACCCACGAUGAUGGAGCAGUGGUUUGUGAGAGGAGAUGGAAGCGGGGGGGGGAGAGGAAAGGAGAGGACCAGGGGGUGGCAGUGACUGCCCCAGCCCUGUGCCACUCCGUGAAGUGCUAUUGCAACCAGGAGGAUGCACUGGGUCCCCCCCCCCCGCCAAGCCAUUGCUGCCAUCAUGCAUCAUGUAAUUGUGCUGUUGAAUUUGUCUGGAGUUUGGUGUGGAUGUGCACACUUGCAACAAAGGGGAAAUGCACUUUAUCCCAGCUUAAGUAAACUGCCCUUAUCCAAAGGGCCGUUCACAACAUUUAACUCCUCCAAAUGUGCAUCUGUCGUGACAGGAAGAGGCUCUAGUCUACUCAGACUUCAUUUUAAUUGAAUUAUCCUGAGACCAUAAAGACUCUUGAUGGUUUAUGGCAAUCUGGGCAUUAUUCUCAUUAUGUGAACAGAUUUCUCUUGGGCGCUUAACUUACCUUGUGAUGUUGCUUUUUAUGUAACCUUCAGGAUCAAGCAUGAAAAUAUUGUUGCCCUGGAAGACAUCUAUGAGAGUCCAAACCACUUGUAUCUGGUCAUGCAACUGUAAGUAUUGCUUAUACUGCUUUUGUUUCUGUUAACCAAACAGAAAUAGAAGGAGGACAUCAAAUUCCAGGAAAUCAGGUCAAGUGUGCAAAUUGUGCUAGUAUUAGGAGCAUGUUGAAAUCUUAUGGUGUCUCUUGCAAUGUUCUAAAUAUGUUUUUAUUGCUGUAUUACUUCUUGUUUGCUGCCCUGGGCUCCUUUAGGAGGAAGAGUGGGAUAUACAUUUAAUUAAUAAACAAAUGACAUUUUCAUAGCUGUCAAGUGUCCCUUAUUUGAAGGGACAGGCCCUUAUUCCAGCGCCAUGUCCCGCUGCUGUCCCUUAUUGAUGGAUGUCCCUUAAAUGUCCCUUAAAUGAUGUCCCUUAAAUUUCAAAGGAAGCAGCUCCUCUCCCUCCCUCCCUGCCGGCCAGGGAGGAGGGAGGCUCCAACUGUGUUGAUUGGCUGUGUUGCUCACCCAAUAAGAAGUCUAAGAACGACUGGGGGGUGGAGCUUGCAUGCCUUGUGUGUGGCUAGUUAAUGCAAGCUGAGGGGUUUUUUGAAUGCUGGACGCCAUUUUGUUGCACGUGCUGCUGCAAACUUUGCAGUGCAAAGCCAGGCCGGGGAGCCCUCUUAAGUUGAGACUGCAUAGGCCUUGUGGUGCAUGUGGUUCAGAUUCUAUUCAGUUGAACCUCUGGUUACAAAGUUGGUUGGACAGUGUUUUCAAAGCUACCCAGCCUGAGUUUGACCAGACUGCAGGAGGACAGGAAGACUGGAGUGCCUGGAACAGGUGAGGCUGCAGUCCCUUAUUUUGGCUGCUGGUCCCUUGUUUUCAAGGCUGCUGGUCCCUUAUUUUCAAAUCUGUAAGUUGACAGCUAUGCAUUUUAGAAAUCACUACACCUCCACUAUAAUUUCCUUGAUCUGGGGAAUAAAGUUAAAUUCACUAAACAAUUACAUACUCAUCCAAGUUUAACUUCCUUAGAUGAACCUUCCUUAGCUUUUGGAGUGAUAGAAUUCUUGCUUCUUGUGCCUUCUCUGGUGCUACCUGGAGUGGAUAUCCCUAAAGAGUUGGAACUCCCUGCACAGUUGUUGCCAGUGAAUUGAAAAUUAUAUUUCACCUAGCUGUUAGUUUCCUUGUGUUGUGAAUUAUAUUUUUAAAUAAUCUUCCCCCAAUGGCCUGUGUGGUGUGCUUGUGUUAGGCCACGAUACCACAAUGACAAGAGCGGUAAUCCCUUGCAAGAGACAGGAAGUGGGCUCUCUGAAGCUAAUCCUUCCCUUUCUCCAGCAUCAGUUUGAAUAGGCAACCAGCCCCCCCACCACACAAACAGAGCUUCAUGGCCUGAUGGUAAUGGCAGGGCCUUGGGGCUGGGAAGAUCUUUUUACAGGGUGUGGUCUGGUUGGCCUUUGAUUAGGCAAUAGUUGUUUAUUUAUCUGUUGAUUUCCUUGGGCUCUGGCUGUCAAUUUGCAUCCUUUUUGUCACAACUUGGCAGGUGGCCAGUGGGCAAGGAGGAGCCAUACAGAUAAGACAGGUUGUUUGGGAGGUAGCCCCUGCAUUCAGAGGCAGCUGGAGAGGUUAGGGCAGUCACUAGGCUGUUGGGGACUUAGGGAUGGGCUGGGCUCCUGCUAUGGUAUCAGUUUCUGGGCAGCUUCCGCACCUGAUUGGCACUGAGCUCACUUGAAGAGAUGUGGGCAAGCUGGUCCUGCUCAGGACAGCUGAGUGCUGAGCUCACCCCGAGACAGCCAGGCCAGGCCUUGGGCCUUAAGGGAAUCACCUCAGUCAUUGGCUGAAGUGGUUCUUAAAGUUCAGUAUCACAACAUCAAAUAAAGUUGGUGCCUGUUUUAUUCCACAUCACUUCUUUCGACUCUACAGUGGUACCUCGGGUUAAGAACUUAAUUCGUUCCGGAGGUCUGUUCUUAACCUGAAACUGUUCUAAACCUGAGGUACCACUUUAGCUAAUGGGGCCUCCCGCUGCCGCCAUGCGAUUUCUGUUCUCAUCCUGAAGCAAAGUUCUUAACCCAAGGCACUAUUUCUGGGUUAGCGGAGUCUGGAACCUGAAGCACCUGUAACCUGAAGCGCCUGUAACCCGAGGUAGAAUCAUAGAAUCAUAGAGUUGGAAGAGACCACAAGGGCCAUCGAGUCCAACCCCCUGCCAAGCAGGAAACACCAUCAGAGCACUCCUGACAUAUGGUUGUCAAGCCUCUGCUUAAAGACCUCCAAAGAAGGAGACUCCACCACACACUCCUUGGCAGCAAAUUCCACUGUCAAACAGCUCUUACUGUCAGGAAGUUCUUCCUAAUGUUUAGGUGGAAUCUUCUUUCUUGUAGUUUAGAUCCAUUGCUCCGUGUCCGCUUCUCUGGAGCAGCAGAAAACAACCUUUCGCCCUCCUCUAUGUGACAUCCUUUUAUAUAUUUGAACAUGGCUAUCAUAUCACCCCUUAACCUCCUCUUCUCCAGGCUAAACAUGCCCAGCUCCCUUAGCCGUUCCUCAUAAGGCAUCGUUUCCAGGCCUUUGACCAUUUUGGUUGCCCUCCUCUGGACACGUUCCAGUUUGUCAGUGUCCUUCUUGAACUGUGGUGCCCAGAACUGGACACAGUACUCCAGGCGAGGUCUGACCAGAGCAGAAUACAGUGGCACUAUUACUUCCCUUGAUCUAGAUGCUAUAGUCCUAUUGAUGCAGCCCAGAAUUGCAUUGGCUUUUUGAGCUGCCGCGUCACACUGUUGGCUCAUGUCAAGUUUGUGGUCAACCAAGACGCCUAGAUCCUUGUCACAUGUACUGCUCUCAAGCCAGGUGUCUCCCAUCUUGUAUUUGUGCCUCUCAUUUUUUUUGCCGAAGUGCAAUACUUUACAUUUCUCCCUGUUAAAAUUCAUCUUGUUUGUUUUGGCCCAGUUCUCUAAUCUGUCAAGGUCGUUUUGAAGUGUGAUCCUGUCCUCUGGGGUGUUAGCCACCCCUCCCAGUUUGGUGUCAUCUGCAAAUUUGAUCAGGUAUUGCCAGAUAUGGUAUUGCCAUAUACAAUAACUACCUCUUUCACAUACCCAGAGCUAAGAAAUUCCUGGAACUGAAGCAUAGUCUGUACUCUGAAACCUCCUCAAAAGUUCUCAUUUAGGAAAUGCUGCUGUCAGCCUAAUAACUAUAAUCAAUUAAACAUGCACCAUUUCCUCAAUUCAAUCUAGGACAAAGUAUUCAUGUGUAAUUUCUUGUUUCCUUGGAAACUAUGACCUGUUGACACAAAAGUCAUAUGAUGCUAGAGCUGGAUACCUACUUUAUUGCCUCACUGCCCAAUUUGCCAUUACGGUUCCUUUGCUUUGUUGUAGCUCAUGAAUUUUAUUUGCUAUUUCCAUGCUGCACAAAGCAAACAUGAAAUUUUUCACUUAUAUUUAAGAUUCCACUUGUUUUUAGAUAGGUGCCUGCAAAUUUGAUUCAAAAUGCAGGGCAUAUAACACAAAGCUACUGUCUAUUUGCUGGGGGUGGGUUUGAAUGAAGAUCUUAAUCCCUUUAUACUUAGGCUUGUUUCACAUAGUUUCCCCCGCAUAUGGUCUCUGCUUGCAGUGCUUACUCCAGUAUUUUGGGAGGAGGCAGGGAAGUCUCUUCCAAUGAACCCCACCUAACCUGCAAGAGGAAGGGUGGGGAGGGCUCUCAUGGUGCUUCAGGCCCAGCACGUCUCCUCCACCACCACCCCUUGGUCCAUGUGCACUCAGGAUCACACAAGGAAAGCUUAGUGUGGGUUGAACGGUGCAUAGAUUCAGCUGGCAGCAGUUUUGACAGAACUGUCUCCCACCCGAAUGUUGGAAGUCUCACAAAAUAAUAAAAAAUAAUAAAAUUUUGUUUAUAUCCUGCCCUCUCCAGUCAAAGCCGGGCUCAGAGUGGCUAACGACAGUAAAAUAAUACAACAUUCUAAAAUCAGUUCAUUAUAAAAUCAGUUCAAAUCAAAUUAAUGGCAACUAUUGGGUUAGAGUUCUAUGAGGAUUACAGAAGGAGAGGGUCAGACUGUGCCUUGGCCAAAGGCCUGGUGGAACAGCUCUGUCUUGCAGGCCCUGAGGAAAGAUGUCAAGUCCCACAGGGCCCUAGUCUCUUGGGACAGAGCGUUCCACCAGAUCGGAGCCACAGCCGAAAAAGCCCUGGCUCUGGUUGAGGCCAGCCUAACCUCCCUGUGGCCCGGGACCUUCAAGAUGUUUUUGUUUGAAGACCAUAAGGAGAGGCGGUCCCGUAGGUACGAGGGUCCUAGGCUGUAUAGGGCUUUAAAGGUUAAAACCAGCACCUUAAACCUGAUCCUGUACUCCACUGGGAGCCAGUGCAGCUGGUACAAAAGCCACUGGGGUUUGAUGAGUGCAAAGUCCAGUGGGUUUCUGUGGCCCAAGCUCCAUCCAUUCAUACUAUGUUCCUGUCUUGUACUGAGUCAGAACAUUGGCCCAUCUAGCCCAAUGCUGCUGACUUUGACUUGUAGCCGCUCUCCAAGGUAUCAGAAGCUUUACCAGCAUCUGUUAUCAAAAACCUUUUAUUGUAGUUGAUUGACUUUCAGAAAGGGACUUCAUGCGUGUAAAAGUGUAUGCUUCUGCCACUGAACUCUUGCCCCCACCCAGUUGCUAAGAGAAAGUUGCUCACUAGCAACACAAUGCCACUCAAGCCUGAUCUGAUGUCAUGGACCAGUUGGACGCAGCCAAAUGGCGGGAGGAACCAGCUGGGGAACCCUGAGGGAAAGAAGGCCCAGAACCCGGGGAGUGGUGGUGGGACAACCAUGAGUGGUCAGAGGGAGGAAGUGUCAGAAGCUGAAGAGGUAACAGGGCUUAGUGAGAAGGGAGAGUCUGUGGCAGAGAGAAGUCCAGACUCAGAGGCAGAAGCUGAAGCCGGGGAGGAGGAUGAAGGCGGCCAAGAGGCAGAGAUGGGUCAGGCAGGUGAAGAGGCACAGGUGUCUCUCCCUCCUGCUAUGACCAGCUCCCCUCUGCCCUGCUUUCCAAGGCCAGGAAAGGCAUGAAGCAGGAGGAGCAAGGACAGGAACACAGGCACAGUCUCUGCCCUGGAGAGGAGACAUAGGCAACAGUGGGAGGCGGGGACCUUCAGUCUUCGCAACUGCCUCAUAGGAGCAAGGCCUACCAAAGAAGAACUGCUGUGCUCAUUAGGCCUGGCACCCCUGUGCAAAUCCACUUUUCUUAUAAAGAAUUAACUUCACUUACCCCAUGUGAUUUACUGCUGGCUUGCUCCUGACCUCCUGAUAUUGCACUGUCUUUCCCAGCCCUAUAGCAAGAGAGCCGUCAUCUAGACUGGGACUACUAGGAACUACAAUCACGCAGAGCACACAUUGUAUGGGAGAGCUAUGUUCAUAAGCAAAAUGCAUUCUUUUCUGACUCCUGGAAGGACACUCUCCUUUAGGGUCCUGGCUUUUCUACACAAAACACAUUAGGUUUCAUCCUAUCAGAUGCUUUAGCUAUAUAGUGUGACGCUGACAAUAACAACAAGACAUGUUGCUAUUCUUUUUAUAGCUGUAUCAAAACGUGUAGUUUUAUCAAAAUCAUGUUAUUAAAGCAAUUCUUCAUGUUCAGUUUUAAUAACAAGGAUCCUUCCAAGAGAGCAAUUUUUGAAGGUUAAAAUCAAGUCUUGUUUUUACAAGGAGGUGGAUAGCACACACUCAGCUCCAACUCCCCAUGAAGCUUAUGUCAAGAAAAAACUCAGACCACAUAAUGAAAAGAUAACCCAGCAAAAGCACCAUAGAAGAUUUAGGAUAGCAUUUCCCCCACACUGUUAUAAUUCUGUGUUUUUUCCUCCCCCCUAAAUGCAAAUGAUGCAUACUAGGCUAAGAAACACACUGCUGUGUUCAUAAUGUUGACACAGUGUAUAACAUUACGAACGAAGCAACAGCUACCUGCUGAGAGUGAAGGCAAAUGAUAGACGAGGCAUUUUGUUCCUUCCUCUGAGUUCUCCCUAUUGUCCGAGUACUUUACAGAUUGGAAGAAAAGUAAUGUUCCACCAAAAAUCAUUGUGACUUUUGCCUCAAUUAUAGGAUUUGCUUAUGAGGAAUCAUUUGUUUUCUGGGUUUCAAUGCAAAUUAUGCGCUGCAGCUCACUACUCAUGUACUCUGGGAAUGUCUCAUAGGCUGCAGAGGCCACAGGCGCACAAGGAGCAGUGUGUUUAAGCCCCUUGAUUUCACUGAGUCCACAUUGGAUUGUGGUUAGUGAAUCUAUACAUUCCAACGCUGGAGAGCGGGGGGAGAGGGAGGGUCAGGAAGGAGCGCACAACUAUCCUGCAAUUUAGGGAUGGGGUGAUCUGGUAAUAUGAAAAAUGGAGUCACAUUUUUUAAAGGCUAAAAAAUAGCUAGCCUCGUUUUUCAUAUGCUUGUUUCAUUUUCCUCCCUUUGUUUCAUUUUGAUGUGUUGGGAGCCCCCAAACUGGUUAGCUACUGAAAAACAGGAAAGAUUCUAGACAUAUACAAAGUAACAACUAAAAGAAAAAUAUUAAAAAUGUAUUUGUAAAGACUUACCAGUAAAGCAGUACAGUGGUACCUUGGGUUACAUACGCUUCAGGUUACAUACGCUUCAGGUUACAGACUCCGCUAACCCAGAAAUAGUGCUUCAGGUUAAGAACUUUGCUUCAGGAUGAGAACAGAAAUCGUGCUCCGGCAGUGCAGCAGCAGCAGGAGGCCCCAUUGCUAAAGUGGUGCUUCAGGUUAAGAACAGUUUCAGGUUAAGUACGGACCUCCGGAACGAAUUAAGUACUUAACCCGAGGUACCACUGUACUGAAAUGUGCUUGUCUCUUCAUAUUGUAAUGAGUUAGACAUGGGCUGUCUUUGAAUACAGUUUAGAAAAUUAUUUUAGUUCAGGAUACAGGGGCAAGAUUGCUAACUGGCACAAGUCAUCAUGAUCACCACUGCUUUGCCAUCGCCUUGGCUCCCAGUUCAUUUCCAGACCUUUAAGUUCUUGGGCCCAGUUUACUUGAAGGAUCACCUGUGGUCACAUGUGCUUCAAUGUAACCCAUACACCGUGAUUUACAUCACAGUCGCUUUGCGUCCCUCCAUUAUCUAAGGCAGGGAUGGGCAAGUUUUUUUCUGGCCAGUAGGCCAAAUCUUAAUCUCCCUACCCUAGGUGAGCCAAUUGCCUGAUGUCAGGUGGUGCCACAACAGGCUAGUUUCACACGCACACGCACACACCCUCCUCUAUCCACACAAGCAAGAGGCAUUAUCAGAAUUCAAGGACACAUUUUAGACAGGCAAGAGCACCCAAGAAGCGCUGAAAGUGGGACCAGUGGGGUGUGUGGCAGGGAGGUGUCCAGAAAGUAACUGUUCAUCUUGGCUCCUUGCUUACCUGAGCACUGGCAUUUUGGACCAAUUGUAGUUUCCAAGGACAGCCCCAUGUAGAAUGCUGCCCAUCAAAAGAACUAAAGUUAUUUAUUUCCACAGUUUAAACAUUGGCAGCUUAAAGAUGUGAAAAACGUGGCUCUUGAUUUUGGGUUUUGGAUUAUAAAGGCUGCUUUAUGCAUGACAUUUUUGGGUGUUCACCUCAAAUGAUAAGAGUGCACUUAAAAAUGUAAAUGUGACUGCAUCAUACAUGUUUGCAAAUACUGUACAGGCACCAUAGAGGUAAUUUUCACAGGUAGGCAGGAUUGACCUACUUGAUUGGUCCGUGCAUAAUGUGUGAAAUGACCCUAAGUAACAUGGAGACUUGCUUCCAGCCUUUCUUUGGUGUUUACUAAGAUCAGAACCAUGAGCUGAGAAAUAGGCAAACACUGCAGUUCAUUACUCUUUACAAAAGCAUAUGGACAAAAUGAUUGCAUCUGUGAGAUAACCACCUAAACCACAGGAGUUAAUUGUAUGGCAGCUCAAUGCCUAAAUAUCAGAACACAGGAAAUUCUGGAGGGGUCUUGCUCUAUGUUUAGAGGAGCUAUUUUGGGUGAAUGUAAUUUUAUUUGAAGACAGAAAGGGGAUAUUGGGAUUAUGCAUUUAUUUACAUGCAUCUCUUAUGGGCGUGCAUAAAAUAUUGCGUGUAAUUACCAAAAAUUGCAUAACAAUGUCACAACAUCAAGCCAUGUAGUAAACUUCACUAGAAAUUGGAUGGAAAGAGGGAGAGAAGUAGACCACCAUUUUGGGCAUCAGUCCUGUAUCUGCUGUGAGAUCUCCUGCUGCUCUGAGUGGCUGCAGGUGCGAUGGGACUGGCUGCGACUUUGUUAUAAAAUGUAGUAAGUGGUAGUGCAAGCCAGAGGGGAAUGGCGAGAGGAAGAGAGCAGAUGUGGCUGAGGUGUCACCGAAGAUUUAAAGAAAGAGCAUUGCCUACAUGCCGAUCUGUUCCUAUCUGCAUUUCUCUGUGGUGACUGAGGGAAUCAUCUUUAAGAAAUCCUUGGCUGAUGUUGCUUGCCACAGAGUGACCGUUUUGACAAACAGCUUUCUUGUCAUGCUGCCUUUCGGCUUAUGAAGCUGUCUGCCAGAUGUUGUUUAUUGUGAUGGUGGUGGGGCUGGGUUUUCUCUCUUUCUGCCUCUGUCAGUAAAAUAGCUAACCUAUCUUUAACUGACUUACAUUGUCAUUUUAUCAUCCGACUCCCCAAAAGCAUGGUUUUCUGUCAUUGAACCUUUUGGAGGCACUUUAAAAAGAUAGUGCGCAGAUGUUACAGAACAAGUUUUUUACAAAUAAACAACCUAACUUGGAAAUUAAUUCCUUCUUUCAUAUUGUUGUUGCACCACACAUUAUACCCCUAAAGAUGUUUUAGUUGUCAGCAAGAUGACUGUAAUUUGGUUGACUGGGUAGAGAAACAGAGGACAAGAGAUAUAGGCCACUUGCACACUACCUUUAAAGCACAUUCUCAAUACUCCCCCCCCCUCAGAGAAUUCUGGGUACUGUAGUUCACCUCUCACAGAGUUACAAUUCCCAGAAACCCCUACCAAACUACAACAGCCAUGAAGUUUUGAGGGGGGGAAUGUGCAUUGAAUGUGCUUUAAAGUAUGGUGGGUACGCAGCCAUAGGCGGAAUUGGGCUGUAGACCACUGGUUUUCAGACAUUGUUGCACACCACUCUGGUGUGGCAGGAGAGGAUGGCGGGAAGAUUCAAAGACAAUCAAUAUAAUAUUUGGGGAAUGAUUCAUUCGUGUUCUUGCGUAGCUACAUAGUUUUAUACACCAGUUGGAAUCAUAGAGUUGGAAGGGAUCCUGAGCAUCAUCUAGUCCAAUUCCCUGCAAUGCAGUUGUCCCAUAUAGGAAUCGAACCUGCAACUUUGGUGUUGACAGCACCAUGCUGUAACCAGCAGGGCAAUCCAGUGGCCAUGCUAACUUCCUGCCUAGGCCCAAUGUACAGUUCUGGUUUUAAAGUCCUUCACAAUCUAGGGCCUUCAAAGCCAUUCAAGGCCAAAGAUCAGUAUACUUGGAGGAGCAGCCUGUGGACUACCUGAGGUAAAGCAGGGACUGUUAGGGAGAGCCCCCAGUCAUGGAAGGCACCUGUCUACCAGGCACCUGCUCUCUUGUCCUUUCAGUGCCUGGCGAAUAAUUUUUUUUGGACAUUUUUUUUGUCUAGCUGGUUGUUUUUAGCAUCUUGCAGCCUGGGGGUUCCUGCAUUUGUUCUAAUUUGUAAUAUUUACAUUUUAAUUGUUUUUGUAUUUUCUUUUAUGUAAGUUGACUCACCUUGGGAUUUUUUUUUUAAUGGAAGGGCAGUAUGAAAAUAUUUAUCAUACGUACAUACGUACAUAGGCUGAGAGCCAAAUAAGUCCUACUCGGAGCAGGUGCAUUAAAAGCAAUAAACCUAUGUACACAAAUUUCAGUGGGUUUGCUCUGAGUAUGGCUUUGUUGGCUAUUGCCCAUAAACCUAAUUUCCACACUAUAAAGGUGUCAAAGAAAUUUCUACAUUCCUCUGUAUGAGUUAUUUUGCCAUACAAGACAGCAGGAAUUUGAUUUAUACCUUUGAGUGCUCAUGUGGAAUCUUUAUUUGCAGUGUUCUGCUGUAAUUAUUUUACAGACUUUCAAUAAAUGUGUUUAUACUUGUCUAACUUUACUUGCUGUGAAUCUGGGUACUCAGUAUUCUGUCUCCAUCCAUUCAUGGUUGCAUGCAGCUGCUAUUUUACAACUGCUAGAACUGACUAAUAUCUUGGAGACAAUAGUAAAAGCCGCAGACCAUACAGUGCAGUAAAUGGUACAGGACGGUUAGAAGAGUCAUAUCUCAACAAUAGGUGCUUUAGUCUUGCACUUAGGAAAUAGAAUACUCUACCAUCACAGUUCUGAACAUGGAAUAUUAUAAGCUGCCACUUGAUGACCAAAACAUGGGAGGAGGGGGGCCUUGAUAGCCAGCACAAAUCUUUUACUUUCCUUCUAUGGUAAGAGACAUUUGCAAUAUUAUAGCACCAUCAAUUUACCUGUAACCAAGAGGUGAGCAAGGAAGCGUCAGCCCCAAGGAGCAUACAGUGUAAAGCAACCAACCUGGUGCCCUCCAGAGCUCUGCUGGCUGGGGCUGAUAAGAGGUGAGUUCACAACAUCUGGAGGACAGCAGGUUGGCACACGCUGGCCAAAAGUUUGAUUGGGGAAAUUGGGGCAGGUGAGAGAAGGAAGUUCUGCCUCUUUAGCUGGAAGUGCUCAGGUUUUACAAACGGGCUUCCCAUAGCCAUCUGGUUUGCCUCUGUGAGAAUGGCGUGCUGGAUUUGGCCUGAUCCAGAAGGGUGCUUUUCAUGUUCAUUUGCUUUGUACGGUUGGGAGGGGUGGUGAUUUAGGUGGGGAGAGGUAGUUUGAUUGUUUAGAUUUGUUUUGAGGUAUACUGGGCGCCUCCCUACUGAGUCCAGGAAAGCAAGAUAGGAAUGUUAAUUGAAAACAAAUACAUUUAUUUCAGUCUCAGUCCCACCUCCUAAAAUUUAAGGAUAAAACAUAGAUCUGCCUCGUGGAGCUGUUGUAGGAAUUCACCUUAAUGAAAAGGAUGAAAUGGAGAGUACAACUUUAGCUGGGUUUUGUUUUAGUACUUCAUUCUUCAUAGGAUGUUACAACUGGAACACAUUGUUCUGUUUUGGAGCUUCAUUAAGACCAUUUUCUUCCUUGUAUUUUUGGCACCAUGGCAAUUAAUUCUUUCUGGAGAUAAGAAACCAGCUGCAUGUAUUAGCACCAACUUAGCUUCAAGUAAUAUGAAAACUGUCUCUUUACGUCUCAUCAUUUUCAUGUACGCAAGGCUGUCAAUUUCACUUAGAAAGUAGCCCUAGAUGGGGGAAACCCCAAUGGGACUCUCCGGGGUCACAAAAUACCACCAGAGCUUCUUUCUUAUGCCCACAGCACUGGGUAAUUUGCAACGUAAUUACAAUAUUUCCAUUCCAGCAUAGGGCAGAGCUGAGUGUAGCCCACAUGCCAAAUAACGUUAAAUUUACUUUCCUCUACCCAAUUGUUAGGGUAUUUUAAUAUAUUAAAUCAUUUGGAUGGCAUUUAUGUCCGGUUAAUGGUUUCAAGAAGCCAUGUGCAAAGCACAAAAUAGCACAUGUUGGGUUUUACACAGCGAUGAAUAGAUAUGAUAAUUUAUUUUAAUCUGAAGAUGGAAGCACCUUUUAGAACAUGUAGGACUUGCCUGCUCCUACAUAAUCGAGUCCUUUCCUGCCUAGCUAUAAUUUAGUAUUAAUGUGUGUGGUUGUGGCAGCACUGCCAAAGCUCACAGAAUGAAUGGAAAGAGGUCUGUUGCAAGCUCUGCUACAUCCCUGAAAAAGUAAGAUCAGAGCCGUUCCAUGUUUGUCCCAAGAACAGCAGUGUUACACCCAUGUUUCCCCCAUGAAAAGUGCAGUUGGCUCAUGGUUACCCAGCUUUGCAGCAGUGUCUGUCAUUUACAUUUCAUUUGCUUGCUGCAAGAAACACGAUGCCAGAGUAUAUGCCACUUUGUGGCAAGCAUGACAUAAAGUACACAGCAGCACUCAUGCGUGCUCUCUGUCAACAACCUCAUUUCUGUCACUUUGGUUUCCACUUAAGAGAGCACUUGCAAAGUUGCAUAUCCUAUUUGUAUCUUGAAGACAUUGAUUAUAAAGCAGAUAGAGAUUGAGCACAGGGGCACAUUUUUAUAAUAUGGGAAUCUUAUAAAAGAUUUGAGUCUGAUAAGCAUGAAGGGCAUGGGAGGUUCUAGGAGCUUUGCCAGAUGAUUUGAGUGAGAUUAUUCAGCCACUUUACAGAGCUGUGAAUAUAUUCCAUGGACAUUUCCCCUGGAUUACCAUGCUGAUAUGAUAUAUUUCCUGAACAUCCCCCCCACACACACCGCCACUUCAAGUCCUACAGCUUCUUGCAGGUCUGUUAGGCCUUGACAAGAUCUAAAUGGAGGCACACACAAUUCGGAUUGCUUUGCUGCUAAAGUAUCUGCUCUUGAAUCCAAGCAGUAUGUUAAUUUCUUAUGUUCCCACCACCACAAAAACAACUAACUAAUAAAGUAAAUAAAUGUUUGAGUUAGUGUCAAGGCUGCCUCAAGUCUUAGCUCACAAAAGACCAACGCCUCUGUCUUCUUAUAUACAAAAGUGUUUAUUGCAGUUCAUGGUUUGCUUGACAUCCUAGGCGCGCAGCCUUACGUCUUUUACGCUAGACCGCCGAAGUCCCCUCUGAGUCAGUUCCUCCCCUGCACCAAUUUAAGAGACUUGCGCUGCUCCACCUCUUUCUCUCCUUCCUUUUCCGCAGGGUCCUUCUGCCCACUGGGGUUUCGCCCCUCCUGGAUUCCUCUGAUGCGGAAUCCCCAGACUGCUCUUCCCCCCCUCCUGCGGGCUUUGGGACCUGGCCCCUCCUCCGGGCUCCCUGCACUUCCGCGCGCCUCUACAUUUGAACUAGGCGCGCGCGCCAAACCUCUAACUUUCCUUUUGACAGUUACACUACUCCCUUCACUGCUCCCUCCCCUUCCGGGAGGGCGGCUUGCUCUGACCCCCUCCUUUCUCUGCUGCUGGAGCUGCUUCCUCUGACACACUGGAAACUCCACCCCCUUCGCUGCACUCUGGUGGGGAGGCUGGUCCUGACGCCCAGCUGCCACUUUGGGAUCUUCCGCUAGCACCCUGCUCCUGACACUUCCCCCCUGGGGCUCCCUGGCCUUGACCACCGGCGCCCCCUUCUGGGAAUCCUCUGAUUCGCUGGAAAGACUCAUGGAAUCUCUUGAGUCAUUGUCAUCCUCUUCCUCGCUGGCUUGGAAUUCCUCCCCUCGCUCUCCAUCUCCUGCCUACCCUGUGCCUCUCUCCCUGAACCCCUGACAUCCAUCCCCCCCUCGAAGCCCCCCCUCCCCCUCCCGCUGCUCGGGCGCAGGUUCCGGGAGCUUCGUUGUAGCGGGGUAGAUGCUGGAUACAGUUCGUCGACGUCGAUCUCCUCUGCUUCCAGUUCAGUGUAGGAGUGCUCGAAACCAGGGUCCUCCCCAACACCUCCAAACCCUUCCCUCCCCUGUUACUUCAGGCGAAGCUGCUUGCCAAGGCCCCCUUCGCCACCCCACUUCUGGUUGAUCGUCCCACCAAUAAGAGCGGUCCGUGUCUACCCCGAGCACGAUCCCCUUGGAGGGCUCGAUUGCGGCGUGGUCUCCUCUGCGGAGGAGAAGCCCCGGCAGGUGCUGCCUGAAAGGGUGGGGGGAAAAAGCCAGUCGUCAAAAUACUCCUCUGGCAUGGGCCUGUGUGGGAAGAGUGCAUGGAACUCGUCCUUAAGAAAAGGUUCCUCCAGAGCAUAAUCUGGCACCCAACUGUUGGCGCUGGCCGGGGUACCUUCCCUGGCGAGGAGGUAUUCCACUCCCUCCUCCCCCCAUCUCGAGUCCAGAAUUUCCGUGGCCUCGUUGAGUGUCGGGGUCCUCGGUGACUUCCCCCUGGUGACUUCCUACGUGGGUCUGGUGCCGUCCCUGGCUCCUGAAAUCGGUGUGGGGCCUUGUAGGGUGUAAGCACCGACCUAUGAAAGACCGGGUGCAUUCGGGAAUCCUCUGGGAGGGUCAACCGAAAGCUACGGGAUUGAUCCUGCCCUCAACUUGGUAUGGCCCUAGCUGUUUGUGUCCUAGCUUCUUCUUAGCUAACGACUUGGCCGGCACCGCCUGGGCUGCUAACCAUACCCAGUCCCCCACCUGGAUGUCUUCUCCUGCCCUCCUGUGCCUGUCUGCCUGCACUUUGUAGGCGUGUUUAGCCAGUUCCAAGUGCCGUCGUAGCUCCUCGUGGACCUCCUGCAAUUCUGCUGCUAAAUGUUCCGCUCCCUGCGACUCCCCCUGUGUCGUUGUCUCCAACGCCGGGAAUGUUCUGGGAUGUCGCCCAUUGUUGGCGAAGAACGGUGUCACCCCGUUGACGCGUGCUUCGUGUUGUUGUAGGCAAACUCGGCCAUCGGUAAGUAGUCCACCCAAGUUGCCGGCUUCUGAUUGGCGUAACAGCGCAGGUACUGCUGCAUGAUGGCGUUGACCCUCUCCGCUUGGCCGUUGGUUUGCGGGUGUCUCGCCGACGCUAAGUUGAUCUUGACAUUCAGGAUGCCCAGGAGCUUCUGCCAGAAACUGGAAAUGAAUUGGCGACCCCGGUCGGACAAAAUGGACCGUGGUAAGCCGUGCACCCGGAACACGUGGUCUAUGAAUAGCCUGGCGGUCUGCUCCGCUGUUGCCACCUUCGCGCAAGGAAUGAAAUGCGCCAUCUUGGUGAACAGAUCUACAACCACAAGCACCGCCGUCUUGCCCCGCGAACUGGGCAGAUCAGUGACAAAGUCCAGCGCCACCCUUUCCCACGGCUGCAGUGGCGUCUCCAACGGUUCCAGCAAUCCCGCUGGCUUCUUGUGCACUGGCUUGGACCUCUGACAAGUGUCACACCUGGCGACGUAAUCCGCGACUUCUCCCCGCAUCUGGGGCCACCAAAAGUCCCUGGCUACUAAGUCCGCCGUCUUCUCCUUGCCGAAGUGACCCGCGCUUGGGGCGUCGUGUAACUGCUGUAAAACCUUCGCUCGGAGAUCGUCUCCCGGGACGUAGAGAGCACCUUUGCGGGUCAGCAGGCCGUCGCGUAUCUGGAAUUCGCCGUCCUUUGCUGUCCCUCUUCGCACCUCCUCCAUCUUGGAUUGUGCAAACGGAUCCGUCUGUAACGCGCGUCGUACCGCGUCCAGGUCCACGGCGGCAGAAGCGCACGCCCACGCUUGCGGUGCAAAAAUGUGCCUGGCUGCCACUGGUGCCGCUUCCUCAAGAUACUGCGGUUUCCUGGAGAGCGCAUCCGCUAUGACGUUGUUGUCUCCCGGGAUAUACUCUAUCCGGAAAUCGAAAUCAGCAAAGAACUCCGCCCAUCUCAUGUGCCUCUGGCUCUGGAGCUUCGCCGUGCGCCAAUACUCUAGGUUCUUGUGGUCCGUGCGGACCUGCACGGUGUGCUUGGCUCCGAUGAGGAAGUGCCGCCACGCCUUGAAAGCCGCGUGGAUGGCCAACAACUCCCUGUCCCAGAUGGUGUAGUUCUGUUCCGACUUGCUGAGCUUCCGGGAAUAGAAAGCGCAGGGCCUCCAGUUCUCUUGCGAAUCUUCCUGCAAGAGGACGGCCCCCACUGCUCUGUCAGAUGCGUCAGUCUCAACCCGCAUGGGCCUGCCGGGAUUCACGUGUAGCAGCUGGUCUUCGGACGCGAAGAGACUCUUAAGUCUCCUGAAGGACUGCUCCGCCUGGUCCGUCCAGGUGAACUUUUUCUUCUUGGAACUGAGGGUGUCCGUGAUAGCUGCCGUCUCUUUCGCGAAACCCCUGAUGAACUUGCGGUAAAAGUUGGCGAAGCCGACGAACCUCUGGACCUCCUUCCGAUUGCGCGGGCUAUUCCAGUCCAACACCGCGCGGACCUUGGCGCUGUCCAUGGCUAAUCCCUUGUCGGACAGCCGGUAGCCCAGGAAAUCCACCUCCGUCACGUCGAACUGGCACUUCUCCAGCUUGGCGUAGAGUCUGUGCUCCCGUAGCCUCUGCAGGACCUCCUUUACGUCUCUUUCGUGAGUCUCCUGCGAUUCCGAGAAGAUCAGAAUAUCGUCGAGAAAACAUACGCACUUCUUGUAGAGGAGUCCUGCUAGCACGUGGUGCAUGAAUGCUUGAAAGCAGUGGGAGCCACCUUGGAGACCAAACGGCAUAACUCUGUAUUCAUAGGUGCCCAGCGGCGUGAACAUGGCCGUCUUCCACUCGUCACCUUCCCUCAUGCGUAUGAGAUUGUAGGCUCCGCGUAGAUCCAACUUGGUGAAGAUCCUCCCCUUCCUUACCGUCGCGAGCAGGUCGUCAAUCUUGGGCAUGGGGAAAGCCUUGGGUUUUGUCAUCGAGUUUAUGGCCCUAUAGUCCACAAUGAGCCGUUUUUGGGGCGUGUCCUUCUUCUUCACGAAAAACACAGGACUGCCCCCCACUGCCUUGGAUUCUCGGAUGAAUCCCCGCUUCAAAUUGUGAUCUAUGAACUCCCUGAGCUCCUGCAUCUCAUCUUCAGACAUGGAAUACAGCUUCGCAGUCGGCAGCGUCGCCCCUGGUAAGAGGUCAAUUGCACAGUCGUAGGGCCGGUGGGGUGGUAAUUGGUCAGCUUCCUUCUCGCAGAAGACCUCCAAAAACCCCUUGUACUUGUGGGGCACUGCCUGCACCAUGCCUAGAUGCAGCUGUUGCCCUUCCUCCUGGUCCUCCUGGUCCUGGCCGAUCUGGAUGCAAUGUUGUGCACAGUAGGACGAGCCAAAGGUGAGCUGCCGCUGGUACCACGCCAAGGAUGGGCUGUGUCUAUCCAGCCAACUCAUGCCUAACACUAUGGGCGUGUCUGACAGUUGGGUGACAUUGAAACUGAUGACCUCGCGAUGAUUUCCAAUUUUCAGCAGCAUGGGUGGCGUCUGUUGUACCACUUGCCCACCCAGCAACUUCCUGCCAUCUACAGUGACCACAUUCAGAGGCAGCGUGGCUGGUAGUAAGGCUAUGCGAUGCUGCUUGACGAACUGCACCCCCACGAAGUCUGCGUUGCUCCCUGAGUCAAUCGUAAUGGGGACUUCCAGGGUGAGUCCAUUAGGCAGCUGGAGAGUAGCAGUGAGCUGCACCACUGGCUUAGGUGGUAAGGGGUCUGUAGGCUGCAAAAGCGCUGGGGACUGCUUCACUGACUUGCCUGGCGGAGCCCCAGCGUCUCUCCCUCCAACCAGGCAUUCUCGUUUCCCUGAAACUGCUCCCCUUGGAAAGCUUCCCCUGUUACUGUUGCUAAGGCUGCAGUGUGCUUCUGGAGCCUCUGGGGACACUCUUUAGCCAUGUGCCGUGCACUGUCACAGAUGUAACACUUCCUGGUCCCUCUAGGAGGCUUCGCUUUGACUGCUCCUGACGCUGAGGCUCCGGCAGCUGUCUGAGCCUUUGCACCACCCAGUUCCAUCAGUUCUUCCCCCGCUGCCAGCACAGGCGAAAGGCUUGAACGUUCCAAGUCCCUGGAAGGAAAAGGAGGCGCUCUAGCUGGUGGGCGGACGUGACGCCCCUCCUCCCUGUGCCAAGGGCGUUCUUCUUGGCGCACCCCUAUCGUGAGUGCCCUCUGCACGACUUCUGCUAGGGUUUGAGGUCUGUCUCCCGGGCCAGCUCAUCUUUCACUGAGCCAUGAAGCCCUUCCCAAAACAAGUCCCUCACUGCCAGGGAGUCCUUUUCCCAGCCCAGCACAUUCAGCAAUGCAAAAAAGCGAGAAUGGUACUGACGCACUGUAGCCUUGCCCUGCCGCAAUCCAUGCAUCUCCUGGCGUGCCACAUCAACGUCAACAGUAGAUUGGAAGCAAGCGUCCAUGGCUUUGAGAAAUUCAUCAGAGUCCCUGCGUGCAAGACCAUCUUCGCGCCACAAAUUGCGUAACCAGUUUCUUGCUUCCCCAUGCAGAUGAGACACGAUAAACCCCACUUUUUCCUCCUCAUCUUUGAAGUCUUUUCGAAGUAAAUGCAGUGCGUAUACGACGUCUGCUCUGAAAUUGGGAUAAUGCUUCAGGUUCCCAUCGAAGUGGGCUACUAAAUUGCCCCCUCCGUCCGAGUCCGAUUCCCUCUGAUCUGGACCCCGGGAACCCCUCUCUGCACGCCCGAUCCCACCUGGCUUGCAGAUCCUGGCAUCGCGCUUCUGCUUCAGCAACUGUCUUCUGAGAAACCACGACAGCAGUGGAGAGCUCGGUGACUGCGGUUUGCAGGGACGCUAUCUGCUCCUCAGUAGUCAUUGCUGCCAAACUUCGUGAGCUGUGCAAAAAAAAAUUUUGCGGUUUUUUUGUUGUGAGAGGGGACUUACUGUCAAGGCUGCCUCAAGUCUUAGCUCACAAAAGACCAACGCCUCUGUCUUCUUAUAUACAAAAGUGUUUAUUGCAGUUCAUGGUUUGCUUGACAUCCUAGGCGCGCAGCCUUACGUCUUUACGCUAGACCGCCGAAGUCCCCUCUGAGUCAGUUCCUCCCCUGCACCAAUUUAAGAGACUUGCGCUGCUCCACCUCUUUCUCUCCUUCCUUUUCCGCAGGGUCCUUCUGCCCACUGGGGUUUCGCCCCUCCUGGAUUCCUCUGAUGCGGAAUCCCCAGACUGCUCUUCCCCCCUCCUGCGGGCUUUGGGACCUGGCCCCUCCUCCGGGCUCCCUGCACUUCCGCGCGCCUCUACAUUUGAACUAGGCGCGCGCGCCAAACCUCUAACUUUCCUUUUGACAGUUACACUACUCCCUUCACUGCUCCCUCCCCUUCCGGGAGGGCGGCUUGCUCUGACCCCCUCCUUUCUCUGCUGCUGGAGCUGCUUCCUCUGACACACUGGAAACUCCACCCCCUUCGCUGCACUCUGGUGGGGAGGCUGGUCCUGACGCCCAGCUGCCACUUUGGGAUCUUCCGCUAGCACCCUGCUCCUGACACUUCCCCCCUGGGGCUCCCCUGGCCUUGACCACCGGCACCCCCUUCUGGGAAUCCUCUGAUUCGCUGGAAAGACUCAUGGAAUCUCUUGAGUCAUUGUCAUCCUCUUCCUCGCUGGCUUGGAAUUCCUCCCCCUCGCUCUCCAUCUCCUGCCUACCCUGUGCCUCUCUCCCUGAACCCCUGACAGUUAGUAAAAAAACCUGGAAACUAAGUGCUGUUCAGCUGAAUGAAGUAGAAGGCAAAAUGUUGAUUGUGCUGAGGGGGAGCUCUGCAGAUUCAAUUAAAUUCUAAAGAACUCAUGCUCUCUGUAAUGUAGAUGUCUAUGGUCUGUAGAAAGCAGCACUAAGGAUGUGCAGCAGAAUCCUAUGCAUGUUUACACAGAAGUAAAUGAGCAUAGGACUGUAACCCAAAACUCUUCAUUAUUUCCCCCCUAAAAACUCCUAGAUGUGAAUAUAACACAUAUCACUCACAUCUUCAUUGGCUCUUGGCAUCAUUUCAGUAGACAUCUAAGAUCCCUUUAAUUACUUGACUAUGUAUUUCUACCCCUUCAUGGAUUGCCUUGCUGUGGCGAAGGGGCUUGAAUAACUCAGAGAAACUAUGAGCUAUGCCGUGCAGGGCCACCCAAGAUGGACAGGUCUUAGUGGAAAGUUUUGACCAAACGUGAUCCACCUGGAGCAGGAACUGGCAAGCCACUCCAGUAUCCCUGCCAAGAAAAUGAGCCCCUCAGGUCUGAAGGCGUCCAACAUGCUACUGAGAAAGAGCAGAGGGCAAGUACAAGUAGAUCCAGAGCUGAUGAAGGGGCUGGGCCAAAGCCGAAAGGUCGCUCAGUUGCGGAUAUGCCUGGAAGCGAAAGGAAAGUCCAAUGCUGUAAAGAAAAAUAUUGCAUAGGAACCUGGAAUGUAAGAACCAUGAACCUGGGUAAGUUGGAUGUGGUCAAAAGUGAGAUGGCAAGAAUAAAUAUUGACAUCCUGGGCAUCAGUGAACUAAAAUGGACGGGAAUGGGCGAAUUCAGUUCGGAUGACCAUCAUAUCUACUACUGUGGGCAAGAAACCCGUAAAAGAAAUGGAGUGGCCCUCAUAGUCCACAAAAGAGUGGCGAAAGCUGUACUGGGAUGCAAUCUCAAAAAUGAUAGAAUGAUCUCAAUACGAAUCCAAGGCAGACCUUUUAACAUCACAGUAAUCCAAGUUUAUGCACCAACUACUGGUGCUGAAGAAACUGAAAUUGACCAAUUCUAUGAAGACUUACAACACCUUAUAGAAAUGACACCAAAGAAGGAUGUUCUUCUCAUUAUAGGGGAUUGGAAUGCUAAAGUAGGGAAUCAAGAGAUAAAAGGAACAACUGGCAAGUUUGGCCUUGGAGUUCAAAACGAAGCAGGGCAAAGGCUAAUAGAGUUCUGCCAAGAGAACAAGCUGGUCAUCACAAACACUCUUUUCCAACAACACAAGAGACGACUCUACACAUGGACAUCACCAGAUGGGCAGCAUCGAAAUCGAUUGAUUAUAUUCUCUCCAGCCAAAGAUGGAGAAGCGCUAUACAGUCAGCAAAAACAAGACCUGGAGCUGACUGUGGCUCAGAUCAUCAGCUUCUUAUAGCAAAAUUCAAGUUUAAACUGAAGAAAGUAGGAAAAACCACUGUAAGAUACAAUCUAAAUCAAAUCCCUUAUGAAUACACAGUGGAAGUGAGGGACAGGUUUAAGGAUUUAGAUUUGGUGGACAGAGUGCCUGAAGAACUAUGGAUGGAGGCUCACAACAUUAUACAGGAGGCAGCAAUGAAAACCAUCCCAAUGAAAAGGAAAUGCAAGAAAGCAAAGUGGCUGUCCAACGAGGCCUUACAAAUAGCGGGGGAGAGAAGGCAAGCAAAAUGCGAGGGAGAUAGUGAAAGAUGCAGGAAAUUGAAUGCAGAUUUCCAAAAAAUAGCAAGGAGAGACAAGAAGGCCUUCUUAAAUGAGCAAUGCAAAGAAAUAGAGGAAAACAAUGGGAAGAACCAGAGAUCUGUUCAAGAAAAUUGGAGAUACAAUUUAUGGUACAAAGAUUACCAUCAUAAAGGACAAAAGUGGUAAGGACCUAACAGAAGCAGAAGACAUCAAGAAGAGGUGGCAAGAAUACACAGAGGAAUUAUACCAGAAAGAUAUGGAUGUCUCUUAUACCCCAGGUAGUGUGGCUGCUGACCUUGAGCCAGACAUCCUGGAGAGUGAAGUCAAAUGGGCCUUAGAAAGCACUGCUAAUAACAAGGCCAGUGGAAGAGAUGAUAUUCCAGCUGAACUAUUUAAAAUUUUAAAAGAUGACGCUGUUAAGGUGCUACACUCAAUAUGCCAGCAAAUUUGGAAAACUCAGCAGUGGCCAGAGGAUUGGAGAAGAUCAGUCUAGAUCCCAAUCCCAAAGAAGGGCAGUGCCAAAGAAUGCUCCAACUACCGCACAACUGCACUCAUUUCACACGCUAGCAAGGUUAUGCUUAAAAUUCUACAAGGUAGGCUCAAGCAGUAUGUGGACCGAGAACUCCCAGAAGUGCAAGCGGGAUUUCGAAGGGGCAGAGGAGCCAGAGACCAAAUUGCAAACAAGUGCUGGAUUAUGGAGAAAGCUAGAGAGUUCCAGAAAAACAUCUACUUCUGCUUCAUUGACUAUGCAAAAGCCUUUAACUAUGUCGACCACAGCAAACUAUGGCAAGUUCUUAAAGAAAUGGGAGUGCCUGAUCACCUCAUCUGUCUCCUGAUAAAUCUCUAUGUGGGACAAGAAGCUACAGUUAGAACUGGAUAUGGAAUAACUGAUUGGUUCAAAAUUGGGAAAGGAGUAGGACAAAGCUGUAUAUUGUCUCCCUGUUGAUUUAACUCAGAUAUGCUGAUGACACAAACUUGAUGGCAGAAAGUGAGGAGGAAUUAAAGAACCUUUUAAUGAGGGUGAAAGAGGAGAGUGCAAAAUAUGGUCUGAAGCUCAACAUAAAAAACCCCAAGAUCAUGGCCACUGGGCCCAUCACCUCCUGGCAAAUAGAAGGGGAAGAAAUGGAGGCAGUGAGAGAUUUUGCUUCCUUGGGCUCCAUGAUCACUGUAGAUAGUGACAGCAGUCAUGAAAUUAAAAGACCCCUGCUUCUUGGGAGAAAAGCAAUGACGAACCUAGACAGCAUCUUAAAAAGCAGAGACAUCACCUUGCCAACAAAGGUCCGUAGAGUUAAAGCUAUGGUUUUCCCAGUGGUGAUGUAUGGAAGUGAGAGCUGGACCAUAAAGAAGGCUGAUCGCCGAAGAAUUGAUGCUUUUGAAUUAUGGUGCUGGAGGAGACUCUUGAGAGUCCCAUGGAUUGCAAGAAGAUCAAACCUCUCCAUUCUGAAGGAAAUCAGCCCUGAGUGCUCACUGGAAGGACAGAUCCUGAAGCUGAGGCUCCAAGACUUUGGCCACCUCAUGAGAAGAGAAGACUCCCUGGAAAAGACCCUGAUGUUGGGAAAGAUGGAGGGCACAAGGAGAAGGGGACGACAGAGGACGAGAUGGUUGGACAAUGUUCUCGAAGCUACCAGCAUGAGUUUGACCCAACUGCGGGAGGCAGUGGAAGACAGAAGUGCCUGGCGUGCUCUGGUCCAGGGGGUCACAAAGAGGCAGACACGACUAAACAACAACAACAUGUAUUUCUAAAGACACAUGUUUGGAUUUACAAAGAGAAUGACAACAUGGAAGAAGCAGAUGGUGGAAUUUAUAAGCUAAAUCACCCAAAGCGCUGAGUUUUUCCUUGACUCCCUCACUUUCUGAGUUUGAAAAUAGACACCAUUGUUAUUAUAAGCCUUUGUGGCAUCUUUAUACCUAGCACAGCAAUCUCUGCUUUUUUUCCAGCUCUUUUUCUUCAUCAGGCAAACAGAUUCUUUUGCGCUGAACCUAAAUGCAGUGAGCAAUCUUAAUGAACUCUUCCUUUCAAUUUGUUCAUUAUUUCCGCAUGAUUUCUAUUCCCAGAUUGCAGUUCCAUCCUUUUAGAUGCAGGAGGUAGUUUCAAAAAUGAGCUACUGACUUAAGGCAGCCAACCUUGCAUGCCAGCUUUCAGAAAUAUGCAUUAUGUAUGGUCCAUUUUUUUCCUGUAUUAAAAAGCCAGCCACCCUUUGCCCUACUGUUCAGAAUGGCAAUUGCUUACUUUUUCAGAUAUAAUCCCAUUAAGAUAGGAAUGAAAAUUCAUAUUUUGAACUCUGCAGAAAGAUACACACGUAAGGCAUACAGUGUUUGCUUGUCCAGUGUGGGGUCGCAUCUGUUUCCAAAACAAUUUUUUUUGGGGGGGGGCAGAAACCAUUACACCCCUAUUCAUUCCUGUAAUAAAUGAAUGAACAUAGAGAAACAUUUGUUUCACAUAGGAGAGAUUCCUGAAACUGACAAGAGGCAUUGCAUUGCAUUGUUUAGCAAAUUGAUAAAAACCGAUACAUAUAGUAAACAUUCUGUAAGGACAUGAAAACUGUCCAACUGGAAGCACAAAGCGAUGGGAAGCUUACAGGAAUGUCACCGUCCCCUUCCUUUAUUGCUUGUAAAAUGGGAAACUUUUGUUCAAUCUGUCUUAACACUUGGCAGAUCUUAGGGGCAUAGAAGAACUGGAAAUCUCAUGCCAUUUGGAUGAAGCACUCAGUUAUAGGCACCAAAAGAUGUUGUAAUCAAUGUAGAAACAACAGAAACGAAAAACAAAAUGAAAAAGUAAUGAAUAGAAAACAAAUUUAAUAAUUAAUAUCCUACAGCCUUUUAAAUGUGUUGGGGGGUUAUUGUUUUGUUGUUUUGGUUUAAUUAGUUACUUGUGUUUUAUUUUGCAUUUUAUUCUGUGAAGCGCCCUGAGAUCUUUCGAUGAAUGCACCCUAAAAAGAAAUUGGGGGAAAUGAGUGUGCUUGCCUAUUCCUCACUUUGAGCCAGGCUUAAAGAUGAUAGGAGGAUUCCCCAAGGAAAUGGCAGACGGCAGUUAAGAGCUGGUCAGAAAGUGGACUGAAGUCUCAAACUCAGCUGAAUCCUUAUUUCUGCAAACAGGGCUUUAUCAUUGCCAAAGCCAUAGCCAUGUGCUGCAAGCCGCCUUGAAUCCCUGUUGGGGAAAAGGGGAAUAUAAAUAAAUAAGAUGAGAAUAUGCUUCAAAAAAUUUAAAGGAGCAGUGGAUUGGCUUGAAUCGAUGGUCUGCAAUGGCCUCAGAUGAUGCUUUCUGCCUUCUUGAUUUGGGACAACAAACAUUGGGUGGUUAGUGAGUUGAACCAGACUCUGCAGCCCAAGGAUCACUGCAUCGGCUCUCAGGCUGGAUUCUGGUAACUUAACAUUGUCAGAGAGGUCUGUGGGGAAUUCAUCCCAUUUUCUGUAUGUAGGAUUGGUCGGGCAGGGGCAGGGGCUGGGGCUGCAAAGUGACCUAGAUAGAUGAUACUGACUGAAUGCCAUUGUCAAAGAGGUUGCUGAGGUCACAACUGUUGUUGACAUGCUUCAUACAUUAAUGACCUUUUCUUCUAUCCGUUAAUGGAGAAGUAGAUAACAUGCGGCCGUCCAGAUGUUGUUAGACUCCAACUUGCAUCAUUCCCAGGCAGCAUCGCCAGUGGUUAAGUGUGAUGGAACUGUAGUCCAGUAACACCUGGAAGGCCACAGGUUAGCCACCCUGCAUUAAAGCUAAUGUUUGAAGUGCAUGUGCUUUUGUAGCUCUGUGUAGCUGCAAGAAACAUUUUCAAAACUUUGAUUGGUACAGGCAAUGUGGUGUAUUUUAUGAUAAUGCAUACAUUGCUAAAUAGCAACGCAUUUCCACCAAAACAUUAUCAUUUAAGUGGGUGUACAACAUAAAGUAUACAACUGUACCCUUUGAAAUAAAAAAUGUAUAUAUAGCUUACCAUGCAGCUUUGAGCAGUUACCAUCAGUAGUGGGUUUUCUCAGCUAACUUAAUGUCAUUUUGAACUGUUAAGUUGUCAGUCUGGGGCAAAUUCUAGCAGCUGAUAAGUAGGUGUUAAUGCAACGUCAACCUAAGUCUGAAGGGCCAUUCUAAGGCAGGGGGAAAGAGGAGGAGAAUGCGUUGGAAGAAAUCACUAAGAUGAGGGUCUUACAUAGUUGUGACUCAGAGCUUGUGGGGUAGCUGUGAGGCCCAGGUGCUUUUUGAUGGGGAGGGUGGCGGGAAAGCCCACACUGAAUGAAAAGCCUGAAACUCUUUUAACAUUAAGAAAAAACAUUAAAACACAUGUCACACAUAGCAUGUGCAAGUGACAAUUCUAAUACUGAAAGUGCAAUCUGUCAAAAUGAACCUCCAGCUGUGAAGACUGUUAAGUGAUCUGUCUCAAAGUAAACAUAACUUGGCAGAGACUGAGUAUUAAUAGGCAGUUUAAUGGUGUCAUCAAAGUUCUGUGGGUUGUGUGCUUCUGACAUAAUAUGUUAUACGGCAUACCUGCAGUGUUUUGUUUCAGUAUACUGAGUCUCCAAUAGAAGAUUGUCACUUUAGCAUUUAUCUGGUGGUACAGGGUUGUCAUGUCUGAAAAUGGAUAUUACACAUGGAAGCUGUUUCCUCUGCUAUAGAUUGCACAAUUUCCCAACUGCCUCUUGCAGGCCUGGUGCUGUCUCAUGUUCAGUUGACCACAUGGGAUGGUCAUGUCCAAAAUGGUCUGAGACAGUUCCUCUGAAAUCUGAAGCUGCUUCCAGAUUUUAAGCAUAUUUGGGGCUUCUUUCAAAGACAUUUGUGUAGUAACCCUCAUGUUACCCUUUCACAUGUCUUUCAACAAGCCUUGUGGCUCGUGGUUGUGCAAGUCAUAACCAGCUAAUCUGCAUGAUGUAAGUGGUUUAGUAAAGGAGGUCUGAGUGCCAUGCUCCUCCGGGUAAUUCAGCAUGGAAUCAUAGUUGGAAGGGACCCCAAGGGUCAUCUAGUCCAACCCCCAGAAAUGAUGGAAUCCCAUGGUGAUUCAAACAACCACCAUUGGAGGGCUGGCUCAUCUAGAGGUAAUCUCUUGCUAACAUAAAUAAAGAUAGCCAUGGCAAGGCUUAGAACAGUGGGGGACAAGGGAGCAGAACAAUCUGUAAGGAUUGCAUUAUAAGGAUGAAUGGCCCAAAUGGUGUAUAUGUUUUUCUGCCCAGUCCUUUCAAAGGGACUGGAACAGCCAUAGUAAUUUGGUAAAUCAGGUGUUCUCAAACGUUCUAUCCACAUUCUCAACAUGUCUACCUGUAGUCAUGGCUUCCCCCAAAGGAUCCUGUUAGAGAUCCUUAGUCCAUCCUGAAUAGAAUAACAAUUUCUAGGGCUUCCCAAAAAGUGAUUGUGCAGUCCUUUGCAUGGCUACACAGAAGUAAAUCUUAUUGCAUUGGAUAGGCAUUUCAACAAGGGAAGUGUGUACAGGGUUGCAGCCUGGAUGUUAACAUAGUAUAGAAAUGCCCUGCGUGAUUUAACACGUAAAGUUACUACUUGGCAUCUGUCUGUCUGUCUGUCUCAGAAGACAAUGGAAGAGUGUGCCUUUUGGGGUGAAGUCAGACCACUGGAGAUGAUCAGCGCCUGCUGUGGCCGUAGAGACCAAUAUAGGAGACACCUCUUUUGUUGCAGCUGGGGCAGGGAAGGUGUCCCGUUGUGCUGCUGCAGGUGCACCAGGGCGUUUCUCCUCUCUGUGCUCCUCCCAGCGGUCAUUUCUCCCCUGGUCACUGCUGUGGAUAUAUGAUCUGACUGUCUCCAGACACUAGGGUCAUCUGCAAGGGGCGGUUAAUAUUGCCAGCCUUCGUGUUACAUUUUCAGACAUCUCUGUAACAUAGAGUUGGUCUGCCAAAUGAUUAGGAAUUACCCGCUAUGUCUUGUUUUGAUUCUGUUCUGAGAAGCUCCUGACAUUUGGAAAACUUCGCUGUACCUGAUUUUACACAUAGGUUAACUAGCUUUUGCUUAUAUUUAAAUUUGUUACCUUAAAUGUAUACAUCAAUAUAAUAUAGUAUAGUAUGUUAGAAGUUAAAAAGAAAUAUAUAUUUGUUGAGUAGCUAAGUAGCCAGGAGCUAUUUAGGCUAACAAUUUAAUAGCCAACUAAAUUAGCACACUGUAGGAUUCCUAUUAACUUACUUUUUCAUCCCUGAAAGGUUUAGAGCGGCUCCCUGCUUUCCCCUAUAGUUUCAGUUUCUCUCUCAUUAGGCAUAUUAAUAAUUAAACAGCUGAGACAUAGAUUUGUUUCUCCUUAUGCAAUUUAUCUUCUAAUUAACCAGCCCCAGAACACAGCUGACAGAUCCACUGCAUUUGUUGAAGGUACCAGCAGUUUUCCCAACUGGGAAUGAAUGUGCCUGAUUAUUAGUUGUAUGAUGUUGGUGCACUAAAAGUUUUCAGUGAAAUUGUUACGAAAGUGCAAUUUCAUUCUGAAGGGCACUGUGUGCCUUUGUAGAGAUUCAGCUGCGCUGAAUUCAGUUAGAGACUGAGAGGCAGUUCAUGUUAUGUACUGAAGUUCUCACCCUGGGCCAGUAGGGGGAUACUGUAGAUAGUUAUGCAAAUGAAGGAUCGAAAGUGACGUUCAGUGAUUGGAUAGUUUGUAUGCAAAUGAAGGAUCGAAAGUGACGUUCAGUGAUUGGCUAGUUACAGAAAAUGGUUACUGUUGCAUUCUAGUGGAGCUCUAUAUAAGCAGGCUGACUGAGCUCCUCAGUUCAGUUCUGUUCCAGCUUACAAAUAAAGAGCUGCUUUGGAAGAAUCGCUGUGUUGUCUGAUAUGUUCACCCCCAACUUAACAGUCCAGGUAUUUCUACAACUGAUUGCCAAACGUCUCCCUCUGCUUUUCUUUGGACCACAUCAGCAAGGCUGAGAGGGGGGCCUUGCCAUCUGGGCAGCCCAGGACCUCCACACACACUGCCCAGGCCUGAGCCUUGGGGAGGUCACUUCAAUGCUGCUAAUGCAGCUGUCUGACUUCAUCUCCAGAAGCACACUCCAUUGUCUUCAUUGGCCAACAACAAUCCACAGCAACUCUCAGGAGCCAAACUACACAUGACUGCAUAGCUCUGCCUUUGAGUGCAGGUUCUCCCCCCCCCCUGCAGUCCCAAGUGUGGAUCAGGAUUGCAUUGCAAGAAACAACAGCACACCAUUCUUUUCAGUUGGACUUCAUCUUUUGCCAUAUAAAUUCCAACUGUGGGUCCCCAAUCUGACCCCAAUUGGGGCCACAGUGAGAGACAAUAAGCUAAAGUGCCAUAGCCCUCAUAUGAGUUUUUCAAUCUUAAUUUGUGGGUAGGGGGGGAAUGUAUUGGCAAUUUGUGCAAAAUCAAAACACCCCACACUCUCAGAGCAGAACUACGCAGUCAAGGUCAAGUGUAUUUUAACCCUCUAAAAGGAAGAAGCUGGCAAGAGUACCCCAUGUACCUUGAGCUUGCUGCAACUUUAUCCAAAUCAUUUGUGGCCUCAAUCUGAAUAGUCAAGAGGAUGUAGUUAUCUGCCCACAUAUUCAUGGGUACAGAAACCUCUUCCACGUGUAAGUUUGCAUGAGCAUAACAAACAUUUUCCAAAUGCAGAGCUUGCUCAAGGUACACCUCUGUUGCUUGCUUGCUUGUGAAAUUACUAAAAUUGCUAGACACUGUACAAAAUUUAUAAAUAACACUGGCUCUGCCCUCAGGCUUCCAGGCUACAGGUAGCGUUACAGAGGAAAGGAGAGGAAAGGGAAAAGAGAACCCAUUGGGAGCAGAAAGGAUGAAUAGCUGUCAGAACAGAUCUGUGGCAGGGUCUCUUUCUGUGUCCAUUGAAAGGAAAGUCAGUGGCUGCUAGUGGAAGGAUUGAGUGUCCGUGGCUAAACAGAUGGGUGGAGAGUGUCUUGUUCUCUCUCCACAUCUAGAGAGAACUGUGUGGGGUCAAUGGGGCAAAAGGAAAGGGAUCUGACUUUGCUCCCACAGUAACUGUGACUUCUCUGUGCAGAGCCUGAAGCUUUGUCUCUAGCUGCUCAAAGCCACUGCAAGGGCAGGAGACAUUCCUAGCAAGGACUCAGAGGCACUGGAGCAGUGAUUUGGCUCCUUUAAGAUCCUUCCAACUGACAGCUGAGAUGUAAGGCUGUUCUGUGACUCAGUGAUCUCAUCCAAAGUAGCAGCUUCAGGUACAACCAUCCAUCCAGAUCAAGACCAUCUGCAUUUUUUCUUCUGCAACUCAAGCUCGGCUUCCUUUUACCUUCACAACUUACGCAAUACUUGCAUUGCCUAGUGAAUCAUGGGCUGGUUCAGCACUUUGUCUUACUUUUCCCGUGCUGCAGUUGGGAUGCCUGCCUUUUGCACCCUAGCACUAUAUGUGCAUUUGGCCAGUUAAAUUUACACCCACUAAAUUAUUAGCUUUUAAGGUUGAAAAAGUCCUUCAGGGAGAAAGGGGAGAGUGGGUUAGUUACUUCACCAGUUCCCAGCCGAUUAGUUCUCUGCACAGCAGCUUCUCCUACAGUUAUGCAAAACAACUUUCCCUAGAGCUUAAUUGGGGGCACAGGGGUGGGGGAGGAGAAGAUAGUUCAUAUAACCCAAAUGCAGUGUGUUCGCUUCCACCCUAAAAUUAUGAAGAUCUGGUUCCCUAAUGUAAUGUUACUUCCACCUAAUUAUUACUUCCUGUAUUGACUGUUUUCACAGUGUUCCUAGGUCACAGCAUACCUUGUGCUAUUUGUGGCCUCCAUCUUAACCGUCAUGGGGAUGCUGUUGUGUGCCUGCCUAUCUAUGAAUACAGGAACUUGUUAAACACGUUUUCCACCUGCAUAGGUGGCCCCAGCACCGCUGUGAUUGCUGGAGUGCUCAGGCUUCUUUACGUUGUACAGUUUACACGCUUUGAAUGUGUCACUGGCCCAUGUGGUCCAUGAGCCCUGGUCCAGAAGCACCAUAGUCAGAAUGUCAGAUGUUCUUCUUGGGCAGCCUGCUGACUAGUCUUAAGCUAAUUAGACAUUAAGGUAGAGAGAAAUGAGAUGCUGAGAAAACAGGUAAGUACAUAGCUAAAUUCUGUUUCACAGAAGUAGCUCUGGUAAGCUGUUAUCAUGUAGUUAAUGUUAACUGUCUCACAUUCAAUGAUCUGCUCUUUAAAAUAAAAAUUGCAAUACAGUAUAUCCAAGAAUUUCUAAUGAAUAGAGAGAUUCAUAUCUCUGUGUUGUGCAGUUUAUACAUUAUUUUUGAAUAGAUGUUAACUUAGCAAGUCAUAAUCUAUAGAACAUGGAUCUCUCUGUGGAUAAGAUCUCAGAUGAACUUCUGUAAACAUGGGGAGACCUGAUUAAAAGUUUCAAGAUGUACAGCUAGAAGCUGAAAAUAUACGAAGGAUGCAAACUUCAGUUAUCUGCAAGGAAAAUAAAAUGUAUUGGCGGAAAUGGAUAAAAUCAUAAGGAGAAUUGCGGAGUCUCUUUUAUCACAAGAUCUUCUGUUGAUAUCUUCUGUCAUUAUCUGCGAGUUUUCCUGUGCAAACUCUUAUCACCUUUAAUCAACAUUAAUGGAAACUGCAUUAACAACAUACUCAAAAAUUGAAGACCUGACACACAAGCAUAUUGUUCAAGGAUAUUUGGUUUUCAAUUCAUAGAGUUGUGUUUUCAGAUGGAAUCUAAAUAUCUCUUUCUUUCCAUAUGUGUGUGUGUGUGGAAAAUUCCUGAAAACAGUAUUUUUUCUAAAUUGGGAAGCACUUUAUUUUGGAGUUAAACUUGUACCGUAACUAUUAUUUGAUGGCUGGUGGCUGAAAACAACAAUACUAGACACAAGGUAGAUUUCUCCUUAAAGAUCUCAAAUACUAAGCACAGAUGAUUACAGCAGUGUUUUGGCUCCUCCUAUGGGAAACUGUUGAGAAGUACAAAUACAUUUUUCAUUUUUGAAUGGGACUAAUUAAAAGAGCAGAUGGGGGCGUAUCACUUCAUAUAUCAACUAAAGCUCUAAAAUGUCACCUUAAUUUAUUAGAAUAAUAAUAGUAUGAAUAACAGUAGUUGGCUUUAUACCUGUAAAUGUCCUGCUUUGAUAUUUAACCUGUCUGUGGGUGACUUAUGGCCUUCUAUCUGAAUGGCACGCAGCAAAUGUUCUGUAUGUUAUGGAACUGGGUUUCUCACCAGUGUUACCGGUAAUUUUCUGUAUGUCAAGACUAGUUAUGUGACAUGGAAUGAAAAGAAUGCACUGAUUUGCAAAUGCCCACUAAAGAGGUAAUGGUCUCUUUGGGGAGUUACAGAAAUAGUUAUGGAAUGUACUUACCUGGGGAAAGAGCAAAAUGCGAAGCCCUUUUGGUGACGCUUGGGGAAAAAAUCCUAGGAGCUGUAUUCUCUUCCUGUGCUAAAAGACAGCCUGUGACAGACUGUGGCAGACUUCAUUUCUCAUGUAGUCAUCAACCUCAGUUAUGGAGAAAGCUAGUCUCGUAUUUUCAGGCAGCAUCCCUCUUGCGUAAGAUUGUCAUACUCUUAAUAUCUAGGAGUCAAGAUAACAUCUUCCUUGGAGUGGUUCUAGUUGUGCUAGUUUUCAUAAGGACCCAGGUAUGCAAACAUGUCAGGUGCUCAGGUGCAAGAGGUGGUGAAUACUUGGAGCUGACAGGUAGGCGAGAGGCAGGCUGGAAGUACAGAGGAAUAAAGUGGCCUCAUUCCAGCAGGUGCCCUGGGAACUUUAUAGCAGCCAAGCACACAAAAAAUGGCUCUUCAAUCGCCUAAUUCCCAUGACUAAAAUUAAUCUUGAGUCAAAAUGUCCUCUUCUGAUUAGCACUUCACCUCCCUGUGUAGGAAGCAAGGAACCAUUGCGAAGCCCCUGCGCCAGGCCCAGUAGCAGCUGACCAUGCAUCUCGAUGCACACAUGCAUAACACUUUCAAACUGCUUAGCAUCUUGCAUGGGAAAUCUUUCAAACUUUAAUUAGGAGCUGACCACAAAAUCCAACUUAUGCGAAGUCAUAGUUCUAACUCUGUGCAUUUUCUUUUCAUGCUGUGUGUGAAACAAUAGUUAAUUCCUUCCUCGCUAUGCUUUGUAAUGUUAAAUUUAUUAGCAACAUCACAAUGUAGGUACAAUGAGUUGGGAACCCAAUGGACAGAUUUUAAUUGGAAGGGAAUCAAGCCACCAGAUGGCUCCCUGUUGUUUUAAAUCUCUACUUCGGUGAAGUUAAUUGAUUCGCCACCCCCAGCCCUUGAAACCAUUUUUGGAGCAAGUCUUUUUAACAGUCUUUUAAAGGGGACCAAAGAAAAAACCUAAACAUAGUUGCAUACUUGUAAAUUUAACACAUUAACCCCCAAGGUGUUAUUUUACAAAGUUUGGCUAAUGAUGGGGGGAAAGUCAUUGGUGCUUAAAAACCAUACUAAAAGCAUUGAUGGAUUAAUUGGGGUCAUAAAUUAAUCAAAACAUUAAAGAUACAUUCAAAAUUAUGUUUUAUGCAAAGCUGUGGUAACAGUUUGUUCAUUUAUUCAUUCAUAGUUUUAAUAGCCCACUUUCCUCCAGAUCAGAGCACAGGGUAGCAUUCAAAACACAGGAUGCAAUAUAAAAUAAAACAAAAUAAAACCAUAGAUCCAUUGCCCAAAAUUGUAACACCAAAUCUAAACCCCAAACAGCAUCAACAUCACCAGGUUGCCAAAAUGUAUAUAAAAUGGAGGACUGCCACAUCUCAGUUGGGCGUGCAAAGAUAGUGUAGCACCACAGAGAAUGCAGCCUCAUGUCACCGGCUUGCCUGGCUGGUGGCUCUCUGGCUUCUGGCUGGUGGGACCAUGAGCAGAGACUCACUGGAAGAUCUUAAGCCUUGUGGAGGUAGGUAUCAGGAAAGGUCCCAGGUCAUCAAGGACUUUAAUGUCAACCCUUUUAAUGGGGCCACGUAGCUUAUAAGCUAAGGUUCCCUGAAUUAUUCGGGUGUGCAUGCUUCAGAUGUGCUUCAGACUUCUGGUGUGUAUGCAGCAUGCACAGGAUUACACUGCAAAGGAUUUCACCAUUAGUUGGGAAUUAGGCAACAUUUUGCAUUUCUGUUUUCUUAACAUCUUGAUACUGAACCAGAAAGGAUUCCUCUUAAUUCAGCUUUUAAACUGUUAAUGCAAUCAAUGGAGAGAUACUCAUUUGCCAUGUACUUUCUUUAGCCUGGCCUGUAAAACCGGACUGAUGACAUUUUUAAUGUUGCAUGGGGAAUACCAGGGCCAAACAGAAACCAGACAUCUUUGGUGCAACAGCAUUUAAAAUAGAUUAAUACUUGCUUUAGGAAUAAUGGUAGGGACUGGAGAAUUAGAUACUAAGAGUCAGGGCAGCAUAAAUAACAUGGCAGGAGCAGCAGACUAUUUUCAUUACCAUCUGUAAAUGCUCUUACAUUUUCCACAAUGUAUUGCCACAGUGAUCUCUACAAACGCUUCAUAAAUCAUCAUUAGCUGCCCUCCCCAAGCAACUUCCCUAACUGAAUUGCAACAAAUAACUCCUGCAAGUUGUCCCCUUUGCCUAAGAAAUGCACGUGGAUCUCGCUAUAAACACAGAUGGGCACACAUGUUCUCACAAUGAACUAGCAUCUCUGUUUAUUCUAGCACCAGUUACAUAUCUGUAAAAACAAAAUACUGCUGAUCCCGUUGUUGUAAUUACCAUACAAAUAUUGAAAUACCAAUAUGAUUUUAAAGUCAGAUUCUAAUGGCAAUCAAUGUUAUAAACCCAAAAACAAAAAAUAUUAGGAAAGUGUAUUGUGUCCAUUGUAUUGAUAGAUCAGAAUUUCAAACUAGUAGUAUCAGAUGAGGGAAUUCCUGUGUGAAGGCAGUUGAUUUCUGAAGCUAUGAAAGUUCUGAUUCAGCCCCUGCAAGAGAUUCCUGCUCUUCCCACUCCCAGAUCCAGCACAUGCUCCCUGUCCUCACCUUAGAAGCCCUCAAUGGCUUUGCCACUCUUAUCUCUGGGCACUUAGGGCUCAUCCACAAUUCCGAUUGCCCUGGGGAAUCUUGAGAUUUAGCACUGAAUUGGAGCAAAUGUCAAUUGGGUUUUCUCUGGAUUGACGUUUCCUCUGAUUUAGCAUUAAAGAGCACUAGAAGCAGCAGGGCAAAGGCAAAAAUUGCUUGGGCACAUGCUUUUUGGCACAGGACAAGGGGAAGUCUGGAUGAGGCCUUUGAUGGAUCCAUGCUGCCUGUGAUCUUCGCUGCUCAGGAUCUACUAUCCAGUGCUCGCUGAAGGUCUCCUGCUCCCUCAGGAACUAAUCUUUCUCUCAGAACACAUGUAUGGUACUGCCUUGUAUUUCUUCCAAAUCCCAUAGAAUUAUAGAGUUGAAAGGUACACCAAGGGUCAUCUAGUCCAACCCCCUGCACUGCAGGAAUCUCAACUAGACCAUACAGCUUCCAAGGAAGGAGAGGCCACCACCUCCCAAGGGAGUCUGUUCUCCAGCCAAACAGCUCUUCUCAACGCCACCCCCCCCCCAAAGCCCCCUGUGCUGGCGUGACUCAUUGCUAGGCAUAAGCACAUGUAACUGGAAUAACCACAUAUGGUAUUGCUUCCAUGUUUAUCCCUUUCCUCUGUUGAUUGCUCCAUGAUGAAUUUCAGCCUGUUUUCCUGUAAAGCAGCAUGCAUGAUGAUGGACGUAAAAAAAUAGCUUUGGGGACAGAGAAUGCUUAGCCUUAAGGGAGUGCAGUGGGUGUGGGGAGAGCAGAAAGUAAAGGCAGCCGCACCCGUCUGGUGAAAGUGGCUUGGAAGAGAUGUGGCAAAUAGGUCUCCAAACUGCUGCCGCCACAUUGUAGAAUGUGUGUUGGUCGUCCCCCUCAGACUUGCCAAUGCUAUUAAGCAUUUGGCUUCCAGCCAAUCCCAGGCAUGUCCAGCAACAUUUAUUUACUUAUUGCAUUUAUAUUCCACCUUUUCUCCAAGGAGCUCAAGGGUGGUGUACAUGGUUUCCCCCAUUAUAUCCUCACAUCAACCCUGUGAGGUAGGUUAGGCUGAGAGACCAUGAAUGGCCCAAGAACACCCAGUCUGUUCCGUGGCGUAGUGGGAAUUUGGACUCUGCUCUCCCAAGUCCUACAAGCCAUCUGCUGAACUACACCGGCUCACUCAUCUCACCCUGAAGAGGAAAUGGUCACAAAAUAAUAAUAAUAAUAAUAAUAAUAAUAAUAAUAAUAAUAAUAAUUUAUUAUUUAUACCCUGCCCAUCUGGGCGGCUUCCAAAAGAAUAUUAAAAUACUGUGAUACAUCAAACAUUAAAAGCUUCCAAGAAGCUUUCCAGGGAGGAUGGGAAACACAGAACACACUAGAAUGGUCAGGUUCUUGCUGUGUAGCCCUGCUGGGCACCUUCUCCACUUACAGACUUUUUUGUGAGGAAAUUGCUGAAAGGAAAUGCUGAAAUGACUUAAAGGACAAUCCUGAAACUAAAUUCUUCCAUGUGGUUUAUAUGAGUGCACAACUGCAUAAGGAAAACCUACAGUGUGUUGCAGUGAACAGGCAACCUUUUUUAUGACUGAUGGGGAAAGUGUAGUUGGAAAUAGGAAUCAUAGAAUCAUAGAAUCAUAGAGUUGGAAGAGACCACAAGGGCCAUCGAGUCCAACCAAUAGGGAUAUUAUUUAUUAAAAGUAUCGAACAUUUUACCUUGUGGUCAUGUACUGUGCAGACCCUACUGAAGAAGAACCAUAUCAAGACAAAUAAAAAUCACAUAUACUUUUGUUUAGCAAUCCCCAGCAAUAAUAAUAACAAUUUAAAGAAUCCUUGUUCUCUCCUCCUCCUCCUCCUCCUCUUCUUCUUCUUAGCAGAUUUUGGAAAUCUUUGAAGUCAUGCUCACCUGGUACCAUUAUAAUAUUUGUGUUUCUGCUGGUGAUUUUAUUUCCUAGUCCAAGGACGACGACGAUGAUAUUUGCUGCUGGGCUUCAGUCUGUUCUAAUGUAUGUUCUCAUGUUUCAAAUCCCACAAACCUUUGAAAUUGGAGACAAGAGAGGUGCCUUUGCAUUAACAAAAUGUAGAAACAGCUUUCCUUGUCCACCUUUCAAAAGGAAGUGAAUGCGUACUGGCCAGCUUUCCAUUACAUUUGUCUCACAUUAUUUUAAGGAUAUACAAGGAUUAUGCCAAGCUGCCCUAUGAACAGGGAAGAAAUAUGGAAUGGGAUCCCCCCCCCAUGCUGAAUUUCAAAGACAGAUGAAUGACAUAUUUCCUUUUAAAGCAAGAACAAAUAUUUGUACUCUAAAAGUGAAUGCAGUAAAAUAAAAUAAAAUAAAGAAAGUUCAAUUUCAGCACUUCUGCUAAUUAAAGGUACUGUAAGACCUUGACUGAAAGUAACCAGCCGUUCAUAGAUGCUCAGGAAGGCCUCUUCUGGGUUUAAUCUGCCAACUCUUGUGGCUGCAACUGGGCAACCUUCUAGGUAGAAUGAAUGAUAACAGGGAGCAAAGCUUGGAAAAACACAGAGUAGAUGCCAAGUGAGAGGUUAUUCGGGUCACUGAAGCCUUAACCUGGAAGUAUUUUUAUCCCGGAUUAGUCUGGAGGCACCAGUGAGCUAUCUCUGGGAGAGAGUUGUGCUGGGUGCUGCACAAGCCAUUCUGCUUCACACACACCCCCCCCGGGCACCCCCAAGCCAGUGGCUCACUGCCAACAGCACCCCCAGCCUCCCAGUUUGAAUCACAGUAGAUCUGGAAACAGAAACCACAGUUUUAAAAGCCAGGACCCUUCCCUGAGAAGCUUACAAUUUACAUUUAAGCAGGGGAUGAAAACAGCAAAAGGAAGGGGAAAGAAGAAGGGGAAAGAAGGGGAAUGAUUGUGACCAAAUGCAGUUACACCUACUGAGACUUGGUUUCAUUUGAAGGUAAAGAAUGCUAGAUUAAGCCAAAGACAUUGUGUAAAAAAGGCUUUUUAUGCAAAAUUCGAAAGAAAAGGAGUGGUGGCACCAGAAAGAAGUUCUGGGAGGGAAUUUCAGACAGAUGAAGUGAUGACAGUAACAUUUAUUUAUUUUUAAAUGAUGUUGACGUAUACAAUUUGAUAUCUAGAUUAUCUUGGUAUCAGUCAGCAGCUGCAUUCCCUUCUCUUCUACUCUCUGGAGUGCAGCCUGCCUUUAGGAGAGAAACAGGUCUUGUUGCCUAGACGAUACCUGUGGUGUAUCCAGAGACUAGAUUUGGGGAAGGCGGCCGGUGGCAGCUUGUUCUGCCCAGGGCUCCUCCACGUCUGUGAAAACUGAAUAUCCACAGAGCCCAAAAGAUAUGUGCUCACCUCAAUCCAAAGUUAGGUAAAGGUAAAGGGGUAAAGGGACCCCUGACCAUUAGGUCCAGUCGUGACCGACUCUGGGGUUGCGGCUCUCAUCUCGCUUUAUUGGCCGAGGGAGCCGGCGUACAGCUUCCGGGUCAUGUGGCCAGCAUGACUAAGCAUGGCAAACCAGAGCAGCACACGGAAACGCCGUUUACCUUCCCGCCGGAGCGGUACCUAUUCAUCUACUUGCACUUUGACGUGCUUUCGAACUGCUAGGUUAGCAGGAGCUAGCUAGGUUAGCAGACGCUGGGAUUCUGAUCGGCAAGUCCUAGGCUCUGUGGUUUAACCCACAGCGCCACCCACGUCCCUAAAUCCAAAGUUACUAUCUUUUUAAACAUUACUCCAGUCACUAGCAUAGCAGCAGAGUCACUGCUAGCUUGAACCUCCUUCAAGUAAUCACUCUCAGCUUAAUUACAUUCUGUUUUAACUCACAAAGGUAAAAAAAAAUCCAGACUGCUUGGUAAGUGAAUGUCCAUUCAGAUUUGAUAGCAACAACAGCUGCAAGGCGGAUACUGUCUACAAGGAGAUGCUCUUAUUGCUGCAAUAAAGAGAAAAGCUUUCUUCCAUUUCUUACUGGGCAGGAAACCACAUUUCCUGUCUUCAGUGAAAGAGCAUUCAAGUCCAUUUUCUUCACCUUGAGCUCCCUGUGGCUGGUCAUAACACCACGGUAGUGAAGUAAAGGUAAAUCAUUCUGCCAGAAGCAUUUCAUCCCACAAACAGGAACUCAAACCUCUAGCUAAUUGUAGCAUAUCCCUGGUUCUUACCUGCAUUCUAUUUCUGGCUUUUGUUAUAGGAAUUGGAUUAGGAAGUAAUGACCAAAACCAAUUAAACGCAUACAGAACAGAGUAGAAUAGUGCAGACACCAACUACUGAACUAGUCAAACCAACCAAAUUCACAAAUCACAUGUGACUAGACAGAGAUAGGUGUCCAGUCUCAGAGAUCACCUGGCAACACCACUUGCCAUAUUGAGACAAAAAUGGUGAACAGAAGAGAUCCUACAUGUACAGAAGUAAUCCUCAAACAUUUCACCAGCAUAUUUUGGAGUAAUUACAAGCUGUUUAGCCAGAUGUUAACAGAAAUAAUUUACUUCUUUUAUAUCACCCAUGCUGAAUCUUUGGAGUAUAACAAAAUAAAUAUUUUAAUAUGUAUAUUUCUCCAUUCUACCCAUAUUUAUAUAUAUACAUUUCUCCAUUCUACCCUCCUGAAUCUUUGUGGAGUACAGCAUUUAAUUUAAAUAAAUAAAUAAAUAAAUAGCACAAGGUGUGCAAAGUUGGCCCCCAGAUAUGACAACUCAGCAACUAAUCAGUCAUUAUUGUGGUUCAGAGAAUUAUAUCCAGUAUCAAAUUACUUACACAGAGAGAGUCUGGUGCCACAGUUUCACAUACAGUGGUACCUUGGGUUAAGAACCUGAAACUGUUCUUAACCCAAGGUACUAUUUCUGGGUUAGUGGAGUCUGUAACCUGAAGCAUCUGUAACCCGAGGUACCACUGUAUUGGUGCUUCAAAGGCCUGCCUGUUCCACUCAGUCUUUUAUCACAAAGGCUCACCAACAUCCCUCACAUACAAAACGGAUUGCCUUCUGCCUGCUGGCUUUCCUGCAGGGAAGCUUAAUUGAUUGAGAGGAAAGUGCCUCAGGAAAACCCACUUUCAUAGAAUCAUAGAAUCAUAGAGUUGGAAGAGACUUUCUGCUGCUGCUGCUGCAUCGAGUUUUGUUUGCAAUUCUUUUCUCAAGAAGGUGAAAAUUAUAUGCAGUAUUUCGAAAGAAAACCAUGAACAGCAAAGUGAUAAAACAGAACUCUGGAAGAGAAAUUGAGUAAAAAGCAGCUUUUAAUUAAGUGGAUUUAAGUAGUGGGGACCCAAGGGUCAUCUAGUCCACCCUCUGCAAUGCAGAAAUCUCAACUAAAGCAUCCAUGACAGGUGGCCAUCCAAUCUCUGCUUAAAAACCUCCAAGGAAGCAGUCCACAACCUCCCAAGUCUGUUCUUCAUUUAAAACACUUCUAGAACUCCUCAUCGUGUUACGUUAUUUCUUGCAGAACAAUGAAAAGUCAUAUUUUAAGUUUCCUAUUAGGCCACUUGCAUUCUAGUUACCUUUGCACAGUAUUGUCCUUCCUCUGCAGCAAUUGGCAGGUGGUGAGUAACCAUGUUCACAACUAUUAGCUUCUUCUGUGGUCUGUGAAGGACAUUCUAAGCCCAAAGGUAACAUAACUGUCUUGCACAAGUAAUAGCACAUUGAAUGAUGGCACUCUGAAGUGAGUGGGGAUUCAUUUGCUCCUGUUCUUGAAAUACUAAUGCUGCAAAAUCUCCUGGGAGAUGAGGAAUGCCAGUUGCUCUAAGCAUCUCUUCACAUUAUGCAAUACACCCAGUUUCCCCCUGUGCCUUCAAUUUCUGGCUUGGCUUGCUCCUUUGGCUGCAUUUCUGUGAGUAUUUGGUGGAGGGCAGGGUCUUUUCUUGAGCUUUUCUUGAGGGCUCAAGGGAGGGAACUAAGGAAAACUCAGCAGAGCCUGAUCCCUUGGUAACAUUACGGGUAGAGUUCAGUUUUUCCAGAGCUGUCGCUAGAGGAGAACCUGGUAAAAAUGGGGAAGACAAGUUGUGUGAAUAAGAAAACACAGCUAGUGACAAAACAUAGUAAGGAAGGGGGAGCUGGCAUUGGCUAGCCAAAGUAAAUGUGUUGAUUCACGUUGUCAGUCAGAAAGUAAAUAAAAUAUCUGACAAAUUAGCAUGCUGUCUAUGACUUCAUAAGGAAUUCUGUUCACAAGGUGCCACAACACACUCCUCCUCCUCCAUCUCCUCCUCCUCCUCCUCCUCCUCCUCCUCCUCCUCCUUCUCCUCCUUUGCUACCAAAAGCUAAGGGCCAGGCUUGCCACCAGAGCAACUGCGUCCCUCUCAGUUUCCCUCCAGUUGGAGGGCAGCUGAGGGGGAUGUGCCAGGCGUGCGCCAGACCUGCACUGCUUUUUCGGGUCACGGUGGCUCUGGCACCCUGCAAGUGCAGCCCAUAACGCCCUGCCUUUGCAACCUUGAGCUCCGGCUUUCUGCCCCAAAGGUCAAUGGCAAUCCACCCCUUGCACACACCCCUAGCUAUGUCGCUGCUAAGGGCUAAUAAUAUAUAUUAAAAACAUUUCAAACAUGGAAGGCACUUUCAGGCAAGAACUCACAUGGCGUUCACAUGUGUUCUGUGUUGUUUGCUGGUUGUACAUGGUUGUAUUUUUCUCUGUGUGCUCAUGUUGUACAGCACAUACAGAGCAAAAAGCCUGGCUAAAUGGACUUUGAAAAGAUACCAUCAUGUAUGAACCAGCCUCAAACACAACUUCUCUUCUGGAACUAGAAAUCUACAAUCUCUGCUUCUUCCCAAUCCCUUCAUUGUGUUUCUAAUUCACCAUCUUCAGUGAGUUUAAGCAAAAAUGUGAGCAUCUUCCUUGAUUUGCUGAAAUGUGAUUUGGACUUUUAAUACAUUAUUUAAGUUCUCUCUAAGUACCAGGUGAACAUAUCAAUCCAUUAUUAGUAGUAUCAGUUGUGAAAAAUUUCAGAUGAAUCAUUUUAAUGCAAAACACUUUUCAUAUUUUGAAGCAGUAUGUGUGAAUUUUGCUGUUAUCUUCUGACCUUUUCAUUCCCAUUGUUUCCCCAUUGUAAUAGAUAGAAAUCAGCAUCAAUUUGAAUGCAUGUACUGUAUUUUCUAGGAAAUCAUAGAAUCAUAGAAUUAUAGGGCUGGAAGGAAUCCAAAGGGUCAUCUAGUCCAACCCCCUGCAAUCACAGUUAAAGAAUCAAUAUGAAACCAAUGUAGAACAAACAAGGAAGAAUAAUAGAAAAGGUCAUUCGUUUUAGUAAAUGGGGAAAUUCCAGUUCUCAGCUCUGUUUUAUAAUCCUAAUCUAGAUCAACAUGAAUGUAUGCAUAAGAAAUGGCUAAAGAAAGGAUUCUAUUUCUUUUAACUUUCCUGCCAUGGUUUGUCUAACCUAUAUUAACAUUACCAUGCCUUAUGGUUUUUUCCAGUGUGUCUGGAGGUGAACUAUUUGACCGCAUCGUAGAGAAAGGAUUUUACACUGAGAAAGAUGCCAGCACUCUGAUACGACAGGUGUUAGAUGCUGUGUAUUAUCUUCACAGAAUGGGCAUUGUUCACAGAGACCUCAAGGUAAGGUAAUUUGCUAACAGGACAGAUCUAUUUUAUACCAUCAGAAACAGCUGUUGACACUAUAAGCCUUAUUCUUUCUCAAUUUCUUGUUUCAAAGUUUUCCAUGUCUUUGAGAGUAGAAUCAGGUGUUCCAAAAGGCUGUCACCAAAAAGAACAAGACCAUGUCUAGUUUUCCCAAUCCUCUAAUAACAUCUGAUGAAAUUCAGACUUCCAUUUCUGGCCACAGACAUGGAAGUAGCUGCCCUGAGGCUCUCUGGCGCCCCGGGGAGGCCUGGUUGGCGGGAAGGGGGGAGAGGAGGCUAAUCUGGGGAGUUUGGGGGGGAUGAUGUGAACCUGCGGACACCGUAUGAAGGUGGAAAUCUUUGCUGGAGGCACGACUCCAUGCCAGAGAAAAGCCUCAGACGCCGGUUGCGUGAGUGACCGAUCCCCUUUUAUUUCGGAUAAUUGGUUAAAAGUUUAAAAGGCACCCUUAUUGAUAUGGUGUUGAAAAAGGUUUCAGGAACAAUCCUGUCGUGUGUUAGUGAAGUUUGAAGGAUGUUUACUGCUUCAUUUGGAGCUGGGUCUGUUUAGUCUGGAAAAGAGGAGACUGAGAGGAGAUAGGAUAGCCAUCUUCAAAGAUCUCAAGGGUUGUCACAGGGAAGAGGGAACAAGCUUGUUUUCUCCUGCUCUGGAGGGUAGGACUCAAACCAAUGGCUUCAGGUUACAAGGCAGGAGAUUCCAACUCAACUUUCAGAAAAACUAUCUGACAGUAAGAGCUGUUUGGCAGUGGAACAAAUCCCACAAGAGGUGGUGAUUUCCUUAGGGGUUUUAAAGCAGAAGUUGGAUGGUCAUCUGUCAUGGAUGCUUUAGCUGAGAUUCCCUCAUUGCAGGGGGUUGGACUAGAUGACCCCGGGGUCCCUUCCAACUCUACCAUUCUAUGAUUCUAUGACUGGAUUUAUCAAAAAUAUGUUAUAGUUAAAUAAUAGUACUUGCAGUAACUGAAAUAUGAACAACUUAUGGAAAAGGGUAAAGGAAAAAAUAAUGAUAAAAUGUUAAACUAUUUUAAGUAAAGGAUUGGGAAGUAGAACAAAGUAUGUGCUAUGAUGCAGCAAGAAGGGAGGGGAAACACUGCAGAAACAGGGUGGGAAGUCAACUUUAAAUUUGUAUUAAAUUGUAUUAAUUGGAUGUAAAUUCGUUAAUUUUUUUGAAAACUAAUGAAAAUUAGUUGGCAAAAAAGAACCAUCUUAUGAAAUUCACUGCAUGGUGCCAUGCCAUCAUACAAUUUGCCCCCUUUCUACCACCCUGCACUAGUGGCUGGCAAUUCCAUGGGGUUUGGAUCCAUAUUAAAUUAGUUUCACUUUGUACUAUUCAUUGAAUCAGUGGGACUUCAGUCAUGACUAAAUUGCCCCAUUGAUUUCAAUGGGACUGAAAUCAACAGACGUCUGGAUCCAACCCAUGAUGUCUUUGGUCCUUCCACUACAGGGGUGCUCAUUUGGCAUCUGGCUUCUUUUUGGUGCCAGGAGAAUAAAAUACACCUUUUAAGCCAAUCAGUUUUGAUUCAUGCUGGAAUCUUAGCUGUUCAGUUUGUAUUGUUGUUUUAGUUUUUUGUGUAACUGCAAUUUAAAUGUUUAAGUAAGCACUUUGGGAGCUAAAGCAUACAAUAAUGCGUCUGCUGAAUGAAUGAAAUAAUAUUAUGGAGCGGGUUGGGGCGAACUAAGCAUGACCCAGUGUCAUACAUAAUGUGAAACUCUGCAGAAGGCUCUCUCUUGUUUGCACAUGGGUCUCGUGUCUCAUCAGCAAUACCUCUGUGGCUGCAGAUGCAGGCAACUUUAAGAGACUUUUAGCAUUUCCCUGGAUGUUCAUGGGGAAACCUUCCCAUCCUCCAUCAUGACCUUCCAUGGUUAUUUAUGAUUGUAGCUGUUUGUGCCAUAGCAGCUGGUACUAUAAAAUUUGGGACACUGUAUUGGCAGGAGUUCAUGCCUGCUGGGAAUAAAAGGAGUGUGAGGAGAAGUUGGGCUGUUAGUAAUUUUACAUGUCCUGUUUGUUAGACUGUUAGUUCAAUUCAGCUCAAGAAUUAGUUGCUUAGUAUCUUCUUUGCAAACCCAGGCUUAUCCUAAAAUAAUGUGAUUUGCAGGAAAUAGCUUAUAAGAAUUAUUCCUGACACAGAAGCUCUGAAGAGCAAACUCAAGUAAUUCAGACAAUGGUCUGGAUAAGCUAUUUUAAAUCUUCUACACUUUGUACCUAAAGGAAUUCCUUGCUAUGUUUUUUAAACAGCUUAAGCUUAUUAGCAGCACAUGCCAAAGAGAACUAUGAAAUGUGACUCAAAGAAGGAGCAUGAAAAGGAAUUAAUUUGCAAAUGACUUGGGAGUUUAUAUAACGACCCAAUAAUUCUGAAAAGUCUGUGGCUGCAUCCACAGACACCUGAAUCCACCCGCUAGAAAUGCCUGCCUGACUUAGGCUGCAAGGCAAAGUUUUGAAUUCUAUCAUAAUAUGAUGAUGACGCCUUAAAUGGUGGUGCAACUCUUUACAUCAGCUUUGGGUUUUGACCAGGGAAUGCAGCAGUAUUAAAUCAUUCCAUCUGUUUCUUGUCAUUUCUUGGAAUCUCCUGGCUGGAAUAUAUAUUGGGUUUAUAAAAGGAAUAUGUAAAAUUAUAGUAGGAAUUUGUACCACUUUCUUGGUAACUCUCUCCCUAAUGUUAUGGGAAAUGCUGGCCACCUCUCUGUGCAUGAACUGAAAUAUGUUCCAAGGCCUAAUCCUGCAAGGUAGCUUCCAGGAACACACCAAGUUCAUUAAACAGAGGCUGCACAGUGUCUGACCAAAGAAAAGGACCCCAAACCGUGGUGAUGUAGCAGACCCAGAAGGAAAACCAAAAUUCUCCAAAGUGUUUGUGUUAAGGAAAUGUUUCAUUGGAUGUUAAUGAAUUAUUAAAAGAAUGGGUAGCAGGUUACACACUUCAUAGCAGAUCAGCCUUUGGGGGGUUUGAUGUUGAUCUGAAGCCAGAUUUGCAUGAAUAUAACUGCCUGGCAAUUUAAUGGGAGGCUUUACUUCAUACCAGGAGAGAGAGAGAGAAUACAGCCCCUCUGCUCCACCAAACACUUUCAGUCCCCAUUUUUAUUAUUUCAGGUACUCAGCAUCCUUUUCAAUCACUUGAACACAAAUGAAUAUAGGGAUACAAUUUUAUUGAAUACAACAGAUUAUUUUUGCUUCAUUAGCCAUACCUUUGCCUCCAUGGGUGUUUCUGCCUGUAUAAAUGUUUCUCUCAAGUAGUUUGUCUGUGUUUCUAUACCUUGCUACUGAACCCUGCCUCUGUAUGAUGUCUCAAGAGGCUGCACAGAACCAUCUUGAGAUGAAUUCAGUGUUUGUGAAGUGUACCUGGGUACUUUUUGAAGCCAGAGGUUUGGCCACAACUCACCACUUACAGUUGUUCCCAGCCUUCAGUCUGGUCCUGAAAGGGGGGGGGGGCAAUGUUGUGUAUGACACUGUUGUAACAUGAAGAACUUGCUUCCUUUCAACCAGACCUAGAAGUUUUCUCUAUAGGAGUCCUCGGUUGAUUUCUUUGUGAAACUUCCUUGCAAUUGCAGUAUUGCUGCUGUUUGUGCCUCAGAAGGGCUGCAACACGCACACACCUGCCAUGUGGUGCAAUCUGUGCCAGAUGUUCCCGAAACAUAUUAGGUAAAAAAGGAGGUGCAGGUGCAUCUUUACUUGAAAGUGAAUAGAUGACCAAAUGCCGCCAAACUUUAGCCUUUUUUCCGACCAAAUUACUGAAUCUUUCAUGCUUGUGUGAUGGGCAGAAAUCCACAGUCUUUGAUGUGGAGAACACGCCUUCUGUUGAAUGUCUGCUUCACUGCAGCUGUUAGAAGCAAAGGAGUCUGGUCAGAAAAAGAUGACAGCCCACCUUACCUAGGAUGACUUAAAUGCAAACGAGUAUGAGGCUCCUCUACCUUUUAUAAUUAUAUGGAGAGGGGAAUAUCAUCAGCUACUGUUCAAAUCAGUAGCACCUGAAAAAAAUCCCACCUUCUGUAUUGCUGUUAAAGGUAAAAAACAAAACAAAAAAACUACAAGAGACACGACUAAGAGUUCAAGAGCCUCAUCCCCAGUUGCAUCUGCUCACACUACUCAAUUACAUCCUGUGUCUUAGUAAGUUGUCACAAGACAUUUUCAUGCUAAACCAUACAUCUGGCAAGCAGAGAUUUAAAAGAAUUAUUAUAUUAAGAAACUGGAUGGCAUAUGAAAUAGAGAGAUACAUUAUUUAACCCAAUAUUCAUGUCUCAGGUUUGUUUUCUUAAUAUCCCUGCAGCCUGAAAACCUGUUGUACUACAGCCAAGAUGAAGAAUCUAAAAUAAUGAUAAGUGAUUUUGGACUGUCAAAAAUGGAAGGUAAAGGCGACGUCAUGUCCACAGCAUGUGGCACCCCAGGAUAUGUCGGUAAGCAUGCUACAGCAUAAUUUUCAGGACUAGUUUCAUGUGAAUUUUCCACCGAUAUCCCUGGCAUUUUCUGCACUGGUUCAGACUAGAACAAUUGUUUAUGGUAAGUCACCAAGCCACGUGCAAGUCCAACAGCCAUAUAUUGUUGCCUCAGGGAACCUAUUUAAGACUUUUGCUUUUGUUGCCUUCCUGGAAGUAAAGAAACAGGGAGAGGGGUAUCAGGCACCUAGCAAGCCACAAUUCAUGGUUGAUGGGUAACGUUUGGCCUUGGCUGGUCAAGGCUGUAAAGGCCUCUGGUACCAACAGUAGUUUCUAGGAGAUGAUUUGCUCUGGGUUUAUGACACAGGAGGAAAGGGUUGGGGAAAAGCCUUCCCCACAUGUUCUGGUCCCAAUCCUGUUGCCCCUACAGCUUUUAUCUAAAUGUUCACUCAUCUAAUGUACCAUUUAGUUUCACUCUUAGAUGUUGAAGAUAAUUGGCUAGAUUUGAGAGGUGUCUGAAACUUGAAGUUACCAUCUCCUAAGGCACAUCUUUGCAUCUGCCAGUUCAGUUGUAGCAUUUGAACAAAGUUACAAAGAUGCAUAUACAGUUUAUAUAUCCUGCAUCACAUUUUGAAUUAACUAUAAAAAGUCAUAUAUAUUGUAUCUAUAAUAUAUGAGAUGCAUUUAUUUUGAGGUUUCCAAUUAAUUUUUCUCUACUUGUAGUUAAUUGUCUUUAAAAGGCCUGUGAUUUUGUCUGGGUCAAGGCUAGCUAAUGUGUUGCCCUCCAGAUGUUAAAUUAUAGCUCCCGUCAUUCUCAACCAUUGCCCAUGCUGGCUGGGACUGAUGGGAGGGAGUUCAUAAACUCUGGAGUGUGAACAUGUAGGCUAUCCCUGAUCUUAGCUACAAAUAAGCUCCCUGAAUCCUUGAGAGCUCAGGAAAUGUAGUCAGGAUAUAAUAUUGGCCUCAGAAGUCAGCACCCUAAAAAUCUCAGUUUGCUUUUUGGGGCGGGUUGAUGGUCCUCAUUUUUAUUAUUUGCUUGCAUGCGUGGUGCCAUCAAUGUGCAGCAUAACAAUGAGAAAACCGGUCCCUGCCCCAAGGAGAACCUGCAGUCUAAAAGCCAAGAGAGGGAGAGGAUAAAAUGGAGAAGGGAUGAAUAGAGGAGGGAUGUACAUCUGUUCUGUUACUCAUCCUUAGGCUUUGCUUCCAUGGGCAAGGAGAGCUAUGGACUUGUGUAAAAGGCUUCAUGAGUGGGUUUUGCCAUGGCUGCAACGUUGCAUAAUAAAGGGCUCAGCCACACUUGUGCCACGGUUUCUAGCCACAGUCCAUGAUUUGUAGGCACAGACCCAAGUGGUGUUUUUUCCUUCCGCUUUCCCUUAGAAAACCCACUAUUGUUGAAUCAGAACAAAGUAAUGUCAAGCUGAGGAAAACCCAACUGAGGGGUGAACAGCAGGUUUUCCCAGAAAAAAUGGUGGGAGGAAAAUAAACAUGCCUACAAUCACAGAUCUGUGCAUUGAAAUCAUGGCAGAAAUGGGAGGAUGGAUGGGCCCAAGCAGUGCAUUAUUUAUAAAGGUCACAAAAUUCAGCUUUUGUUGUCAUAGAAUUUGGGGUGCCUACAUGUAUUAUAUUUACAUUUAGUGUUGUAGAGUGCAUACAGUACUAUAAAAGUCCUCCAGCAAUGUCAGAUCCAAGAGUUCCAAAUAUCACCUAGUCAAGGCUACACAAAGAGGAAGUGCAUGCUUAGCUCAAGCCUGUUAGGAUUUUAUCCUGCCAUUUAUUUAAAACUGCUAAAGAAAGUCAGAUAGGCAUGUGAUAGUACUUUCACUGGACCAAUCAAAAUUGAAAAAUGGAACAAACUUCUUAAUUUCACAGAACUCUUCAGAGGGCAAAAACUGGUAUUAAUAGAAUAAAAAGGAGGCAAAUAAUCUUGUGGUGGGAGAGAGAGACAGAGACAUAGCCAAGAAUCUUGAACUAGGCAUCCUGGAACAUGCCAGUGCAACUGCUCAGCCAAUGUUACAUGGUCUUGGACCAUGUCACAUGCAUCCUCCUGGCAAAUUCUGGGAAUUGGCUAGGAAUUUACCACAAAUGUACAAUCUGUCAGGCAUAAGACUGCACACAGACAUGCAUGUGCACAUGGUAACUGUUUUUCUUGGUAAUCUUGAAACAUAGAGCAGAUUUGAUAUUCCUCAAAAUUCUGUGUAAGGAUCAUACCAACACAUGUGAUAUUAUUUUGUGAAAUAGUGUACAGCUUGUACCAGAUUAGAUUUUGGAGUUAGUUUGGUUUUGUGAAAUUCAACUAGAAACCUUCUUUCUGAAGUUCAAUCUAUGAGUUGCAUGAGAGCUAAGAAAGCUCAUUUGAACAGUUCAUAUUGCUUGCUUAUCUUUCUUAAUUAAAAUGUGUUGGGGAUCAUUGAUCAGAAACAAUAUGUCUCUAACAAGCAUCUCUCUCUCCUCCCCCACUUCAUUCUCUUGAUUGAAAAGUGACGGAGGAUGAGAGCUUUUUACUUCUAUUUUCAGAAAAUAAUCCCAUUAUAUUUUCUAAAACAGUAGUUGAUGUGAGAAGGAAACAAUGUUUUGUGGAAAUAGGGAGCUGCUGAGAGGAUUAUUUGGAGUCAUGUCAACUGAUGAGUUGAAGUGAUGCUGACUGAGUCUCCCUGUAUUAUUGACAACAAAAAUAGAUACGUGAAAGCCCUAUGAAAAACUCAUUUUGCUUCCCUUGGAAUUUUUCUGAUGUUUGACUCCAUUUUCCGCUCCUUUCUCUCUUGUCUCCUUUGUUUCUGUCUCUCAAUUUGUAAGCCUGUUGAGGCAAGGAGUGGUUAUCUCACACAACAUUCAUGGAUGACACAAUAUGAAGCAACAAUAACAAUAACAGAUAAGUGCCAUAAAUGUGCAGUGGCAGCAUGCAGGAAGGCACAAGUUCCCUACCCCAAUCCUUAGUUUGUAGACAACUUUUGCUUGGCGUUAAUUCCUAUCACUUUGUGACAGACAGCUAGCCCUGCUUCUGACAGCCAAGGCAGAUCAUUAGUCAGCUUGCUAGAGGGGCAGUGACAGCUGUCUCUCUUAGAUCCCUUUGCAGGAGAGGAAGCCUAUCAUGGUGACACACUGCACUAGAUUGUUGUCUUGUCCCAAAUCUUCCAUUUGGCAGCACACUGCUGCAGAACUGUCAGGAUUUCUUAGUGAUCAGUGUGAAUCAAAGCUGUUGUGAAACGUGUCUUUUUCAAGUUUCCAAAAGUUUUGUGUUUCGUUUUUUCUUGGCAGGAAAUUGAUGGCCUUCCACCCCUUUUUUCUCCUUCUUGUUUUUAUUUACCAUCCUCUGAUCUGAUCUGUCAGAUGCUGCUCAUGAGUAUGAUUCACAGUUUAAAAAUAAAAACUCUUUAAAAUCUUAGCAUUUCAAAUGGUGGACGUGGGGCUCAUGCCAGGAAGGUGACAAUCAGGAGUGGCUCAUAUCCAUUAGCCGGUGGAGCACAGGACUAACUCCCCUCAUCCAUCUGUCAGCUGUUGGCUCAGAAAUGCUUGAGAUUGGAGGAGAGGAUUUUGCCACUCCUUUGCAGAAGGAAGCAUUUUCUUCCUUGUCUAAGCCUCAAAAUAUAUACAUAAAUAAGAAAUAUAAAGUUUAUUUCUCAAAUGUUUCUGACCGAGGACAUGAAAACAUAAAAUGGAACCAAGUGAUUAUGGUGGCACAAUGGGUCAGUGUGUCUGACUGUUAACCAGAAGGUUGGUGGUUCAAGUCCACCCAGGAAUGGCUGUGAGCAGGUUUUCUGCUUUGCAGGGGGUUGGACUAGAUGACCCUCGGGUUCCCCUUCAGUUCUACGAUUCUAUGAUAUUACUUGGCUGCAAUAUGAAGUAGUGCUUGCAGAAAGUGACACUGUGAUAACAGUAAUUUCUACCAACCAUAUUUCAUCUUACAUUUCUAAAAUGUGCAGCCCUUCUCCUUACUACCCUGUUUGGCUGUCCACCACUAAUGCCUUAGCUAAAAACCUGCAUUAAGGGAAAGGCUGCAGUUCCGAGGCAGAGCAUCUGCUCUGUGUGCAGUAGAGCAUCUCAGGUCAGUCCCUGGCAUCUCCAAGCAGGGCUGGAAAAGAUGGACUCUCUGGAGAGCUGCUGUCAAUCAGAGUAGACAGUGCUAAGCUAGAGUGGUCUGACCUGGUAUAAAGCAACAAUCCUAAACAUGCUCACUAGAGAGCAAGUGCAAGGAAACUUAAGAGGGACUGACUGCUGAGUAACUAUGCAUAGGAUAGUGCAUUUUCCAAUGCACCAUUUCCAGUGUUUGAUUUCAGUGCAGUUCAGCCGGUUGUGCACAUCAUACAAGUGUGGAAGCAAAAGAACACAGAGAAUAGAAAAGCAGAGUGGAUAGUGGAUAAUGUGUGGAUCUAUGCAAGUUGAAGAGCCCUCCAGUCCAACUUCUGCUUGCCUGUAAGAGAAAUUGUCUUGAAGGUUCCAAUGACAGAUUGUCUAUCCAACAUGAGAUAAAGAGACCUGAAUUUACCAGUCUGUCAAACACAUAUGCAUAGCUUCAUGUGAGACUUCACUCUCAAAAAUAACCGUCUCUGCAAGUGGCCUGUUCAUGUAUUAGUGCAAUGCUAGAAGAUGAAACUCGUAUGAAACUGCAAUUCCUCAUCAUUAACUGAUAGUUCUGUAAUGUUUUUAUAUGUAAAAUGGGAAGCAUGAUUUUAGGGGGUUCCUUUCUGUGAUAUUAUGAGAACAACACUGUAGAACAGCUUCCAUUUGCACAUAUUUCUGAGCAAGAAAAAUCUAUCUGCACUGCAAACUUAUAUCAGUUUGUAAUUGUUUAACUGUCAUGACUUACCUCAAAAAAAUAUUGAAUUGUAGUUUUUGUCAAGGUGCUGAAAAAAAUAUUAGCGAUUCCUUGAUCCUUUCACAGAACUAUAGCUCCUAAGGUUCCCCGAGGAAAGGGAAUUACUACUAAACCAGUUUAACUCAGUACUGUAAUUAGUGUAGAUACACUCAUAGUAUCAUAGCUACCUUAAUUUAGAUCGUAAAGCACCUUGGGGCAGAAAGCUGACUUUUCACUUAGGUUUUUCUGUGACGCACACUGUGUUUAUCAGAGGUGGAUAACGUGGUGCCCUUCAGAGGUUGCGGCUAUUGACCUUGCUGGAUGGGGCUGAUGUGAAUUGUAUUCUGAAACAUCUGGUGGGGGCCAUGUUGGCUACAUUGAUGGCACCCCCACACAUGUUGAGUGGAAUUCAACAUAGGGGUAUGCAUGUGGAGAAUGAAGCCCACUCAUGCAACAUGGCUUUACCCUGUUGUCUCUCCCCAUGUGCCCCCCCCUAACCUUCUUUGCGGGUUCCAGCAACCCAUCAGAGCAGAUUUUGGAGUUGUUGGAGGAAGAUAUUUGAGAAAAUCCCAAAAUGUGAGUGGACCUUGUUCCACAUGCUCAGCAACUUAGAUGAAUGCUUCACAUAUAUAAUGUCUGGCAUUUCUGAGGUUCAUAAUUCCAAGAUUAUAUUUAAGUGGCAAUUGAAUAGAGCAGGGGCAAUGUAUGUUAACUUCAGUGAACAACUGUUGAGUUCUGUGUUUGGAUUUUGGCUCAUUCAUUGACUUUUGUGACAUUUAUGGAUUUUCCUUCCCUCUCCCUCCUUUCAGCUCCUGAAGUUCUUGCCCAGAAACCCUACAGCAAAGCAGUAGACUGUUGGUCCAUUGGAGUUAUUGCAUAUAUUCUGUAAGUAGUAUCAAAUGAGGUUACACUAGUGAUUUCAUUAUUAAUCUCAAAUACUUUCACACACAGUGUGCCACGUAAUAAUAAUUAAUAGUGGGUUGUUUGCUCAGUGACCACCAUUUUCAAUCAGACCCAUGAUCAGAUCUCAUGUAUCAUUCCGUUUUUCUAAAAAUCAGUUUUCCUGAAUGGGAUGAACAGCAGCUUGAGGGGGGAGGCAAUUUUCAUUGUGAAAAUGGUGCGGGAGGAAAGGCUUAGCCCUGCUUCCCAUUCUGUCCCACAGCCAAGUGACCCCAUUGAGGUGGAAGUUCUGGUCAGAGAUCCCAUCUGAUCAGAUUUGGCCCUGAGUCUCUGAAGUAUUUUAAGAUGUUGCCUCACACUGCUAUGCUUUUAAGCAACUGAUAUGUUAAUGUUUUUAUUAUGAUCAUUGUAUUGUAGCAGACAUUUUCACUGAUUAGAAGCUGCAGAGUAAUAUUCACAAAUAAAUAAAUAAAUAAAUAAAUAAAUUAAAUACCAUAUGUCCCCUGAUAGAACUGGACACAGAGCAAUGGGGAAAGAAGCUAAUUCUGGCUUAGUGCUGUUUUUUUAUGCACGGUUGAGUAUAUUGUAGAUUACAAGUUCAAAAAAUGUUAAAAACCUCAAACAAAUAAGAUGUGAUAAGAAAUACUAAGGUUGCUUUACUGCCAGCCCUGAAUGCUUCAUUUUAAUCAUAUCCAGUUCUCAGCAGCUUUAUGAUCAGACUUUUUAAAAAACAGAAAAUUCAUAUUGUAUGCUUUCAGCAGCUUGAAACUUCCUGUUAUUCCAUAUGUCACAUUCAUUUUAUUUUAUUUUAAAGCAACUACAUUGAAGGGCCCAGAUUUUUUUCCUGUUACACUUCCGGAGGUGGCGCCAACGGCAAUGGCGGAUUCCCUCUAAUUCGGAGGGAAUCUGCUCCACAGAAAUUGGGUCUAACACCGCUUCGGCGCAGCGGGGACCCUUUAAAUCACAGGCGGGUGAAGCCUGUGACUCUGGGACUCGGCGGGCACUGUUUGCGCCCCCCCCCCCAAUCUGCAAAGGAACCCGGCAACGGGCUCCGGAACAGAGCGGGGAAGUGGCGCUGUGCUGUGAGUUGUCUGCUUCUUUUGUGGAGUGAAGCCGCGUAACUGUUGCCGGAGAGCACUGCCUUUUUUCCUGGACAAUUCGGACUUUAAAACAAAUACCCGUGAGUACUUAGAAUUUGAACAAAUGGGACAGUAAAUGAAGAUUUGUGAAAAGGACAGAAUUGGACUAUAAAAAGAAAAAAGAAAAAAAAUCUAUUGAAUUUGGUACGGAGCGGGAAGGGCUAAACAGGAAGUCACCCUUCCGUUCUUUUGUAAAUAGAACAAAGCAAAGGCAAUUUACACUAGAGCUUUGAAAAUCGCUUUUAAAAGAGUGGAUUCCAACAUUCUAAAUUGGGAAUAUUUUUUUGGACUACUUGAAGUAGUAAAAGGAAGUUAUUUUCGUCCUGAUCCUGGAGCGGGGAAGUCAGGACUGGCGUGAAUUUAUCAAGAUAACUAUGUGUGACAGAUAGCUAAAAGAAGAGAAUCUUUGUGACUUUACUGUUCCCUUUCGCAUUUUAAAGGAAUAUAUAUGGACAAAGUAUUUCAAGUAUUUUGGAAAUGUAGCAAAAACAAAUAUAAGUCUUCCCCCUAGGGGGGAGCCUUUGAAACUGUAACUAAUUCCAAGGACUUGACAGUUACUACAAAAUAACCGUGGGAAAGCGUGACAAUGUUUUCAGAAGUUGUGGUGUGCCUGCUUAAUAAAACAAAUACUCUACUGGAAGAAUUACAUGAUAAGGUGAACCGGAUGGCCAAUUCGACUGGAAAUCUUAGACAGGCAGUGGAAGGUUUUGACCAGACUGUGGGAAUAUAUGUGGAGUCUAUCCAGGACUCAAACCAGGAGUGUGUUUUGACAGAACAGGGGUUUGUGGCAUUAAAUCAGGAGUGUGUCUUGACAGAACAGUCCCAACAGGAGUUUGAUCCUUCGGAUUUGACAAAGGAACUUGGAAAAAACCAGAUCUGGGAAGGGAAAGUUCGGUGUGGUUUGGAAAUGGGGGGCUGGAUUGACCUCCCUAUGUCGGGAUAUCUGGAUUUUUUAAAUACAGUAACAGGCUGCGAUAUGUUUGGAAUUGUGGGGGCCCACAAUUUCGGAGGGCCCUUGAAGCAUGCUCUUAAAUACUACAUGGAAUGCAGCGAUGAAUAUGGAAAAGGGUCUGAUCUGAUGAGAAGGGCUAAAAACACUACUAAGUUGGAGUUAUCACGAGCAAGUGACUACAGCCACAAAUAUGAAGAAAAGCCGCGGAAGGGCCAUGGAAGUGACCUGAGGGCCUCGGACAUAAGGUCACCGGGUUAGAUUGAGGAAUAAGGACUGACAAAUCCCGGAACCAGGAGGAAGGGACGUUGGAUAAAGAUUGGACUUGUUUAUAUGCUUUUUUCUCUUUUUUUUAACUAAUAGAAUGUUUUAUAAAGUUGAUGAAUGAUAGAAUGAUAGAAAAAUGAAUGAUAGAAAAAUGUUGGAAGAAAUUACCUGGCUUUAGUAAAGAUGCAUAAAGAAUUAUGAAAGAACAUUAUGAACACAAGAAGCUGGUAAAGUUAAGACUUAAAUUUUAAACUUUAAGGUUUAUUUUAUUAUAGAAAGAUAGGAUUAAAUUAGUUGAGAAUUUCUUUUAUGUUUUAUUUUUUUUGAAAUAUGGAAAGGAAAGGAUUUGCUGGGAUAAUUAAUAACUAGAAUACAAAGGAAGGGAGGAGGAGGAGGUCUAAGAAAGAAGGUAAUGACAGUUAAGGAUCUGAAAAUAAUGAAUUUGUUCUGUUUUCUUUUAUUUUUCUUCUGUAUCUUCUAUUUUCUCAUAUUUUUUUAUUUUUUGUAUUUCUUUGUGUAAGCUUUUGUAUUUUUUAUUUUUUGUUUUUGUGUAAGCUUUGUAUUUUUUGAAAUUUCAAUAAACAUCAUUUAAAAAAAAAAAAAAAUAAGAUGUGAUAAGAAAUACUAAGGUUGCUUUAGUGCCAGCCCUGAAUGCUUCAUUUUAAUCAUAUCCAGUUCUCAGCAGCUUUAUGAUCAGACUUUUUAAAAAACAGAAAAUUCAUAUUGUAUGCUUUCAGCAGCUUGAAACUUCCUGUUAUUCCAUAUGUCACAUUUAUUUUAUUUUAUUUUAAAGCAACUACAUUGAAGGGCCCAGAUUUUUUUCCUGUUACAAUUUGUAUAUUUAAAAUAGGAAGAUUCAGCCCAUUGCGGGUGUGGAUCCUGGGAUUCCCACAGGUAUGACAGAGCCCUGUUCCCUGCCCUGCACCCAUCAUAUGCCAGGCUGUGUCAGAGAAGGGACCGCCUUCUCAGUGGUUCCUUGCAUCUUGCCAUCUUGCAUCCACUCACUCAAGACGUGUGAACUGUGCUCCUUGACCACACAGAAGGGAAGGCUAGCAGAGUACCUACUCUGUGUAUGCACCUCAAGAGUAGUAAGAUGAGAGGGAUCUGUUAUGCUCUAUGACAAGAGUUCCCAGUUGGUAGCCUGCAGAUCCCAGGGGGUUCACGUAACCCACCCAGGGGGCCAUGGCACCAUUCAUAUAAGAAAAAGAGAUAUCCAAAUUUUCAAAAGUAGGGGGUCCAUGGCUUGGCUUCUGAAAAACUGGGGGUCCACAGUACUUUGCCAACUGGGAACUACUGCUCUACAAGAUCUCUGCACUUGGGGGCUUACCUACUCAAAACUAUGUUGUUUAUUCUGUUCACAUACAAAAGUACACAGAAAAAUUUUGAGCUUGUCAUAUAUAUUUCCCCCCAGCAUCAAUGUGUGAAUAUUAAUCCACCACAUAGUUAAUCUAUUACCAAAAUCUGAGGCCAUUACCUAAACUAUCCAAUUGGUAAUAUACCUCUGAAAACUAGUGGCUGGAGCAAGCACCAGAGAAAUGGUGAUUAUCUUUAGGUCUGCUUAUAAGCUUCAGCAGGCUGGUCUGAAGUGAUAGCCUACCUUGGAUUAUUGUCUCAGCCAAAUUUUGUAAGGGAAAGUGGUGAUUAUAUGGUUAUAGUGCUACAAAGAUCAAGUAAAAAUCUGGUUGUUGGUUGCAUAAUAUUAUUGACAGAAAACUGUCAUCCUCAAUUAUACACUGAGAGCAGAUCUAUUGAUUGCUCCAGCCCACAACACAACUGCCAGGGGAUCGAGAGAUAAUCACCCAACGAUCUUACAUGAAGAUGUCACAUGUUGGAUGAAUGAAACACUCCUUGGGGGGAACAAGGAAGGGAAGCAACAUUGGGGAGGGGGAGAAAUGCUCAAACCAUGUCAUUUAAAAGUCAUUUCCUCUUCACUAAGAAUUCUGAAAAUUAUAGUUUAUGGAGUUAGGGAAGUUAGGGCAUCUCUUCAAGUUACAAUUCUUAGGGGGGUGACAGUUAAAGUGGUAGAAAGCCAUGAUGGGUUUGUGGUGUUGAAAAACCAUGGCAUCCUCCAGAAUACUCCAUAUGAUCCCACCCUCCUUGCAGCACCCACCCUGUUUUGCCUCUCUAGCCUUUUCUUUCCCCUUUGCCUUCUUUGCCCGGUUCUUCUCCAGCUCCACCACAUCCCUUCUGCCUGGGGGGGACUGCCCUGGAAUCUGGACGGCGUGGUUUUUAACAUGCUGAGCAGCAACUAUUUCGUUACAGAUCUCAAAUCAGUGUGCUACACAAGUGAUGCUUAUUUGAAAAAUGGAACUCAGAGAAGCAGUCUUCUUGUCUUCCAGAUUAAUGUUUUUCGAUUAAUGCCCUUUAUCUAGAACUGAGGGAGGAGGCUGAAGGCAAGCAGAGAAAGCAUCACAGCUCCCAAGAAAUCCUGUCAAGGCUGAUUUUUACUAAGUGGUCCCUUGGCAAAAAUAUUGUGAAGAAUGACUGUCACUUUGUUUUGUACAUGGCAAUUCUUGAGCUGACUCUCAAUGGAAAUAUUAGCAUUUGCUGUAGGAGAGAGAGAGUUGUGUAUUGUUCAUUUAGGGCUUAUCCCCGUGUACCUUUUGCCCCACUCUUUCUGGGCAAAGCUUCAGUGCUCAUAGCUGUCAACGUUUCCCUUUUUAAAAGGGAAAUUCCCUUAUUCCAAAUACGAUUCCUCACAAGAAAAGGGAAAAGUUGGACUUCCGGGGUGGCGCCAUCGGCAAUGGCGGACUCCCUCUGAACUGGAGGGACUAGCUCCGCGUGAAACGGGUCUUCUCCGCUACGGCGAAGCGGGGACCCUUUUAAAAACCACAGGCGGAUGAAGCCUGUGACCAUGGGACUCAGCGGGCACCUUUAGCGCCCCCCCAACUCGCAAAGGAACCCAUUAACGGGCUCCGAAGUGAAGAGGGGGAAGUGGAGCGGUGCUGUGAGUCAACUGCUAUUUCCGUGGAGCGAAGCCGCAUAGCCGUUGCCGGAGAGUGCUGCCUUUUUCCUGGGACAAUUUGGACUCUAAAAUAAGCACCCGUGAGUACUUAAACUUUGAACAACUGGACCUUAAAUAAGGACUUGCAAGCAGAAAGGAAUUGGAUUUAAAAAAUUAUUUUCAAUUUGAUACUGAACGGGAAGGUCUAAACAGGAAGUCAGCCUUCCGUUCUUUUGUAGACAGAAUAAAGCAAAGACAACUUAAACUAGAGCUCAGAAAAUCGCCUUUAAAGGAUUGGAUUUCAUCAUUUAAAAUUGUGGAACCCCCCUUCGACAGCAGGAGAAGAAGGGGGAUCUUUUCGGACUGUUUAAAGUGAGUUUAAAGUAAAGUAACUUUCCACCGUCCUGAUCCUGGAGCGGGGUGUCAGGACUGACGUUUGAAGCUCAUUGACCAGAGACAAACGUUUUUGACAGAUAGCUAAAGAAGAGAAACAUAGUGAUUCCACUGUUUCCCUUCACAUUUUAAAGGAACAAAUAUUGACAAAAUAUCUCAAAAAGGAAAACUUUGUUGCAAGAACAAAUAGAAGUUUUCCCCCUAGAGGGAGACUGUGAAACUGUAACUAAUUCCAGGGAGCCGGCAGCUGUUACAGAUUACAAUCGUGGGAAUAGACAUUUGACCUUGCAGGACAAUGUAUUCAGAAGCUCUGUUGUGCGCUUUAUAUAAAACAAAUGCCCUACUGGAACAGUUACAUGAGAAGAUGAAUUUGAUGGUGACUUCAACUAGAAAUUUCGAACAGGCAGUGGGAAAUUUUGAACAGACAGUGGAAAAAUAUGUGGAGCCCACCCAGGAAUUAAAUCAGGAGUGCGUCCUGACAGAACAGGCCCAACAGGAAUAUGAGCUUUCGGAUUUGACAAAUGAACUUGGAAAAAGCCAGAUUUGGAAAGAAAAAGUUUGGUUUGGCUUGGAAAUGGGGGGCUGGAUUGACCCCCCUAUGCUGGGAUGUUUGGACUUUUCAAAUCUGGCAAUGGGCCGUUUCUCUCUUUGUUUACUUUGUUAACCAUUUUUAUUUUGUAUUUUCUUCUUUCUUUAUUUUUAUUUUGUAACAUUUUGAAAAUCUCAAUAAAUAUCUUAUAAAAAAAAAAGAAAAGGGAAAAGUUGACAGCUAUGUCAAUGCUCCUUGUCCAAGUGGUUUUUUGUUUUUUGCCCCAAACCUUCACAGCAAACUUGGGUUUUCCACAGAUUGAUGGCUGCUCAGAUCACUGGCACCAGGCAUAGGGGGUGCAAGGGGUUCUAGCCUCCUCAAUAUUUUGAAUUGGGGGCCCAGCUCCCCCCAAUAUUGAGGGGCCGACAUCCCCCGCCACUGCCAGUGCACCCCAGCCUCCAUCCAGGAGUUGGGAGGGGGCUGGGACCAGCGAGGGCGAAGAUUGCUCUCCAUGAGUCCCACCCCUGCUGGCCGCAUGCUGAGGAGAGGACGGGGGAAAGGGGGGCAUGUCAGCACCCCUGGCUCAGCUUCAGCUUUUAAGAGUGUGUUUUUGUGGGGAAAGCUCUGGAGCAAAGAAAGGGGGGCACUCAAACACAAGGAAAGGUAAGUGUGGUUGGGCCCUUAUUCUAUGGGAUCUUAAAAAGUGUAUAUUUACUUAAAAUAGAGUCAGUUCUGAAUUAGUGAUGCCCUAAUUCAGAGCUUCACAUAUGGUGUAACUUUCCACUCCUACGGCCCACUUGAGACAGCUCAAAAUUAUUGUGGCCCGUGAAUCACAAAAUGGUGAAAUACUGGGGGGGGGGGGGGGUAGGCUGACAUUCCAUUUGGAAGCCCAAAGUUAAUUGUGAAAAACUGAAGUUCUACUUCAAUCACUUGUUCUCAUGUGACUCAAAAUGUCCUGCUUUUUAAAAAAUUGUGUGUAUUAGGCUCUGUGGGUAUCCUCCCUUCUAUGAUGAAAAUGACUCCAAGCUUUUUGAGCAGAUCCUUAAAGCAGAAUAUGAAUUUGACUCUCCAUAUUGGGAUGAUAUCUCUGACUCUGGUAAGGAGCAAGUAGAAUCACAAAUUAGGUACUUAUUCAGAUCAGUAUCCUUUGUUGUUAGUGAACAUACUUUUUCUGCAUCAUACAUUGUUUUAAAUACUGCCUUCCCCUCUCUUCCCAACAGUACAUACAGUGGUACCUCGCAAGACGAAUGCCUCGCAAGACAAAAGAGUUUUUCGUUUUUUGAGUUGCUUCGCAAGACGAAUUUCCCUAUGGGCUUGCUUUGCAAGACGAAAAAUGAAAAUGUCUUGCAAGUUUGUUUCCUUUUUCUUAAAACCGUUAAUACCCUAUGGGAAACCGUGCUUCGCAAGAUGAAAAAACCUGGAAGACGAAAAAACUCGCAGAACGAAUUAAUUUCGUCUUGCGAGGCACCACUGUACUCAUCUCUUCUUCUGAAUCCUGGCACUUCUUGUAUUCCACUUUUCCUCCAGCUCCCACAUUGUAAGCAUAAUGUGGGAAUAAGAGGACUCGUCCACACUUGCUUAUUUUAAAAUAAUUUAUACAGAUUGCAGAAUUUAGCAUUUCUUGGUGCAGAAUUUAUAUGACCUGGUCAUAGACAUUUUUUAGAAGGCAUAGACCUAGCCUAUGAUUCAUUCACUGUGAUGGAAGUUGACUUUUUGCAGUUCACGCUUUAUAUGAGCAAAUUCCUGGUCCCCAAAAUAUUCAGCUACCAUCACGUAUGAGAAAUCUAGUAAUAAUAAUUCGGUAAGGAAGAUGUAGCUUUAUGAAUAAAAAUGGCAGUCUGAGGAGACACAUAAAUGUAGAAUUGAAUUACAUUAUGUAUGGUCGUUCACUUGAUUGACUUAUGACUGCUUUAACGCCUUAUAUGUGUAUAAAAUGCUCCUUACUUUAAUCUACCACCAGAACCUGCACCCUAACCCCAUAUCUCCCAGUGUUAUGUCUCCCAGUGGGACACCAUCAUAUUGUUUCAGAGAAUUAGAUGUCUGCAAUGUGCAAAUUAAGAUGAGCCUUUAAUACCACUGUGUGCUUUUCUUGUACUUCCUCCUUCCUUCUCUGAAAACAGCCAAAGAUUUUAUUCGGAAUUUGAUGGAGAAAGACCCAAACAAAAGAUAUACCUGUGAGCAGGCAGCCCGACAUCCCUGGUAAGCAGUUACUCAGUUCAUUGCCAUGUCCAGAAAUUGUCAACACCAUUUGUCUCCAUCAUUAAUCAGUGAUUAUCAAACUCUUCACUCAAGGGGUAAAUACCAAGGAAGCACAAAAGAGAGCAAUUACCUUGAAAAAUCCUUGCUUAAUGGCUCCCACCUAGCAUCAUAGCCAGCAAUGGCAUAACAGUCAACAGCAUUGAGCUGUGAUUGCAAUCACAUUACAGAGAAAGGUUUGAGACUCAGACUUUGCAGGCAAGGAGGAGGUGUCAACGGAGAACAAAAGCAGAGAAAAACAGAAACCUGACUCCCAAUAAAAUAAGAGCAAAUCACUAUUCACACAUGGCCAGCUGUGUUCAAUGAAUUCAGAGGGGAGGGGUAUAUUCAGUGUCAUGGCCGUCCUACCCCAUCCUUAAUGCAUACGUGCACAUGCCCAACGAACCUCAAAUCAGGGUCAGGUGUGCGCAUGAUAAUGCAUGCUGGACCUACGUACACACAUGUGCUAUUUGUUACAACGGAAGCAGGUGAGUGGCUGUGAUCCCAUUGUCCCACCAAAUCUUCACUUUGCUAUAUUGUCAGUGUAAAACAGAAAUGCAACAAGAGCGUAGGAAGAGCAGCACUGAAUCGGACCCUGGGCCCUUCAAGUCCAGCAUCGUGUUUCCACAGCGGCCAACCAGGUCCCCAUGGGAAACCUACAGGACAUGGGGCAAGAGCCCUCUCCUGCUCUUCUUCCCCAGAAACUGGUCUUCCUAGGUGUCCUGCCUCUGAUCCUGAGGGUAGAAGAGAGCUAUCCACAGUAGUCUGAACUUGUCUACUUUCUUUUUAAAGUUGGCAGCCAGCACCACAUAGGAAAUCCCAUAGUUUAACUAUGGACUCUUUGAAGUUGUUCUUCAAUUUGUCUCUCCCAAAUCUCCACCAUUCAGUUUCACUGGACGGCCCUGAAUUCUAACUGGAAAAUGUCAGCGUGAAUCGGAAGUUUGUAGGCCACAGAAUCUAGCAUUGAAGUGCUCUUCACAUCUGUUCAGAACCAUUUCCAACAAAAAGGACGUGUGAGAAACCUUUAACCAUUGGUCAAAAACUUCACAAAGAGAAGGAAAUAGUGUAUAUUUGAAUGACAUCAUUCCAUCACAGGCCUCAGGAAAUUAAAUAAGUCAUAAAAAUGAUAUCUCAAGCACAGAUCAAAUGAUCAGGAACAUACCUACCAGCAGAAAAGUAGGUCACCUUUUUAUAUUUUUGAAUGGAAAAGAAUUUUCCAAGAUGUUUUAUCCAACAUACACAGCUUAUUGGCCUAGAUGAUCAUUUCUGUUAGUUACUGGAAUAAAAUAUAAUACACACAUUUGAAGAGCUCCUAACACAAUUUUUCUUUUCAUUUAACCAUUUGAUUCCCAAUCAGCAAUUGAAUUCUGUUGCUAAAGGCCUGACAACAUUUUUCUCCCAACCUUUUAUCCAUAAUUCAGGCUUUGAAUAUAGGCCAUCAGUUACAAAGACUGAUCACCAUGUUAGUAUUGUAAUGCCCCCUUCUUGCACACAGUGCUCUGGAGUUACUAGUGCUUAUGUCUUGUUGAAAUCAAUACCAUGCAUUGACAGAAGUCCUACAGAUAUCAAUUUAAGUGUGCUUAAGCCUUCAAUUUUGAAGCCUACAGUGAAAUACUGUGAGUCUGGCACCCCAGUACUCAAUAAAAAAUAGCUCACAUUGGGCUGUGCUAUAUCAUCAUCAUCAUCAUUUCAAUUUAUAUACUACACUUCAUCCAUAGAUCUCAAGGUGGUUCACAACAGACAAAAUACAUAAUAAAAAUAAGAACAAAACCAAACCAAUAAUCCCCCCUUCCACAACACAUUUAAAAGGGUAUUGGAUGUUAAUCAGCCAAAGACCUGGUCAAAGAGGAAUGUUUUCGCCUGGCACCUAAAUGUGUACAUAAGGAAAGUAUUUGUCUACUCAGUGAAAACUAUUUCAAUGCCUUGCAGUACAACUGGAGUCCUGAUUAUUACAGCAUGCAAGUCUUAUUAGAAAGAUAACAGGAUGGGAAAGAGGGAUGGCAGGCAAGUAGGUUAAAAGUUGAGGGAGAUCUUAAAGUUGCAACCUGACACCCCUAAUAGUUCACCACCUGCUUAUAGCUCUGUGUAGACCCUACGUUUCUACGUUUUUCCAAAUCUGGCAUAUAUAAAAGCAAAGGAUCCAUGCUGAGCCACAAAAGCAGGCCAGUGGGGAAGCCCUGUUGUAACAGGCAAUGUUAUUUGAAAUAAUCCACACAUUUAUAUGGGUUGGUUUAACCUAAGAGGCAGGUGAUUGUGGUCCCAUCUGCAGGGAUUAUUUGUCAAGCAAACCUCUUUCUUAAGGCUUUUAGUGCAUCUCAGGGCAGAAGGUCUGGUCAAGCUACAUUGCUUUGACAUAGAACUUGGGGUAAACAGAGACAGGCAGUAAUUUUCUGGGGCCUGAUAAGUGUUUCAAUUUUUUUCUUUCAUGCAACAUCUGUGAUAAUAAAUGACAGCAAUUACCCUGAUUAAGUACAUCUUGUCAAGGCAGAAUCCUGAUCCUGUACUAAACCACAGAGUUCAGUUUUUAAUGACUCAAAGGGAAAAGAUGAAUGCACAGAAUUAUCAGCUCAAGGGCUAGCCAUAAUUUUUCUUUUAAAAAAAAUUGUAAGAUCAGAGAGUGGAGGAAAAACCUAUUUCAUUCAAAGACUCUUAGGAAAAAAUAUAGGGACAAAUCAUGGCUCAUUUAAUUUCUUUCAGAGUCCUUCAAUUGUUUGUUAGAGCAAGGCCCAAUAGUACAAUUGCAUCAUUAAAAACAGUUUAUGUAAAAGGAUUAUAUUGUCACUCUGUGAAAAAGAUGAUUUACAGAGGAGUUGGUUCCCAGGCAAUCCUAUUUAAAGUGAGAAAUGGCUCCCUGAGGAGAAUAAGUGAUGUUUAUAACCUUCCUUUAAACUCUUCUCUGGCCUCUCCCAGUGCUCUGUUUAUUUUGGAAUCUGAUGGUACUGGAUGUGUAUAUGUUUCAGGAGUUCUGCUCCGGCACCAUUAUCUGCUACACAAACUUUGCGCUUCCAUCAUCUGGGUGGUUGUUUCCAAUGAGGCUUUGGCCAGAGUGGCUUUCAAUAAGUAUAUACAGCAGAUUCUGAAAACAGUGGAAUUGAGAACUUGCCCAGUGUUCCAUAUCUAGGCAUAUUGGGAACAAAGCUAAACCCUCCCAGAAACAAAUCCAGGAUGCCCCCUGUCAAGCAAUAGGUAUUGCAUUUUAUCCUGUGUCCUAAAAUUGUUGUCUUGUGCAUUUCACCAUUGCUGUUUCACAUCAUAGACUACUGCUUGUGAGAUCAGGGAACUGCACAGCAUGACAACAUCAGUAUACAAGCUAAGUUGUUGUAGAGAAGGAGGGAGAGAUUCAACAUAUGGCUACUAUGGGGGGGGGCAAACGUAUUAUUUUUUGUAACAUUGGGUUCCAUCCUCAGGAAAAUGAAUCCUCCCCCAAUGCAUGUGUGUGUGUGUGCGCACACACGCACGCAGACACACACACACACCACACAAGACCAGGAAGAUAAGAGAUUGCAUAACAAUAUAGGUUUGGAAUUGGAAGGAUCAUCCCUAGAAAGCAAAGCAUAUUAGUAACACAAGAUGACUCCCAUUACUAUUACAUAUAACCCAAGGUUAUGAUGCUGCAGUAUCACCUACAAUCUAUGCUAGAGAACAGUGGAAAAACAAGGCGGAGGAAGAGAAAAGCUAUCAACAGCCCCUCAUCUUGAAACUGCUUCUCACCUGCAGCCAACUGACAAGACAUGGGUAGCAAAGCACGUAACUCCUCAGUAAACCCAAGAGCCAGUUGCACUCUUUAAUUACCCAGUGUUAAUUAAACCAUUGUUAGUAUGCUAGUGCAUACUUGGAGGCAAAAAUAGUGUGUACCCAGGUAUUACAUGAUGUGUAAACCAUGUCUGAUAUAUCGAAAACGAAACAAAAAAUAGUAAUAUUAAUUACUUCCCCUCUCAUUUAUGUACACAAACACACACAGAUCAGUAUGCAAAGGAUGCAGGUAAUCUUUAUCUGGGAUUUCAGCCUAAGCAGGGCAUUUCAUAGGCAAUUGCUUCUUUUGUCUUACGCUGGCAUUUCUCCAGCCCUCCCACCCUGUGCAAGUCACCACUGCCCCCUUCUCAGAGUAUUGCUGAUUCCCAUCCUGCCAUGGCACUGACUUCACACUAUGGGUGUAGUGGAACAUUUCAGGAGUCCUGCUGAUGUUUCUGUACGGACAGAAGGAGGGAUGCUCACUUGUCAGCAGCAAGAUUGCUUCUGAUACUUGAAUCUGUGGCUGCCUCCUCAGUCUCCCAGACAGGCAUCAACAUGCUGCCCAACUACGUAUUGUGGAUGGGAAUUCCUCCUGGUCAGUUAAAUCUAUUGUGCUUAUUCAUCCUAGUUAAACUGUCAGGAAAGAUGCCAAUUAGUGUCACUAGUUUUGUAGUUAUCUCUGCAUUGAUAAUAGUACCAAAUACUUUCUUGAUCCCCAUUUACUGGUAAUCCUGUAUUUGUCACCUGGGCAGCCAGGAUAGGUUAAAGUCAAUGACCCAGCGAUGAAAAAGGAAUCGGGUCUCUGACCCUGAACCAAUCACAGUUAGCUCUCUGUGUGUUUGUGUGUGCGCGCGUGUGUGUGCGUGUCAUCAAGCCAUAGCUGAACAGGCUUUACCAUAACUUUAUUUUGGAUAUAUAUGCCAUGAUUUAUACCUCACAUUUCAGGCAAAUAGUGCAAGAGAUUUACAAAAGACUCAAAACAUUAACAGCACAAUGGCACAAUGCUAUUUUUCUGCUCCAAAGUGAGCCCCAUUGAAUUCAAUGCAGCCUGCUCACAGGCGAUGAUAAACACCCUUAACAGGAAGUGUGAACACAGUCCUAUACAUGCCUGCCCCAGUGCAAGUCCCAUUGCACUCCAUGGGGCUUAUUCUCGCUCAGGUAAAUGGUAUAGGAUUGCUUCCUGAAUCGCACUGAAUGCAAGUUUCUGGCCACUUGCCUGCUGACUGGCACCACCUGCUUCCUUCACACCCAGCUCUUUUCCACUGGUUUCAGCCAGUGUUUACUUGUUUUAGGGUUCCAUUAUGGCUGCAUCAAACUUCUUAAAUUUCAUUGAUUUGUACAUUGCUGCACAAGACUUUUAAUAUUUCCCUUGGUAGUAAUUAAGUGAUUGAUAUGGGAAUGAGAAUGUUGUUAAGAGGGCAUCACUUCGUUCAGAGUCUUGCACAGUCUGUGCUUUUUUGCUAAGAUUUUGGGUAUGAAAAACCUCACGAUCAGAUUUGAUUUAAAACUAUGUGGUGUUAGUUCAUUGCUUAGGGGCUAUUCACAACACAAUAGACCUUGAGUGCUUUUAGAAACAGCUGCAUAUCCUGAGGCAGGAAAAAAAUAGCAAGCAAGCCAGUUAAAGCUUAGAAGUUAUGUCUAGAGAAAAACAUUGAAUUUCAAGAAAGGUCUUGCAGCAUUUUCCUUUGGCUUUAAGGGAGGGGUGACUGGGAGGGAUGCAGAUGUGGGGCUUUGGACUGAUCUACUGAUUUGCACCAUCCUGCAGCUGCUAAAGGUACCACAAUUAAUGGGAGAGGAGCUUCUGAUGAGCAGCAAGUAGCAAUGGUGGACAUGGCUAUUCCCUAUUCCCUGUUGCCAUCUAAAACAAAGCCCAAAUGUCUGUAUCUGUGUUUACACACUUGUAUACUUCUUCCUGCUCCUGCCUCUCCCAUUUCUCCAUUCUCCACCCUUCGUUUCCACUCUUGCCUUCUCUCACUGUCAAAAUAUAGAUUAUAAACUCCUCAGGGUAGGGACCUGUCAUGUAAUAAUGCUGCUAUAUUUAUGAUGAUUUAUUGUUGUUAUUUUGCCACUGGCCAGUGCAGAUGUCAAACAGGCCUGGGAGCAGAGCACACAUGCCUGGGGACUGGAGCUGGUCUGGCCUGCUUCGGAUUUAUACCACACGCAUGUUCAGCAGAGGGAGGGCUUAGUUGAGCUCCACCAGUGGGAAAUGAUGGACUUUCUUCUGUGUUUCACUGAAAAGUAUCAGUGCUGCAGCCCAUUUUUCAAUGAAGUCUAUGGCCAAAAUGUCAACUCAUUUUAAGAGCACUAGAUUGCACCCUAUUCUUUGUAGAGUGAAGAACAGAGAGGAGAGCAUUGUAAAACAAUAUUCUGAACCAAACAUUUCAAAUGUCUCAUUUAUCUUUUUUCAGGAUUGCUGGUGACACAGCCCUCAAUAAAAAUAUUCACGAGUCCGUCAGUGCACAGAUUCGCAAGAACUUUGCAAAAAGCAAAUGGAGAGUAAGCUAUCAUGUUCUCAGUUGCUUGUACUGUUGGGAAGAAAUGAUUUUAGCUUUAUAAGGGAGUCUGCUACAGAGCAAAACAUGGAAAUUUUCCCAAUUUUCAAAAGAAUGCUUCUGAUUUUCAAUGGGAAAGUUUAGCUUGGCGUAGAGGUGCAAUUCUUUUGUGAAGAAGUUCAGCUGAACUGGGCCCUGGGAGAGGUCCUCUGAGAUAAUGGACCCAUGUUUUCCUUUCUCCUUCUCCUUCUGCUUUAUAAAGGAGAAAAUUGGGAAGAGGGGGGAUAGGAUGCUCCGGCCAUAUCCUCCAUAGCACCCCAAACAAUUCCAGUCUUGCAAGUCCAAAACAUACAUGCCCUCCACCUAUAUUUAUUUAACUACUAAAAUGCCUUUUUAGCAGUAGCCCUGGCCCAGCAAGUCAAGUUUAAAAACUGAUGGCAUCAAUGUCAUUUAUGCAGAUUUCAAUUAUCAGGCACCAUUGAUUUCAGUGGAACUUAAGCAUAGCUAACUUUCUUGGAAGUGGUGAUAACAAUUAACUGGUUUCCAAUUUCUAAACUACUAAUUGGUAUCUAAUAUUUAGAUUUCACUUUACUUCUCUGUCUUCUUGCAGUAUUGCUAUAUAUAACUAGCAGUGCAAUGGUCAUAACUGUCUAGUCUUGUCCCUUUCUGAGGGUGGGAAUGGUGCUUUGGAUUGGUCUAGUGAUGGAAGGGAAAGGGCAUGAGAGAUAGGGAAGGCCAUGUUCAAAAUGGUAUGUGGUGAUGUUCUUUGUUCUUGAGUCACAUGUCCCAGACACCGUCCAAUCACAGGUGGCAUGGCACCAUCUGCCCUACGUAGCUACCGCUCAUCACAGCUUUGGUUGUAUGUCCUUAAACCCUCAACACUUCAGCACUGGGAAGUGAAACAAUAUAUUUGCUGAAUGUGAAUGUUUUCUCUUAGUAUUGUGUGGAAAUAAUAUUUUUGGAAGUAACUGUUAAAAACAUACGCACAAAGCCACACACACACAAGCACAUCACCAAAUGAUACAGUAAGACAACAGGACAUCCUAUCUGAUUAAAGAGAUGUCUUCCUUUGAAGUCUGUGGUGCUUUGUGCAAGGGCCACUUUUUUUCCUUCACCAGGUUCCAGAAGCCAGGCAAAUACCCAAGAGCAGCUUGUUCAUUUAUUUCUGUGUUGUUUUUUCCAGCAAGCAUUUAAUGCCACAGCAGUUGUGAGACACAUGAGAAGGUUACAUCUUGGCAGCAGUUUGGACAGUUCAAAUGUAAGCAUGUCAAGCUCCCUCAGCCUGGCGAAGCCACUACCUGAUGGAACAGCCAGGAAAGAUUGUGAGUACAUGACCCCAGACUAGCAAAGCUUGCCAGAUCUGAGACUAGGUAUCAGCAGGCAUUUAGAGGUCAUCUGUGCCACCUCUCGCUCCCUGCUCUGCCUAGUGCACACCUCGCUCAAGCUGAUGCUGCAAUGACACCUGGGCGGAGAUGGUGGUGUCUUGGGCUGGCUGCUUCUCUGCCUGCUUGCUUGGGCAACAGCCUUUCGUCAUGGCACUGUCAGUUGCAGGUUGGGAGAAGGUGGCUAAACAAGACAGCUAGACAGCAGGCAGCUCAGGAGGAUGGCACUGGGCAGCAGCAAGAGGGUGGCAGGGAGGGCCUGCCUCCUUGCUCUGUUUAAUUAUAAAGUCAGACCUGAAUUAUUGCAUUGGAGCAUAGGAAGCAGCCUUGUGCUUUCAGACUGUUACGAGCUCAGUAUUGUCUUGACUGGCAGUAGAAGACAUUUUCACCACCUGCUAUGCGAACUACAGAUGAAUGAGGAUUGAGCCUGGGGCCUUCUGCAUGCACUGAGUCGUGGCCGCUCCCAGCAUAACACAUUAAAGACAUUGUUUUUGGCCUGUAUUUCCUGAAACACAGGGAUCUCACCUAGGGCUGAAUCAUCUUUCUCCCAAAAGCACAGCAUGUCUCCCAGUUGGUUCACUUGGACAGCACAACUGUCAUUUAUAUUUGAAUAAAUGGGAUGCCUCUUAUCUGCAACUGCUGUUUUCUCUCUGGAGAUCAAACAUUUGCACAUUGGUAUAUUGUCAACAACUCAGUUCUGCAUGGGCAUUUUUGCCAUGAAUAUCCAAAGAGUUUAUAAUCCAGUUUAUAAUACAGGAUCUGAGUAUCAUGUCCAGAAAUGAGCUUUCCUUUCCCCCCUCCUUUUGAACAAUUUGAUGAGGGGAAGUGAAGAAACCAAGAAUGAUACUGUUUGGCAAAUGAAACGGCUGGGGAGAGUGAGACAAAAAGUGAACACAUUUCACACGUUUGCAGAGCCCAGAUAGACUAAGGAUCAGACCUGCUGUUGAGCCAAGUGAGGCAGCCACCAUAGGCAACAGAUUUGGCAUAGCACAAAAGGACAGCAAAUUGUUGGGUAUUUAGUUUUUAUUUUUGAAACAUAAUACAUAAUUUUUUUUUAAUUUGUUACUGCCAGUAAAUUAAAUAAUUGUUGAAAGGAAUGCUCCCAAGCAAUGUUAGAAGAAGGAGCCCAAAGAAGUUGCUUUUCAAAGUGGUUAGGUUUCCUCCUUCUUCAAAUUGCUGUUACUCAGAAGUCUUCAAACAGGGCUCCAGGAAAGUUUAUCAGGAUUCCUCAAUGAAAAGAUUAGUGAGAGAACAAACUUCCCUACAGCUAAAUGACAUUGUAAGGUAAAUUAUCAAAGUACAUUGAAGGGGCUGCGUGGACUGCAGGCAUCAGGUAUCUGCAUGCAUGUGUCAGAGCCUCAGACUAAUCACUGGUAGAAACUGUUAUUGCAAACCUUAAUUUAAGCUACAGACUUAGCUAUUUAAAAAAAUUAAAGACUUCAGUGGCCUGUAUGCAAUAGAUCUGCAUCCCACAAUGCAAAAGGCAGUGACUUUCCAUUACGAGGCAUGAAAAACAUUUGCUUCAUGAACCCAGGGCUGGUUUCUUCUUCUAAAAUGACAACAAAAAUUCAUUGUGGGUAUCUUUAUUACAAAAGAUGAACCCCAAGCCUCUUCCUGAAAGAAGUGUGCUUCUGUCACCUGUUUGUUCUAUGAGGAACGCACGAAUUCCCCCAAUCUCAAGGGGGAAGCUGCUUGUGGCCCAGGUGGAUAGACCAUGCCCCACUGAACCCACAGCUGCUGCAAAGAUGAGAAAGGCAUGUGGACUGUCAUUCCAAUUGCUUUUUGCAUUCACUGUAGAGACAGUGCCCCUGAGGAAUGACGGGCUAGAAACUUCUCUACAAACUUUUUUCUGUCUCUGGAAAGAGCAGUUCCCUGCAGGAUAACAGGAAUGUUGGCAUCAUCAUAACUCAUAAUCACAAUUUCAUUCCACCACCCCCUCCAAGGAACUCUCAAGGUAGCAGAUGCAGAGUAUUCCCAUUUUAACUUCAUCGUUGAGUUUGCCUGGUAGAUUAGGCUGAGAAAGUCACUGGCCCACUGAGCUUCAUGGCUGAGAACAGAACUAAACUAUACAGUGGUGCCCCGCAAGACGAAUGCCUCGCAAGACGGAAAACCCGCUAGACGAAAGGGUUUUCCGUUUUGGAGGUGCUUCGCAAAACAAAUUUCCUAUGGGCUUGCUUCGCAAGACGAAAAUGUCUUGCGAGUUCCUGCGGGGUUCCCCCCCCCUUUUUCCCAAGCCGCUAAGCCGCUUAUCAGCUGAUCCGCUAAGCUGCUAAGCCGCUUAACAGCUGAUCGCUAAGCCGCUUAUUAGCUGAUCCGCUAAGCCGCUUAACAGCUGAUCCGUUAAGCCACUAAGCCGCUUAUCAGCUGAUCCGCUAAGCCGCUUAACAGUUGAUCCGUUAAGCCACUAAGCCGCUUAUCAGCUGAUCCGCUAAGCCGCUUAACAGCUGAUCCGUUAAGCCACUAAGCCGCUUAUCAGCUGAUCCGUUAAGCCACUAAUAGCGCUAAUCCGCUAAACCGCUAAUGGGCUUGCUUCGCAAGACGAAAAAACCACAAGAGGAAGAGACUCGCGGAACGGAUUCUUUUCGUCUUGCGAGGCACCACUGUAUUAUGUAUUUGGGAGCUAUCCCUGGAAAUGGCAGCCCUGUGUCAAAAUCUCCCACUCCCCAUCUGUAACAUCUAGUACAACUUUCCCAGUCCCUUGAAAUUAUUGCACUGUGCAUUUUCCCAUCCCCAGUCCACAUCACUGGAUCGUGGGAGACAGGGAAAUUCACAGGGUAAUUAAUGGCUUCAGAAUGUGAGGUAAGUUAUGCUAGACAUUACAGAGCAGGGAUGGCAAAACUGUAACACAGGCAUUUUUGGCAGUAGCCCUGUGUUCAUCAUAAAAUUUAGUUUCUCCCUGAGUGGGAGUGUAAAUCUGGGUUUCCUUGUCUCUGCCCAACACUCAGACAACUACACCACACAAGCUCCUUGUUUUUUCCGUUGGUGGCUUCUGACUUUUGUCGCUCUCUUUCAGGUAUGUCCCCAUCCACCCCCUGUAGUUUUGCAUCAUCGGCUUCAUCCGCGGUUUCUGCCGUAGGAGAGCGGAGACCAAGGCAGACCACAGUGACAACAGUGCAUACAGGGACCAAGUGA